UGAAGCCAUUCACCACAACCGUGAAGGAGAUGCGUCUGCACAGGGAAGAUUUCGAGAUGCUCAAGGUGAUUGGCAGGGGAGCAUUUGGCGAGGUAAGACUGCCUGAACCCACCGGUCAUGCUUCAAUUCAGUAUAAAGCUUUAUUGGCAUGAAAUAUAUGGGUUAACCUGUCACUAUCCUGAGUGGAAAUGAUUUGCUGAAAGUCAGAGAGGAGGUAUGCCAAAGUUUGUCAAAUGUUUUCAGAUGUCCCAGAGCUAUCUAGUCCCCGUCCCAUGGCUAUCUAUUUUGUAGAUCCAUAUAACAUGCCGAUUGUAUUCUGUGAUAAUAUUUUCAGUGUUAUCCACCUCAUUUUUUUUACGUUGCUAUGGGCACAGCCAAACAACGGAAGUGAAGGAUUCGACUUCGGCUUUACCUCCCUACUGCAGCGCGCCGGUGGCAAACUUCCGGAGUCAAUUAUUAAAGGAGUCAAUUUAUAUAGCAUAAAAGUAAAGUAAACAAGUGUAAGUGUCAUUUUAUAUUUAUUUCAUUCAAGUUCGCUAACGCUAGCUAGACCUACUGUACUGAACAAAAAUAUAAAUGCAACAUGUAAAGUGUUGGUUCCAUGUUUCAUGAGCUGAAAUAAAAGAUCCCAGGAAUAUUCCAUAUGCACAAAAAGCUUAUUAAGUUCAAAUUUUGUGCACAAAUUUGUUUACAUCCCUGAUGGUGAGCAUUUCUCAUUUGUCAAGAUAAUCCAUUCACCUGACAGGUGUGGCAUAUCAAGAAGCUGAUUAAACAGCAUGACCUUGUGCUGGGGAAAAUAAAAGGUCACUCGCAGUUUUGUCACGCAACACAAUGCCACAGAUUUCCCAAGUUUUGAGGGACCGUGCAAUUGGCAUGCUGACUGCAGGAAUGUCCACCAAAGCUGUUGCCAGAGAAUUGAAUGUUAAUUUCUCUACCAUGCCGUUUUAGAGAAUUUUGCAGUACGUCCAACUGGCCUCACAACCGCAGACCACGUGUAACCAUGCCAGCCCAGCACAUCCAGGUUCUUCACCUGCGGCAUCAUCUGAGACCACCCACCCGGACAGCUGAUGAAACUGAGGAGUAUUUCAGUCUGUAAUAAAUCCCUUUUGUUGGGAAAAACUCAUUCUGAUUGGCUGGGCCUAUGCCCUCCCAGGCCCACCCAUUGUUGCGCCCCUGCCCAGUCAUGUGAAAUCCAUAGAUUAGGGCCUAAUUUAUUUAUUUCUAUUCACUGAUUUCCUUAUAUGAACUGUAACUCAGUAAAAUCGUUGAGAAUGUUGCGUUUAAUAUUUUUGUUCAGUAUAGUAGUUCUGUUUUGAUAUAAUUUGUGUUGUCAGAGUUAAGGGCCAACCACCAAGACAAUAACUAUAACGAUAAGAUAACUAUGAAGAUAUACUAUAGGCUACAUAACUAUAAAACGUUGGUGAGCAUCCACACUAGAGGAACAUUUAUUGUUUAUCGUUCUACAGUCCUACACCGGUCAAUCAACUGAUCAACACAUCCUACUGCAUGCUGUAGGCCUAUUAAUAAGGUGGUAACACAAGACCAUUCAGUGCUUUCAGGUUGUGUUCAUUGUCAUAGUGACAACUGCAAAUAAUACUUCAAUGUACAUGUAGGCCUAAGGAAAAAUAAUAUAGUAACUUGUGUUUAAAUGUAGCAAUUCAACAACAUGUCAUUUUUUGCAAGUGAUUUCAAUUUUUCUAAUGGUUGUCAAUUCCUUUGGGGCUUCUUUUGCACUGUGCUCAUCUCUCGGUCUGUCUUGUGCAACUAUUUGUAAUGCAUCAGUGCAACAAUGUUAUCAUAACCGGCCAAAAGUGAUCACACCAACCCGCUUUCUCUCCUCAACUUUCCCCGACAGUUAAUUUGCCUUAUGCUGUGUAGGCCCGUUUUACAUUCGGCAAUUAGCAAGAGCAAACCUUCUUUCCCCCGAAUAGGCUAUUAGGCCUAGUAUAAAAAAUUAUCAAAAUGAAUGUCCUAUAGCUUUUCCUGGGAUUUCACGAGAGAGGAAUGGCCUAUUGCAGAGAGGUUUGCGUAGCCUAUUGUGCACUGGAACAGUUGGAAGAGAGGAUAGCCAUGUGUAGCCGAAGUAAGAAGCUAAAUAUUAGCCAGAUAUUAGACCAUUUAUUAGCAAAAUAUUAGGUAUAAUAGGCUAAAUAUGUACCUGUCAUAGUGCCAGAAAAAAUAAGUUUACAAAUUAUGAAAUGGCAGAUCUGUGCGUUCCUCCAAGCUGCACUCUGUGGUCCCCGACACGCAAAGCUUCGCUAUUCAUUAGGCCCGCCUAGGCCUAUGUUUUUAGGCCAUUAAAUGAAUCUACAACAACACAGUGCAAUGAGGAAAAAAGUAUUGUUAUCAAGUAAGUACACAAUUGUCUAUAGGCUGUAAACUGCAAUGUAGGCAAGUUUGAAUAACUGCUCAAACGUCCUGUUUUGUUUAAUGCCGAAAUAACUGCAUACAGCCAAGGCCUGAUUAUGGAGGCAUUUGGAUCAGUUUGGGUCUAUGCUCAACAGUUUAGAAGGUCCAGAAAGGUACCUCAGCCACUCAUGUCGUGUAUUUUGUGAGGUUGUAGCCUAUCAGUGUUAAGUUAGGUCUAUUAUUGGGAAAUAUGGGCUUCUCCUUUUCAACUCCCAGCACGUUUUGUAUUUCUAUUUAUUAAGGAUCCCCAUUAGCUGCUGCCAAGGCAAAAACAGGUUUUUAGUAUUUUUUCUCUCACAUUUAUUAAAAAUAAAAACCGGAAAUAUCACGUUUACAUAAGUAUUCAACCCUUUACUCAGUACUUUGUUGAACCUGUAUUUGGGGAGUUUCUCCCAUUUAAUCUCUGCAGAUCCUCUCAAGCUCUGUCAGGUUGAAUGGGGAGCGCCGCUGCACAGCUAUGUUCAGGUCUCUCCAGAGAUGUUCAAUCGGGUUCAAGUCCGGGUUCUGGCUGGGCCACUCAAGUACAGGUUUCCUCCAGGACGUGACGCUUGGCUUUCAGACCAGAGAAUCUUGUUUCUCAUGGUCAGAGUCCUUUAGGUGUCUUUUGUAAAAUUCCACGCGGGCUGUCAUGACUUUUACUGAGGAGUGGCUUCCGUCUGGCCACUCUACCAUAAAGGCCUGAUUGGUGAAGUGCUGGAGAGAUGGUUGUCCUUCUGGAAGGUUCUCCCAUCUCCACAGAGGAACUCUGGCGCUCUCUGAGUGACCAUCGGGUUCUUGGUCAUCUCCCUGACCAAGGCCCUUCUCCCCCGAUUGCUCAGUUUGACCGGGCAGCCAGCUCUAGGAAGAGUCUUGGUGGUUCCAAACUGCUUAGGGUUGUUGUCCUGUUGGAAGGUGAACCUUCACCCCAGUCUGAGGUCCUGAGCAGAUUUUCAACAAAGAUCUCUCUUUACUUUGCGCCGUUUAUCUUUCCCUCGAUCCUGACUAGUCUCCCAGUUCCUGCCACUGAAAAACAUCCCCACAGCAUGAUGCUGCCACCACCAAUGCCUCACCAUAGGAAUGGUUCCAGGUUUCCUCCAGACGUGACGCUUGGCAUUCAGGUCAAAGAGUUCAAUAUUGGUUUCAUCACACCACUUUGGAAGGUUCUCCCAUCUCCACAGAGGAGCUCUGUCAAAGUGACCAUCGGGUUCUUGGUCAUCUCCCUGACCAAGGCCCUUCUCCCCCAAUUGCUCAGUUUGACCGGGCGGCCAGCUCUAGGAGGAGUCUUGGUGUUUCCAAACUUCUUCCAUUUAAGAAUGAUGGAGGCCACUUGGGUUCUUGGGGACCUUCAAUGCUGCAGACAUUUUUUGGUACUCUUCCCCAGAUCUGUGCCUCGACAUAAUUCUGUCUCGGAGCCCAAGGACGUUUCCUUCGACCACAUGGCUUGGUUUUUGCUCUGACAUGCACUGUCAACUGUGGGACCUUACAUAGACAGGUGUGUGCCUUUCCAAAUCAUGUCCAAUCAAUUGAAUUUAUCACAGGUGGACUCCAAUCAAGUUGUAGAAACAUCUCAUGGAUGAUCAAUGGAAACAGGAUGCACCUGAGCUCAAUUUCGAGUCUCAUAGCAAAGGGUCUGAAUACUUAUGUAAAUAAGGUAUUUCUUUUUAGUUUUUUAUAAUAAAAAAAAAAUACUGUUUUCACUUUGUCAUUAUGGGGUAUUGUGUGUCGAUUGAGGAAAAAAAUUAUGUAAUUCAUUUUAGAAUGAGGCUGUAAUGUAAAAAAUUUGGAAAAACUCAAAGGGUAUGAAUACUUUCCGAAUGCACUGUAUUUACAAUUUAAAAUAUUACAUGAUAUUAUAUUUCAUAACUCUUUUCAAAACACAGUAAGUGUGUGCCCUCAGGCCACUACUCUACUACCACGUACAGUACCAGUCAAAAGUUUGGACACACCUACUCAUUCCAGGGUUUUCCUUUAUUUUUACAAUUUUCUACAUUGUAGAAUAAAAGUGUGAAGACAUCAGAACUAUGAAAUAACUCAUAUGGAAUCAUGUAGUAAGUGUUAAACAAAUCAAAAUAUAUUUUAUAUUUGAGAUUCUUCAAAUAGCCACCCUUUGCCUUGAUGACAGAUGUGCCCACUCUUGGCAUUCUCUCAACCAGCUUCACCUGGAAUGCUUUUCCAACAGUCUUGAAGGAGUUCCCACAUAUGCUGAGCACUUGUUAGCUACUUUUCCUUCACUCUGCCAUCCGACUCAUCCCAAACCAUCUCAAUUGGGUUGAGGUCGGGGGAUUGUGGAGACCAGGUCCUCUGAUGCAGCACUCUUCACUCUCCUUCUUGGUAAAUUAGCCCUUACACAGCCUGUAGGUGUGUUGGGUCAUUGUCCUGUUGAAAAACAAAUGAUAGUCCCACUAAGCCCAAACUAGAUGGGAUGGCGUAUCGCUGCAUAAUGCUGUGGUAGCCAUGCUGGUUAAGUGUGCCUUGAAUUCUAAAUAAAUCAUAGAUAGUGUCACCAGCAGAGCACCCCCACACCAUAACACCUCCUCCUCCAUGCUUUACGGUGGGAAGUACACAUGCGGAGAUCAUCCGUUCACCUACUCUGCAUCUCACAAAGACAUGGCUGUUGGAACCAAAAAUCUCCAAUAUGGACUCCAGACUAAAGGACACAUUUCCACCGGUCUAAUGUCCAUUGCUCGUGUUACUUGGCCCAAGCAGGUCUCUUCUUCUUAUUGGUGUUCUUAAGUAGUGGUUUCUUUGCAGCAAUUCAACAAUGAAGGCCUGAUUUCACACAGUCCCCUCUGAACAGUUGAUGUUGAUAUGUGUCUGUGACUUGAAAUCUGUGAAGUAUUUAUUUGGGCUGAAAGUUCUGAGGCUGGUAACUCUAAUGAACUUAUCCUCUGCAGCAGAGGUAACUCUGGGUCUUCCAUUCCUGUGGUGGUCCUCAUGAGAGCCAGUUUCAUCAUAGCACUUGAUGUUUUUUGUGAUUGCACUUGAAGAAACGUUGAAAGUUCUUGAAAUGUUCCGUUUUGACUGACCUUCAUGUCUUAAAGUAAUGAUGGACUGUCAUUUUUCUUUGCUUAUUUGAGCAUUUCUUGCCAUAGUAUGGACUUCGUCUUUUACCAAAUAGGGCUAUCUUCUGUAUACCCCCCUACCUUGUCACAACACAACUGAUUGGCUCAAACACAUUAAGCAGGAAAGAACUUCCACAAAUUAACUUUUAAGUAGGGGUAAUUGAAAUGGAUUCCAGGUGACUACCUCAUGAAGCUGGUUGAGAGAAUGCCAAGAGUGUGCAAAGCUGUCAUAAAUGCAAAGGGUGGCUAUUUGAAGAAUCUCAAAUAUAUAAUAUAUUUUGAUUUGUUUAACACUUUUCUGGUUACUACAUGAUUCCAUAUGUGUUAUUUCAUAGUUUUGAUGUCUUCACACUUUUAUUCUACAAUGUAGAAAAUUGUAAAAAUAAAGUAAAACCCUGGAAUGAGUAGGUUUGUCCAACCUUUUGACUGGUAGUUUAUAUAUGCACUACCGUUCAAAAGUUUGGGGUAGUGCAUAUAUAAAUGUCCUUGUUUUAGAUUUUUUUACAUUUUAUAAUAACAUCAAAUUGAUCAGAAAUACAGUGUAGACAUUGUUAAUGUUGGAAAUGGCUAUUGUAGCUGGAAACGGUAGAUUUUUCAUGGAAUAUCUACCGUGGGGAAAAAAAGUAUUUAGUCAGCCACCAAUUGUGCAAGUUCUCCCACUUAAAAAGAUGAGAGAGGCCUGUAAUUUUCAUCAUAGUUACACUUCAACAAUGACAGACAAAUUUAGAAGAAAAAAAUCCAGAAAAUCACAUUGUAGGAUUUUUAAUGAAUUUAUUUGCAAAUUAUCGUGGAAAAAAAGUAUUUGGUCACCUACAAACAAGCAAGAUUUCUGGCUCUCACAGACCUGUAACUUCUUCUUUAAGAGGCUCCUCUGUCCUCCACUCGUUACCUGUAUUAAUGGCACCUGUUUGAACUUGUUAUCAGUAUAAAAGACACCUGUCCACAACCUCAAACAGUCACACUCCAAACUCCAGUAUGGCCAAGACCAAAGAGCUGUCAAAGGACACCAGAAACAAAAUUGUAGACCUGCACCAGGCUGGGAAGACUGAAUCUGCAAUAGGUAAGCAGCUUGGUUUGAAGAAAUCAACUGUGGGAGCAAUUAUUAGGAAAUGGAAGACAUACAAGACCACUGAUAAUCUCCCUCGAUCUGGGGCUCCACGCAAGAUCUUACCCCGUGGGGUCAAAAUGAUCACAAGAACGGUGAGUAAAAAUCCCAGAACCACACGGGGGGACCUAGUGAAUGACCUGUAGAGAGCUGGGACCAAAGUAACAAAGCCUACCAUCAGUAACACACUACGCCGCCAGGGACUCAAAUCCUGCAGUGCCAGACGUGUCCCCCUGCUUAAGCCAGUACAUGUCCAGGCCCGUCUGAAGUUUGCUAGAGUGCAUUUGGAUGAUCCAGAAGAGGAUUGGGAGAAUGUCAUAUGGUCAGAUGAAACCAAAAUAUAACUUUUUGGUAAAAACUCAACUCGUCGUGUUUGGAGGACAAAGAAUGCUGAGUUGCAUCCAAAGAACACCAUACCUACUGUGAAGCAUGGGGGUGGAAACAUCAUGCUUUGGGGCUGUUUUUCUGCAAAGGGACCAGGACGACUGAUCCGUGUAAAGGAAAGAAUGAAUGGGGCCAUGUAUCGUGAAAUUUUGAGUGAAAACCUCCUUCCAUCAGCAAGGGCAUUGAAGAUGAAACGUGGCUGGUUCUUUCAGCAUGACAAUGAUCCCAAACACACCGCCCGGGCAACGAAGGAAUGGCUUCGUAAGAAGCAUUUCAAGGUCCUGGAGUGGCCUAGCCAGUCUCCAGAUCUCAACCCCAUAGAAAAUCUUUGGAGGGAGUUGAAAGUCCGUGUUGCCCAGCGACAGCCCCAAAACAUCACUGCUCUAGAGGAGAUCUGCAUGGAGGAAUGGGCCAAAAUACCAGCAACAGUGUGUGAAAACCAUGUGAAGACUUACAGAAAACGUUUGACCUGUGUCAUUGCCAACAAAGGGUAUAUAACAAAGUAUUGAGAAACUUUUGUUAUUGACCAAAUACUUAUUUUCCACCAUAAUCUGCAAAUAAAUUCAUAAAAAAUCCUACAAUGUGAUUUUCUGGAUUUUUUUUUUCUCAUUUUGUCUGUCAUAGUUGACGUGUACCUAUGAUGAAAAUUACAGGCCUCUCUCAUCUUUUUAAGUGGGAGAACUUGCACAAUUGGUGGCUGACUAAAUACUAUUUUUCCCCACUGUACAUAGACGUAUGGAGGCCCAUUAUCAGCAACCAUCAGUCCUGUGUUCCAAUGGCACGUUGUGUUUGCUAAUCCAAGUUUAUCAUUUUAAAAGGCUAAUUGAUCAUUAGAAAACCCUUUUGCAAUUAUGUUAGCACAGCUGAAAACUGUUGUGCUGAUUAAAGAAGCAAUAAAACUGGCCUUCUUGAGACUAGUUGAGUAUCUGGAGCAUCAGCAAUUGUGGGUUCAAUUACAGGAUCAAAAUGGCCAGAAACAAAUAACUUUCUUCUGAAACUCGUCGGUCUAUUCUUGUUCUGAGAAAUGAAGGCUAUUUAAUGCGAGAAAUUUCCAAGAAACUGAAGAUCUCGUACAACGCUGUGUAGUACUCCCUUCACAGAACAGCGCAAACUGGCUCUAACCAGAAUAGAAAGAGGAGUGGGAGGCCCCGGUACACAACUGAGCAAGAGGACAAAUACAUUAGUGUCAAGUUUGAGAAACAGACACCUCACAGGUCCUCAACUGGCAGCUUCAUUAAAUAGUACCCGCAAUACACCAGUCUCAACGUCAACAGUGAAGAGGCGACUCCGGGAUGCUGGCCUUCUAGGCAGAGUUGCAAAGAAAAAGCCAUAUCUCAGACUGGCCAAUAAAAAGAAAUGAUUAAGAUGGUCAAAAGAACACAGACACUGGACAGAGGAAGAUUGGAAUAAAGUGUUAUGGAUAGACGAAUCAAAGUUUGAGGUGUUCAGAUCACAAAGAAUGACAUUUGUGAGACGCAGACCAAAUGAAAAGAUGCUGGAGGAGUGCUUGAUGCCAUCUGUCAAGCAUGGUGGAGGCAAUGUGAUGGUCUGGGGGUGCUUUGGUGGUGGUAAAGUGGGAGAUUUGUACAGGGUAAAAAGGAUCUUGAAGAAGGAAGGCUAUCACUCCAUUUUGCAACGCCAUGCCAUACCCUGUGGACAGCACUUGAUUGGAGCCAAUUCCCUCCUACAACAGGACAAUGACCCAAAGCACAGCUCCAAAUUAUGCAAAACUAUUUAGGGAAGAAGCAGUCAGCUGGGAUUCUGUCUAUAAUGGAGUGGCCAGCACAGUCACCGGAUCUCAACCCUAUUGAGCUGUUGUGGGAGCAGCUUGACCGUAUGGUAAAUAAGAAGUGCCUAUCAAGGCAAUCCAACUUGUGGGAGGUGCUUCAGGAAGCAUGGGGUGAAAUCUCUUCAGAUUACCUCAACAAAUUGACAACUAGAAUGCCAAAGGUCUGCAAGGCUGUAAUUGCUGCAAAUUGAGGAUUAUUUGACGAAAGCAAGGUUUGAAGGACACAAUUAUUAUUUAUAUUAAAAAUCAUUAUUUCUAACCUUGUCAAUGACUACAAUUCCUAUGCAUUUUGCUAUAUUUCCUAUUCAAACUCAUUUCAUGUAUGUUUUCAUUGAAAACAAGGACAUUUCUAAGUCACCCCAAACUUUUGAACGGUAGUAUGUGUGUGUGUAUGUGUGUGUGUAUAUAUAUAUAUAUAUAUAUAUAUAUAUAUAUAUAUAUAUAUAUAUAUAUACUGAACAAAAAUAUAAACACAACAUGUAAAGUGUUGGUCCUAUGUUUCAUGAUCUGAAAUAAAAUGUUGUGCAAAAUUAUUUUACAUCAGUGUUAGUUAUCGUUUCUAUUUUACCAAGGUAAUCCAUCCACCUGACAGGUGUAGCAUAUCAAGAAACUGAUUAAACAUUAUGAUAAUUACACAGGUGCACCUUGUGCUGGGUACAAUUAAAGGCCACUCUAAAAUGUGCAGUUUUGUCACACAACACAAUGCCACAGAUUUCUCAAAUUUUGAGGGAGCGUGAAACUGGCAUGCUGACUGCAGGAAUGUCCACCAGAGCUGUUGCCAGAAAUUCUAAUGUUUAUUUCUCUACGUCGUUUUAGAGAAUUUGGCAGUAAGGCCAACUGGCCUCACACCCGCAGACCAUGUGUAACCACGCCAGCCCAGGAGCACAACAUCAGGCUUCUUCACUUGCUGGAUCGUCUGAGACCAGCCACCCGGACAGCUGAUGAAACUGUGGGUUUGCUCAACCGAAGAAUUUCUGACCAAACUGUCUCAGGGAAGCUCGCUCUGCGUGCUCGUCAUUCUUGUCUGGGUGUUGACCUGACUUCAGCGUCGUAACCGACGUCAGUGGGCAAAUACUCACCUUCGAUGUCCUCUUCACGGAUUAAUCCUGGUUUCAAUUGUGCUGGGCAGAUGGCAGACGGCGUGUAUGGCGUCGUGUUGGUGAGAGGUUUGCUGAUGUCAACGUUGUUAACAGCCCCAUGGUGACGGCGGGGUUAUGGUAUGGGCAGGCAUAAGCUACGGACAACGAACACAAUUUCAUUUUAUCGAUGGCAAUUUGAAUGGACAGAUACCGUGAAGAGAUCCUGAGACCCAUUUUCGUGCCAUUCAUCAACUCAUUUUUCAGCAUGAUAAUGCACGGCCCCAUGUCGCAAGGAUCUGUACACAAUUCCUGGAAGCUGAUAAUGUCCUAGUUUUUCCAUGGCCUGAAUACUCACCAGACAUGUCACCCAUUGAGCUUGUGUGGGAUGCUCUGGAUCGACGUGUGCGACAGUGUAUUCCAGUCCAUGCCAAUAUCCAGCAAUUUCGCACAGCCAUUGAAGAGUAGUGGGAGAACAUUCCACAGUCCACAAUCAACAGCCUGAUCACUGUAUGCUUGAUGAGGCAAAUGGUGGUUGCACCAGAUACUGAUUUGGUUUUCUAAUUCACACCCCUGCUUUUAUUUAAAUUGAGAGAUUUUCUUUCAUGAACUCAAUAAAAUCUUAGAAAUUCUUGCAUGUUGCGUUUUAUUUUUGUUCAGUAUUUAAAAAAAAUAUAUUCCUUUAUUAUUUUCCCCUAACCCUACCACUGCUCCCCUAAUUGGAGUAAACUAAUGGACAAUAAUACCUAGGCUUCUACUCCCAGUUUAUACAUACUUUAUACAUUUUACGGACACAGUAUAUUUUACAUUAGUUACCUUAUUUUUAGUCCCACCCUUCAGCUCCACUCAACCCCUCCCAUCUAUCUCUGAACACCAUCCAGUUUUACCUUUCUAUUCUCAUAGUUUCUACAGAUUGUAAAUUAAAGAUACACAUUUUUGCUAAGAGAGUUAUUAUAUUAUUGAUCGAUUGACUAUGACUUUUCAAAUCACCUAGCAGUGCUAUUUGCAGAGUUAGCUCCAUGUAAAUGUUGCAAUUCUUCAGCCAUUCCUGAACCUGCUUCCUAAAACAAGCUACAUAUGGACAGUACCAAAACAAAUUAUCUAAUGAUUCUGUCUCUUCGCAACAAAAUCUGCAGAGCUGGGAUGGUUGUAUCACCCAUAUAUAUAUUACAUUCUAUUGGUUGCAAGAAUUUGGUAUAAUAAUAAAAAUUGAAAAAAUUGAAGUUUUGAAUCCGGUGUCGUUUUGUGUAUCAAUUAAUAAACCAUGUGCCAUGGAAUCGGUACAUCGAAAAUCUCUUCCCAACUAUUUUGCAAUCUAUAUGGCACAGCUGUAAAUGUUUUCGUCCUUAAAUUAAAUUCGUAUACAUUUUUAUGUAUCACUUCUCUUUAACCAAUUUUGGUCUUUAAUGCAGGGCCGACAGACAAGUUCCUUACUUUCUCCCCGUUCCACUUGCUUCUUCCAUGUUUGCAGUAAUGCCGCAAUUAGUUUGUUGUAAUUUUGUGUAGAUUAGACAUUUCCAUCAAUUUCUGUUAAUGAAAUACUUACUUACGGGCCCUUUCCAACAAUGCAGAGAGAAUAACUGAAAAAUAAUAAAGAAUAAUUACACAAUGAGUAACGAUAACUUGGCUAUAUACACGGGGUACCAGUAACGAGUUGAUGUGCAGGGGUCCGAGGUAAUUGAGGUACAUAUGUACAUAUAGGUAGGGAUAAAGUGACUAGGCAACUGGAUAGAUAAUAAGCAAGUAGCAGCAGCGUAUGUGAUGAGUCAAAAGAGUUGGUGCAAAAGGGGGUCAAUGCAGAUAGUCAGGGUAGCUAUUUGGUUAACUAUUUAGCAGUCUUAUGGCUUGGGGAUGGAAGAAGCUCGUCAGGGUCCUUUUGGUUCCAGACUUGGUGCAUCUGUACCGCUUGCCGUGCGAUAGCAGAGAAAACAGUCUGGGGUAGUUGGAGUCUGACAAUUUGUAGUUCCUUUCUCUGACACCGCCUGGUAUAUAGGUCCAGGAUGGGAGGGAGCUCUGCCUUAGUUAUGUACUGGGCUGUACGCACUACCCUCUGUAGCGCCUUGCGGUCGGAUGCCAAUCAGUUGCCAUUCCAAGCGGUGAUGCAGCCAAUCAAUGGCCAAGCCAUUAGCUGCUCCGGCCCACAGAUGGAAACCCAUGUCUGCAUCCUAAAUGGCACCCUAUUGUUAAGUUCAUGUUUUAAGUAGCCCUAUACCUCUAAUUACAGUGCUCUCCCUCUGUACUGGGAAUAAUGAUGAUGAGAGUAGUUCUAUUCUACGGCAGAUAGUGAGCAUGUCAAUGAAACAUGCCAGAAGUACAGAAAACCUAAGCCCAGACCAGCUGUUGGUUUGACACGAGCUAGGACCAAGUCUGUGGUGACUUCACAUAAUCAACCACUUCACAUGCUUCAGUGCUGGAAGCAUUGUGAACACAAAGAAACCCAGUGAAGUCGUCAAGCACUUCAUUAAUUACUGGAUAAGUGUGCAUGGCCCGCCCCAGAAAUUGACAAUGAGAAGAAUUCAAUAAUAAUGAAAUGGCAGACAAAUUCAACAUGGAAGUAAAGAUCACUGCUGCAUACAGUCCAUGGAGCAAUGGACUUUUGGAGAGACAUAAUCAAACACUCACAACGAUUUUGCUGAAAGUGAAGCAAGACAAUGAAUGUAACUGGGGAAACAGCCCUAGAUUGGGUGCUAAUGGCAAAGAACUCAAUGCACAAUGUUCAUGGCUACAGCCCAUACCAGUUAGUGUUCGGGCAGAACCCUAAUCUUCCCACUGUACUGGUUGACAAGCCACCAGCACCAGAAGCUUUAUUCAAGCUGCCACUUUCCGUUACUGAGUGCCUUUUUAGUCAGACAGUCACAGAGUCUGCUGGGGACAGCACCUUUCAGCACUACAUGCAGCGAGAAAAGCAUUCACUGAAGCAGUGUUCGGAGAGAAUUCGCAGGGCUCUGCGUAAACAAUUUUGUCCCACAGAUGAGAGGUACGUGACUGGAGACAAAGUAUACUACAAACGAGUUGACUGUCGAGUGGAAAGGACCUGGAGUCGUCAUUGGCCAAGAUGGUAUGGUGAUAUUUAUGAAGCACGGACGCACCAUCGUCUGGGUGCAUCACUCAAGAUUGCAGAAGGUAAAUAAAUUAUCAACGAGUUGGAGGGGCUGUUGCUGAGAAUCGGCCUCCUACCGAAAAUGACACAAAAAAGGACACAGUCACAAACCUACCAGAUGUCGCAUCCAUUGAUAUGGACACUGAAACUGGCACAGGAAAUGGAGCAGAGACCUUCAACCAUGACACGGGUAAUACUGUUGAGGGCCCAUAUGAAUGAAACAUUGAACAACAGCCACAUGUUAAAACAGAAUGACUGAAUGAAUGACAUUCAAGAGGAUGAUGUACUCGAAACAAAUGACGUGUCAUUUGACCCGGCUAAACAAGAUAAGCUCAGUAAUUGGAGAAAAAAAUGUGUUUGAGGAAGUCAAAGAAAUUGGCCAAAAAUGUGUCUCAACAAGGUGGAUGUGUACCCUUAAAUAAUUCUCAACCAGAAUAUUGCCAAAAGCGUGGCUAGAGGUUUUGAAAAGCUGGCCACUAAAGAACUCCCAAAAGACACACCGACAUGAGUCUGUGUCACUCAGAUUGCUGCUGACAGUGAUCUGGCAGAAAUAAAUGUAUACUUAAUUCAAUGGACAUCAAAUCUGUAUUUCUGCAGGGAACAGAUCUGUCAAGGGACAAUCACAUCUGACUUGCGCUUGAAGUUAAGGGUGAAGGAACACUGUGGAAACUAAAGUGUGUGUAUGGCCUGGCAGAUGCAUCCCUCUACUGGUACAACAAAGUCAAGGCAACAAUGCUGAGUACAGGAGGCAAAAUGUCAAGUGGAUCCUGCUGUGUUCUACUGGCUUGAUCAAGACUGCAAUGGCUGGAGUACUCGCCUUUCAUGUUGCUGACUUAAUCUGGGGUGGCUCACAGACCUUUGCUACAACUGAUUCCACACCACAAAUACAUUUACUGGCAUUGCCGUUUUUUUGUUAUGUUGGCAUGGAGUUAGUUUCAGUUGACGGAAUAAUACUGAUGCAACAGGAAAGCUACAUCAAGAAUCUUCAACCCAUCCAUAUGGAUUCUUCAAGAGCCGUACAAAGGGACUCCCCACUCUGUGCAAUUUAUGCUGAUCAGCUGAGGUCAAAGAUACAUCCAAUUCUCUAGGUUGCUAGACAGAGUAGACUUGAUGUAAUGUUUGAUGGCUGCAACUUGGCAUCCAACACAAAACACGCCACUGUACAAACCAUGCAUGAGGAUAACAAAGUUGUUCGUAAACUGAAAUCACAACAAGUGACUAAAGUUUCAGCAUGUGGGAAAAGAUGACUCUCAAACUAGUUGUCUUCAGUGAUGCUUCCCUAGGGAACCUUUAAAAAUGGAGGCACAAAAGGUGGACAUCUAAUUGUCUUAAUGGGAUGAGGAAGGAAGAUUCUCACCUAUCUGUUGGGAGUCAAAAAGUAUCAGAAGGGAUUCAUUUUGAGAUUAGCAGCAUCAAGGAAUUUAUUCCGGCUCAGAUAAUCCAGCGGAUUCUGUGGUCAGCCACAAAGGAACAGAUGGCUGACUGUCUGACUAAAAAAGGAGCAUCCGCUCUUGUAAUCCUAAAGACACUCAGUAAUGGAAAGUGGCAGUUUGAGUAAAACAAUUGUCACGUGACAUUGCCAUAUGACCCAUUUGAAAUGAGGGACUUGAAUAAUGCAUAUACUUUUAAUUAUUUGUUGCUGUUUUAUUUGUCUUUAAAGAAAAGUGGGUUAAGUUAAUGUUUUAAGUAUCCUUAUACUUUUGUAAUUACGCUGCUCUCCCCCUCUUAUUAGUGCGCCUGUGCAGAAGUUACUGUCACUGAUGGACCGGGCCUGAGUGUAAUGGCCGCUAUGUACAGUGCUGAUACUGUGAAGUAAACGUUGUUAAACUGGAACCUAGUCGUCGUGUCAUUUGGAGUUAACACUAUUCCCUAUAUUGUAAGUGCAAUAAUUUUGACCAGAGCCCUAUGGACCCUGGUUGAAAGUAGUGCACUACAUAGGGAGGGAAUAGGGUACGAUUUUGGACACAGCCCAUCACUCAUAUAAUGUCUGUGUGUGAGGGAGUUCAAAUAUAUUUUGUCUUUGUGUUCAUGCCUUGUCUCAGCUAGAGCUCCUUAGACUUGGACUACUACGUGGUACUAUUCAAAAUGUGCACACACACACUAGGUACAGGAAGGAGGUCCGGACAACAGCCCCGCUUCCAGGAAACCCUCAGGAAAGGAAUACCGUAACCAAGGGGAAACUCUCACAAAAAUAGUGUUUCCCUUAACAGAACACACACACACAUACUGAUAAUGUGCCAUUUCACAUAGACUGGGCAGGGCCACUUGUUCUGCCUCUUAGGUUCAGUUCAGUGCUUUGGCUGCUAGCUAGGAUGUGGUUUGUUUGCUUUAAGGGGUGCCAUCUUGAGGGUGGUGACUCUGCAAAAGUUCAAAUUUUGUUAUGAUACUGUGUGUGAAACCAAUGCUCCACGUCCCUUUUUGCUAGUUCACUCAAUUAAUUCAACACAACUAUUGUUAUUGUCGAUUUCAAUAUAUAAGGCCUAGUUCUACAUGCGCGCACACACACACUUUAAAUUGUUACUUUGCACUUUCUCAUAGUGAGUGUGUUUGUGUGUGAACAAGGCUGCGAGUCUCUACGUUCUGUUAGCCGUUAUUGCCGUCGACUCUGCCCUCCCUCGCGCCCUCUUCAGUUUCCUGUGGGCUCUUAAGUUACAUGAUGCCUUUCCAGAUAAGUGUUUGGCCUGGAUUUCCUGUUUAUGAUGGAUAGUGUCUCCCCCUCUCCGUCUCUCUCUCUCACCACACUCAACAGUCAUUUUCUGGGAGAAAUGGAGGUCAGAGAACCGGCCCUCCGAGUACUGCCAAAAAGCUCACUCCCCUCCCUGUUCCUUCCUCCCUCUGAAACUCACCCUGCGUGACUUUUAAAACGAGGGAGAGCAAGAACAAGGGCGAUUAAAAGCGAGAGGAGGGUAAGAAGAGGGAAAGGGUACGCAAGAGACGGGAGCAAAAGCGAGAAGGUCACAGAGAAAGCGAGGGAUGAGAAGAGUGAAGGGGAAAAUGAUAGAGACAGAGAGGGGGAAGGAGAACGGAGAUAGAUGGAUUUGGAGGUAGCACUCAAGGCUAAAAGAUCACUGGAUGCGUCUGAAAACGUUACUAGCUGUCAAAUCCUUAGUCUUUAUUUCCUCAAUUCCUCACCACCUCCUCCAAAUACAUUGGAGGAGAGGAUAUAAGGUCCCUCCUUCGGACUUUGUCCUCCAAUGAGCUUUGAGAGGGAGGCAAGGAUGUUGAUGUAGGAAAGGACAGAGAAACCAAGGAUUUAACAACUUGUAGCCCAACGUUUUCAGCCACAGUGUUUGCCAAAGUGGAUUUGGUCCAACACCCUGACUAGACCGGCUACGUUGCGUGCGUGCAGAUUAUUUUAUAUAUUUUUUUUAUAUAAACUCCUGGACAGUCUGUGGUGCAACGUGGCGUUGGUGGAUGGAGCGAGACAUGAUGUCCCAGAUGUGCUCAAUUGGAUUCAGGUCUGGGGAACGGGCGGGCCAGUCCAUAGCAUCAAUGCCUUCCUCUUGCAGGAACUGCUGACACACUCCAGCAACAUGAGGUCUAGCAUUGUCUUGCAUUAGGAGGAACCCAGGGCCAACCGCACCAGCAUAUGGUCUCACAAGGGGUCUGAGGAUCUCAUCUCGGUACCUAAUGGCAGUCAGGCUACCUCUGGCGAGCACAUGGAGGGCUGUGCGGCCACCCCACACCAUGACUGACCCACCGCCAAACCGGUCAUGCUGGAGGAUGUUGCAGGCAGCAGAACGUUCUCCACAGCGUCUCCAAACUCUGUCACGUCUGUCACAUGUGCUCAGUGUGAACCUGCUUUCAUUUGUGAAGAGCACAGGGCACCAGUGGCGAAUUUGCCAAUCUUGGUGUUCUCUGGCAAAUGCCAAACGUCCUGCACGGUGUUGGGCUGUAAGCACAACCCCCACCUGUGAACGUCGGGCCCUCAUACCACCCUCAUGGAGUCUGUUUCUGACCGUUUGAGCAGACACAUGCACAAAUAUGUGGCCUGCUGGAGGUCAUUUUGCAGGGCUCUGGCAGUGCUCCUCCUGCUCCUCCUUGCACAAAGGCGGAGGUAGCAGUCCUGCUGCUGGGUUGUUGCCCUCCUACGGCCUCCUCCACAUCUCCUGAUGUACUGGCCUGUCUCCUGGUAGCGCCUCCAUGCUCUGGACACUACGCUGACAGACACAGCAAACCUUCUUGCCACAGCUCGCAUUGAUGUGCCAUCCUGGAUGAGCUGCACUACCUGAGCCACUUGUGUGGGUUGUAGACUCCGUCUCAUGCUACCACUAGAGUGAAAGCACCACCAGCAUUCAAAAGUGACCAAAACAUCAGCCAGGAAGCAUAGGAACUGAGAAGUGGUCUGUGGUCACCACCUGCAAAACCAGUCCUUUAUUGGGGGUGUCUUGCUAAUUGCCUAUAAUUUCCACCUUUGCACAACAGCAUGUGAAAUGUAUUGUCAAUCAGUGUUGCUUCCUAAGUAGACAGGUUGAUUUCACAGAAGUGUGAUUGACUUGGAGUUACAUUGUGUUGUUUAAGUGUUCCCUUUAUGUUUUUGAGCAGUGUAGGUUUCCCUUAUCUGUGGAUUAAUUGUCAGAGUACACGCGAUUUUCUCCCGGGUAUCCCGGUAUUUCCCGUCAAAACUGGAAGUGUCAUUCAAAAGCAUUAUAAAGCAUAUAAAUAGGCAUACAGUACCAGUCAAAAGUUUGGACACACCUACUCAUUCCAGGGUUUUUCUUUAUUUUUACAAUUUUCUACAUUGUAGAAUAAUAGUGUGAAGACAUCAACACUAUGAAAUAACACAUGGAAUCAUGAAGUAACCAAAAAAGUGUUAAACAAAUCAAAAUAUAUUUGAGAUUUGAAAAUCUUCAAAUAGCCACCCUUUGCCUUGAUUACAGCUUUGCACACUCUUGGCAUUCUCUCAACCAGCCUCAUGAGGUAGUCACCUGGAAUGCAUUUCAAUUAACAGGUGUGCCUUCUUAAAAGUUAAUUUGUGGAAUUUCUUUCCUUCUUAAUGUGUAUGAGCCAAUCAGUUGUGUUGUGACAAGGUAGGGGGGUAUACAGAAGAUAGCCCUAUUUGGUAAAAUACCAAGUCCAUAUUAUGGCAAGAACAGCUCAAAUAAACAAAGAGAAAUGACAGUCCAUCAUUACUUUAAGAAAUGAAGAUCAGUCAAUAUGGAACAUUUCAAGAACUUUGAAAGUUUCUUCAAGUGCAGUCGCAAAAACCAUCAAGUGCUAUGGUGAAAUUGGCUCUCAUGAGGACCGCAACAAGAAUGGAAGACCCAGAGUUAACUCUGCUGCAGAGGAUAAGUUCAUUAGAGUUACCAGCCUCAGAAAUUGCAGCCCAAAUAAAUGCUUCACAGAGUUCAAGUAACCGACACAUCUCAACAUCAACUGUUCAGAGGGGACUGUGUGAAUCAGGCCUUCAUGGUCGAAUUGCUGCAAAGAAACCACUACUAAAGGACACCAAUAAGAAGAAGAGACCUGCUUGGGCCAAGAAACACGAGCAAUGGACAUUAGACCGGUGGAAAAUUGGGCUUUGGUCUGGAGUCCAAAUUAGAGGAUUUUGGGUUCCAACCGCCGUGUCUUUGUGAGACGCGGUGUGGGUGAACGGAUGAUCUCUGCAUGUGUAUUUCCCACCAUAAAGCAUGGAGGAGGUGGUGUUAUGGUGUGGGGGUGCUUUGCUUGUGACACUGUCUGUGAUUUAUUUAGAAUUCAAGGCACACUUAAACAGCAUGGCUACCACAGCAUUCUACAGCGAUACGCCAUCCCAUCUGGUUUGGGCUUAGUGGGACGAUCAUUUGUUUUUCAACAGGACAAUGACCCAACACACCUCCAGGCUGUGUAAGGGCUAUUUUACCAAGAAGGAGAGUGAUGAGUGCUGCAUCAGAUGACCUGGCCUCCACAACCCAAUUGAGAUGGUUUGAGAUGAGUUGGACGGCAGAGUGAAGGAAAAGCAGCCAAGAAGUGCUCAGCAUAUGUGGGAACUCCUUCAAGAUUGAUGGAAAAACAUUCCAGGUGAAGCUGGUUGAGAGAAUGCCAAGAGUGUGUAAAGCUGUCAAGGCAAAGGGAGGCUAUUUGAAGAUUCUCAAGUGUAAAAUAUACUUUGAUUUGUUUUACACUUUUUUGAUUACUACAUGAUUCCAUACAGUGAGGGAAAUAAGUAUUUGAUCCCCUGCUGAUUUUGUACGUUUGCCCACUGGCAAAGAAAUGAUCAGUCUAUAUUUUUAAUGGUAGGUUUAUUUGAACAGUGAGAGACAGAAUAACAACAACAAAAUUCCAGAAAAACGCAUGUCAGAAAUGUUAUAAAUUGAUUUGCAUUUUAAUGAGGGAAAUAGGUAUUUGACCCCCUCUCAAUCAGAAAGAUUUCUAGCUCCCAGGUGUCUUUUAUACAGGUAACGCAAAUGGAAGAAACACAAAAGAACUGUCAAUCUCCCUCGCCUGGGGCUCCAUGCAAGAUCUCACCUCGUGGAGUUGCAAUGAUCAUGAGAACGGUGAGGAAUCAGCCCAGAACUACACGGGAGGAUCUUGUCAAUGAUCUCAAGGCAGCUGGGACCAUAGUCACCAAGAAAACAAUUGGUAACACACUACGCCGUGAUGGACUGAAAUCCUGCAGCCCCCGCAAGGUCCCCCUGCUCAAGAAAGCACAUAUACAGGCCCGUCUGAAGUUUGCCAAUGAACAUCUGAAUGAUUCAGAGGAGAACUGGGUGAAAGUGUUGUGGUCAGAUGAGACCAAAAUCGAGCUCUUUGGCAUCAACUCAACUCGCUGUGUUUGGAGGAGGAGGAAUGCUGCCUAUGACCCCAAGAACACCAUCCCCACCGUCAAACAUGGAGGUGGAAACAUUAUGCCUUGGGGGGGGGGUUUCUGCUAAGGGGACAGGACAACUUCACCGCAUCAAAGGGACGAUGGACGGGGCCAUGUACCGUCAAAUCUUGGGUGAGAAACUCUUUCCCUCAGCCAGGGCAUUAAAUGGGUUGUGGAUGGGUAUUCCAGCAUGACAAUGACCCAAAACACACGGCCAAGGCAACAAAGGAGUGGCUCAAGAAGAAGCACAUUAAGGUCCUGGAGUGGCCUAGCCAGUCUCCAGACUUUAAUCCCAUAGAAAAUCUGUGGAGGGAGCUGAAGGUUCGAGUUGCCAAACGUCAGCCUCGAAACCUUAAUGACUUGGAGAAGAUCUGCAAAGAGGAGUGGGACAAAAUCCCUUCUGAGAUGUGUGCAAACCUGCUGGCCAACUACAAGAAACGUCUGGUCUCUGUGAUUGCCAACAAGGGUUUUGCCACCAAGUACUAACUCAUGUUUAGCAGAGGGGUCAAAUACUUAUUUCCCUCAUUAAAAUGCAAAUCAAUUAAUAACAUUUUUGACAUGCGUUUUUCUGGAUUUUGUUGUUGUUAUUCUGUCUCUCACUGUUCAAAUAAACCUAUCAUUAAAAUGAUAGACUGAUCAUUUCUUUGUCAGUGGGCAAACGUACAAAAUCAGCAGGGGAUCAAUUACUUUUUUCCCUCACUGUAGCAGCAAAGGGGGGGAUCCAACUCCACAAUAAUGCCCAUGAUUUUGGAAUAAGAUGUUCGAGAAGCACGUGUCCACAUAUUUUUGGUAAUGUAGUCUAUUUCAUCUAACAUAUCCAGGAAAUGGUACUAAGCCAACAUAUGGAAUUGUUUUAAGAUGGUCAUACCAUGGCUCAUUUAGCUAUUUGAUUUGGAAUUUUACGACCCCUUUAGAUAUAAAUUUUUUUAAUAAUAAUAUUGAAUUUGGUCUUUACUACUAUAGCCCAUAGAAACGCAUUGAAUAACACAUUCAUAAAUGGCAAAAAAGACAGUAAAACAAUUAAUCAUAAGGAAUAAGGUUUUGAAGUGUCUGUCCUAUAUCUAGGAGAUAUAAGAAAGCUGAGGAAAUAUUUUAGUUUAUUUGGACACUCAUUUAACCCCUUAUUUUUGUUGGUACAAAACUACCUGCAUACUUCCAUUCAUUUGUAUGUGUUACCUUCAGACGAGUUCCGUGACACUUGUGGUGGGUUGUAGAGCAAAAAGUCUCCCCUUUUCAUAGAGUGGUUAUAAUAGUUUGUAGGCCAAAUCAUUCGGACGUUACAAACAUUUUCGUGAGAAGAACCAUUUUCGGGAUGUCUCAUGGUCUGACAAACACCGCUGGAACUCGGCCACUUUCCACCGCAGAUGUGGAAGGCCAACAUUGCCCAUGCAAGAAAACCUGGUAUCUCUGGCUUAAACUGACAGAUUUUGAAGGGAAUUUCUUAAUGUUGGUAUUUAGAUUGACACAUAGGUGUGUCAGUAGACUCUUAAGGAUUGAUUCACAGUUGGUUUUGGUGUUUUAACCUGCAUGUCAUGAUCGUGUCUGGUGGGGAUAGACAAAAUUAUCAUGCAGACGAUGGUGCAAGAGGUCAAUAUCAUUACAUUUACGUCAUUUAGCAGACGCUCUUAUCCAGAGCGACUUACAAAUUGGUGCAUUCACCUUAUAGCCAGUGGGAUAACCACUUUACAAUGUUUUUUUUUUUUUGGGGGGGGGGGGGUGGAUCUGAAAUGACACCCUAGCCUAAAUGGUGCACUACAUUUAACCUUAUAGCCCCAGUAGGUAACCUAUAAAGGGAUAGGGUGUCGGGGUCCCUCUUUCCAUUAAUUCAGUGGAGACUUUGCUGUUCUAGUGACGUUCACUGUGUAGGCCAAAUCCCAUUGAUACUAAAAAAAACUAGAUGCAUCUCUUCACUUAACAAUGGCUUACAUUGAGAAGCUCAGAGUGGUGCAUUCAGACCAGUGUCAUUUCACAAUGUUGCAAUCUUGGCUCAAAUAAGUGAGUUUUGUUAGUUUAUAAGUAAUUGCAUAAUAGUUAGUAGUGGCACCGACAUCAUUGAUCAUUAUCUGCAAUACCACUUGCUUUCCAUAUUCACUGCAGCAUGUCCUCAAAAUGAUCCCCUCAUCGGCCUUAGGCAAUAUCCCAACCUAGCAAUACAGUAUAUACCCACCACUAAUGCAGUGCACAUUCCCAGCCCUACACACACACACACGGCUGCGGCUGUGCAAGUGCAUGAGGGCUUUGAGGGAUUCUGUACCCUCUAGUCAAUCAGUAACCUGGGCAUCAGACCCAAUGAAAGCUCUGCGCUCCGCUCUCCUUCCUUCCACCCAGUCAAUGAUGACAGACUUGUGCAAAUUCUAUUACAACGUAUUGAAAGGCCAUUGUCAUGUCUCUGACUCCUUAGUCUCAACUUCCAUCCAGUGCAUUCGGUAUUCAGACCCCUUGACUUUUUCCACAUUUUGGUACGUUACAGCGUUAUUCUAAAAUAGAUUACAUUGUUUUUUCCCCCUCAUCAAUCUACACAUAAUUCCACAUAAUAACAAAGCAAAAACUGGUUUUUAGAAAUGUUACCGAAUGUAUAAAAAAUAUAUACAUUUACAUAAGUACUCAGACCCUUUACUCAGUACUUUGUUGACCCUUUACUCAGUACUUUGUUGAAGCACCUUUGGCAGCAAUUACAGCCUCAAGUCUUCUUGGGUAUGAUGCUACAAGCUUGGAACACCUGUAUUUGGGGAGUUUGUCCCAUUUCUUCUCUGCAGAUCCUCUCAAGCUCUGUCAGGUUGGAUGAGGGUUGGGUUUGUUUUUCCUUUGUCCUCUCUUACCUCUGGUUUUAUCUGAUCUGUUUACAUUGUCUGGCUAUGUGGUUUUGCUUGUGUCUCCCUGUCUUUAGUGGUAGCCUAUAUUGCUGUUGUGAUACUGAUCUUGGUUCGAUACUAUUUGAAAUAUUUGAUUCUGCCAGGUAGGUGGGGUUUUGCAGUUUUGGCACUGUUGUCACGUUCGUUCAUCGACGGGGUCAGACCAAGGCGCAGCGUGAUAUGCGUACAUGUUUAUUAAAUAUUAAACACAACGACAAAACAAGAAACGAAACGAAACGUGAAGUCCAAGGCAGCACAACACAACAUACCUUAACUGGAACAAGAUCCCACAACCCAUUAGUGCCACGUUGGUAGCCAUGAAGUGCUUUGAAAGGCUGGUCAUAACUCACAUCAACACCAUCAUCCCGGAAACCCUAGACCCACUCCAAUUCGCAUACCGCCCCAACAGAUCCACAGAUGACGCAAUCUCAAUCGCACUCCACACUGCCCUUUCCCACCUGGACAAAAGGAACACCUACAGUGGGUAAAAAAAGUAUUUAGUCAGCCACCAAUUGUGCAAGUUCUCCCACUUAAAAAGAUGAGAGGCGCCUGUAAUUUUCAUCAUAGGGACACGUCAACUAUGACAGACAAAAUAAGAAAAAUAAAUCCAGAAAAUCACAUUGUAGGAUUUUUAAUGAAUUUAUUUCCAAAUUAUGGUGGAAAAUAAGUAUUUGGUCACCUACAAACAAGCAAGAUUUCUGGCUCUCACAGACCUGUAACUUCUUCUUUAAGAGGCUCCUCUGUCCUCCACUCGUUACCUGUAUUAAUGGCACCUGUUUGAACUUGUUAUCAGUAUAAAAGACACCUGUCCACAACCUCAAACAGUCACACUCCAAACUCCACUAUGGCCAAGACCAAAGAGCUGUCAAAGGAUAUAUACUAGGCGGUGUCAGAGGAAAGGCCAAACAUUUGUCAAAGACUCCAGUCACCCGAGUCAUAGACUGUAAUCUCUCCUUUGUUUUUACACUGCUGCUACUCUCUGUUUAUUAUCUAUGCGUAGGCACUUUACCCCUACCUACAUAUACAAAUUACCUCGACCAGUUAUAUAGCCUUGUUAUAGUUAUUUUAUUGUGUUACAUUUUAUUUUUUACUUUAGUUUAUUUAGUAAAUAUUUUCUUAACUCUAUUUCUUGAACUGCAUUGUUGGUUAAGGGCUUGUAUGUAAGCAUUUCACGGUUAUGUCUACACCAGUUGUAUUCAGCAAUUUUAUUUUAUUUGAUGCUCUAUACCACAAUGAUACCAAAGCGAUGCCACGGCAAAAAAUAAGGCAUAUUAGCCAGUCACAUAAUGUCACGUAAACAGACGGAUAAACUCAGCUACUGCUCUGAUGAAUCGUUGGGCAUCUUUUGAGUUCAAUAUCAUUACAAAAUAAAAAAUGUACGUGCAUUUUUCCGAGACAGCCAUGUACAGUGCCUUCAGAAAGUAUUCACACCCCUUUUUCCACAUUUUGUUGUGUGCCUGAAUUUCAAAUUGAUUUUAUGUCACUGGCCUACACACAAUAUCACAUAAUGUCCAAGUGGAAUUAUGUUUUUAGACAUUUUUACAAAUUAAUUCAAAAUGAAAAGCUGAAAUGUCUUGAGUCAAUAAGUAUUCAACCCCUUUGUUUAUGGCAAGGGUAAAUAAGUUCAGGAGAAAAAAUGUGCUUAACAAGUCAGACAUUGAAUAUCCCUUAUUAAUUGCACUUUGGAUGGUGUAUCAAUGAUACAGGCGUCCUUCCUAACUCAGUGGCCGGAGAGGAAGGAAACUGCUCAGGGAAGGAAACUGCUCAGGGAUUUCACCAUGAGGACAAUGGUGACUUUAAAACAGUUAGAGUUUAAUGGCUGUGAUGGGAGAAAACUGAGGAUGGAUCAACAACAUUGUAGUUACUCCACAAUACUAACCUAAAUGACAGAGUGAAAAGAAGUAAGCCUGUACAGAAUACAAAUAUUCCAAAACAUGCAUCCUGUUUGCAAUAAGGCACUAAAGUAAAACUGCUAAGAAAUUAACUUUAUGUCCUGAAUACAAAGUGUUAUGUUUAGGGCAAAUCCAACACAACACAUCACUGAGUACCACUCAAAUCAAAUUGUAUUUGUCACAUGUGCCAAAUACAACAGGUGUAGACCUUACAGUGAAAUGCUUACUUACAAGCCCUUAACCAACAAUAUAGUUUUAAGAAAGAAGACACAAAAAUAUGAAAUAAAAGAAUACGAAAUAAAAGUAACAAAUAAUUAAAGAGCAGCAGUAAAAAUAACAUUAGCGAGGCUAUAUACAGGGGGUACCGGUACCAAGUCAAUGUGCUGGGGAACCGGUUAAUUGAGGUAAUAUGUACAUGUAGGUAGAGUUAUUAAAGUGACUAUGCAUAGAUAAUAAACAGAGAGUAGCAGCAGCGUAAAAGGGGAGGGGAGGGGGGUAAUGCAAGUAGUCUGGGUAGUCAUUUGAUUAGAUGUUCUGGAGUCUUAUGGCUUGGGGGUAGAAGCUGUUUAGAAGCCUUGUGGACCAAGACUUGGCUCUCCGGUACCGCUUUCCGCGAGGUAGCGGAGAGAACAGUCUGACUAGGGUGGCUGGAGUCUUUGGCAAUUUUUUGGGCCUUCCUCUGACACCACCUGGUAUUGAGGUCCUGGAUGGCAGGAAGCUUGGCCCCAGUGAUGUACUGGGCCGUACGCACUACACUCUGUAGUGCCUUGCGGUCGGAGGCCGAGCAGUUGCCAUACCAGGCAGUGAUGCAACCAGUCAGGAUGCUCUCGAUGGUGCAGCUGUAGAACUUUUUGAGGAUCUGAGGACCCAUGCCAAAUCUUUUCAGUCUCCUUAGGGGGAAUAGGCUUUGUCGUGCCAUCUUCACGAUAGUCUUGGUAUGCUUGAACUAUGUUAUUAUUAUUAUUAUUAUUAUUAUUAUUAUUAUUAUAAUAUAUAUAUAUAUUUUUUAGGGGGUAGAGCAGCUUUAAUAUUGCAGAUAGAUUGUAACUUCCAUCAAUGUAAUUGUCUGCAUCACUUCCAAUCCCCCAUGUUUUUUUUUUCAUGCAUAUAUAUGUGAGGGGAAAAAAAGUAUUUGAUCCCCUGCUGAUUUUGUAUGUUUGCCCACUGACAAAGAAAUGAUCAGUCUAUAAUUUUAAUGGUAGGUUUAUUUGAACAUUCAGCAUAGUUCACACCCUCUUAAGCUUUAGCCCCACCCAUCUAUUGAAGGAUUCACGUGAGGCCAUGUGCUAAACAGUGAGUACGGUAGUGUACAACCAAAGAUUUCAAGACUAAAGGCUGCUUUAUACUACGUCUAUCGACAUGUCUGUAGACAGUUGUCGCAGUGAUGUAAUGAACUUUCUAUUGUCGUCCGACAUCGAACUUGUUAUGAAAAGUAUAAACAUAAAAACGACAGGCUUCAUGACAUCAGCAGCCUGGUGGUCCAAAAUAGCAUAACUGUUGUAUUUUGACACAAAUAAACCCACCCGUUUAAAAAUGAAUUUAGAAUAUGUCUGUCUAGCAAACCAGGCAACUCAAAGCAAUUGUUUCUAGCUUGUUAGCUUACGGUAAGUUAGCUGGCUAGCCAGUUCAAAUAACUACCAUAUCAUAUAGCUGACAAGGUCUUAACUUGAGCUAAUUUGUAUUCAUUAUUACAGGACAAAAAACUCACAACAAGAUCGUUAUUUACAUGUUAAUGGCACGCUAAUUACAGAAAAUAGCUUACGGUUGUGAGUGUGACAAUUAAAGCAGGGCAUUCCACUGGAGAAUUUUAGAACUUGGACACUGUCUCGUUGGCCUAACAUUAUAUCCUAAUUUGACUUUGGUGCAGGUCAUGUUGUUCUUUACCAUUACCAUCUCUGGUAAACACAUUCUAUAUAAAAUAAAAUCAAAGUUUGUCACAGGCACAGGAUACAGAAGGUAUAACCGGUACAGUGAAAUGGUUACUUGCAUAAUGGAGUCUUUUGUUUAAACAUGUAGCGAGCUAGCUAGCUAGCUAGCUAGCAAAACAAUGAGCCAUAAUCCAACUCAUAAUGUUGCUACCCUGCAUGAAUCUACAGGUCGCUAAAGCUAACCAACUAGCUAGGUUCUAUGUUAGCUAUCUAGCUAACAUUAGGCUAUAACUAGCAAUGCAAAUGGCUCUGAGAUACGAAUAAUAUUAUUACACAGAUUAUACAAGUAACGUUAGCUAGCGAGCCAGCCAGCCAGCUAACGUUAGCUAGCUAGCUAACCGUACGCUUUAACUCGCAAUAAACGACUUUCUGACAAAAUUUGAAACGUGUAAUAAAUCUGAAAAUGUAGAUAGCUAGACUCUCUUAUACAUGGAUGAACACUUCUCCCUCUCUGUCACAGAUGCCAUGGUUGCCCUUAGUUUGAAGAUGUAAUCCGGAGAGGGGUGUUUUAUACAACAGCCUUCUGUGUUCUCUUUUCGACUCACUCUGCAUUUGCAAUCAAAUGCCUGAAUUUUCUCCAUCUCCUUAGCUAUCAUACUGUGUUUCCACCAGGCAUUCAACUGAUUUCCAAACUCGGUCCUCCAGAAAGUGGAGCGCCUUAGCAACACUUUUGCAGUUCUUCGUGAUAUUGUUAAAAAAAGCCACUUUAGAAAGGAUUAUCUAUACAUACUAAUCAGCUCAUGUUAUAGACAGAAGCGUGCUACAUCGCAGAACAAUCCAAACUUAUCUCUCGGCAUAUCCAGCCCAUCCAUUAUCUCAAUCAAUCAUGGCUAGCAGGAAGGUCCCUGUCUUUUUCCGUGGCUAAACCAACUAAGCUUGUAAUUUAACAAUUUUAUUUGUAUUUACAGAUGGCAUACACGUUUGUUAUUAAGGCACAUGAAAGUUCACAUGUUCCAGAAGGCAUUUCUGCCAAAAAAUGCAUUUUGAUUGAAAAAAAGUAUGUUCAAAUGCCUCUCCUGUGAAGUAGUGAUGCACUACAUACACCUAGUUUCCUGAAAUGACUCACAAAUGUGGAAUAAGUCAAGGGUAUAUGAAUACUUUCUGAAUGCACUGUAUGCAUUAAUGAAUCAAUUAUACAAUCAAUUUGACAUACAUUUGUAAAAACAAACUACAUAACAUAAUGGUAAUCAUUUAUUUGAAUGGUAAAUCUCUAUUGAUAAACUGGGUAUAUCUAAAUGUAGCCUAUCCACAAUACAAGUGAAUGCAUAUUCUAUAGGAGUGUGUGCAUUGAGUUAUUGAGCUUGUUUUGGCUGAUUUCAUGGGGCUACAGAUGACAAUCUGUUUCCCUUCCAUUUGGUACUUAUUUUAUUACACUGAUCAACAACAUUUGCAUAGUGAAGAUUUGCGCUGUCUCUUUAACCAGUAAUGAGGUCAAGGCAAGAUGGGGGUGGCCCAUUGGAGCACAGUCAGUUUGCUGAGGCAGUCGAUAAUCUUUGGGAGAGAGUGAAUUAAUUAAGUGAAUGAAUGACGUUUUCGGUGGAAAUCAGCUUUGAAAUCAUAUUUUGCGUUAUGGUUUCACAAACAAAGUACUAGGGUAGUGAAUUGAUUUAGGCUUUAGCUGUAAGCUAGCAAGGAAAGUUAGCCUACAAUAGCUGGAAGCUACCAGUAUCUUUCAUAGUAAAGUGUUCUAGCCUGUAUGGACAUUGUUUUGUGAACAGUAAUUAACAGUUUCAAAAUUUCUACGUGCAGUGUUGCAUUAUUCAAGUGUUUUAACUUCUGUGCAGCAUGAGUGGUUAGCUAACAUGAUGCAGCCCAGACUCCCAGUGCAGGCUAGCAAUGAGUAAGUGGAGAGGCACGAUGCGCAAUAUACAGUGCCUUCUGAAAGUAUUCAGACCCUUUGACUUUUUCCACAUUUUGUUACGUUACAGCUUAAAAAAAUUAAAACAUCUCAGCAAUCUACACGCACAACCCCAUAAUGACAAAGCGAAAACAGGUUUUUAGAUUUUUUUUCCAAAUGUAUAAAAAUUAUAAACAUAACUUAUUUACAUAAGUAUUCAGACCCUUUGCUAUGCGACUCAAAAUUGAGGUCAGGUGCAUCCUGUUUCCAUUGAUCAUCCUUGAGAUGUUUCUACAACUUGAUUGGAGUCCACCUGUCGUAAAUUCAAUUGAUUGGACAUGAUUUGGAAAGGCACACACCUGUCUAUAUAAGGUCCCACAGUUGACAGAGCAUGUCAGAGCAAAAACCAAGCCAUGAGGUCGAAGGAAUUGUCCGUAGAGCUCUGAGACGUGAUUGUUUCGAGGCACAGAUCUGGGGAAGGGUACCAAACAUUUUCUGCAGCAUUGAAGGUCCCCAAGAACACAUUGGCCUCAAUCUUUCUUAAAUGGAAGAAGUUUGGAACCACCAAGACUCUUCUUAGAGCUGGCCGCCCGUCCAAACGGGGGAGAAGGGCCUUGGUCAGGGAGGUGACCAAGAACCCGAUGGUCCAGAGUUCCUCUGUGGAGAUGGUUGUCCUUCUGGAAGGUUCUCCCAUCUCUGUAGCACUCCACCUAUCAGGCCUUUAUGGUAGAGUGGACAGACAGAAGCCACUCCUCAGUAAAAGGCACAUGACAGCCCACUUGGAGUUUGCCAAAAGGCACAUAAAGGACUCUCAGACCAUGAGAAACAAGAUUCUCUGGUCUGAUGAAACCAAGAUUGAACUCUUUCGCCUGAAUGCCAAGUGUUACGUCUGGAGGAAACCUGGCACCAUCCCUACAGUGAGGCAUGGUGGUGGCAGCAUCUUGCUGUGGAGAUGUUUUUCAGCUGCAGGGACUGAGAGACUAGUCAGGAUCGAGGGAAAGAUGAACGGAGCAAAGUACAGAGAGAUCCUUGAUGAAAACCUGCUCCAGAGCCUCAGACGGUGUGAAUCUUCACCUUCCAACAGGACAACAACCCUAAGCGCACAGCCAAGACAACACAGGAGCUUCAGAGGAUCUGCAGAGAAGGAUGGGAGAAUCUCCCCAAAUACAGGUGUGCCAAGAUUGUAGCAUCAUACCCAAGAAUACUUAAGGCUGUAAUCGCUGCCAAAGGUGUAAUAUUUCAGAUUUUUAUGUUUAAUACGUUUGCAAACAUUUCUACAAACCUGUUUUUGCUUUGUCAUUAUGGGGUAUUGUGAUAGAUUGAUGAGGGGGGAAAAAACAAUUGAAUCAAUUUUAGAAUAAGGCUGUAACAUAACAAAAUGUGGAAAAAGUCAAGGGGUCUGAAUGCUUUCCGAAUGCGCUGUAACUGUCAAUUUACUUUACCCCAUCACUACUGCCCGAGUGUGGGUGUGUGUGGGGGGGCUGCCCGUUUGUGUGUCUGCCUGUGUGGUUGUGUCUGGUCUCCUGCGCUGCUGAGGCAGCACACAGGCCUCCAGUCAGGUGAGUCUCUCUUACGCACCUCCACUCUGGCAGUUCACUUGGGUAAACACACACCGUGUGAUUUGUGGUUAGGUUCAGGACACAUACACACACACACACACACAAGCAGUAUUGGCAUGGGCUCAUGUACGCAUGUAACCCCUGUCCCCAGGUGUAUCUGAAGCACCGUAACUGUUGGUUUAGCUGUUUUUGGCCUGUAAGUACUUGUGUACGGUUUUGAAUUUGCAUCUUAAAAACCUUAGUUUAUAAUGUAUUCUUAAUCAUAGCUCAGUGACAGCUCUCCUACACAUGUCUAGGGCCAGAACUAUUUUACGGACCAGAAUCUCCAGAAGCCAGCGUACUAGUGUUUCCCUUAACAUUGUACAGAUGGCCUAAUGAACACGAGCCUGUAUUCCCCCUUAAUGCAUACUGGAUGUUGGUGUGUACAUGAGGGUUAAGGAUUAAAACACUAUGGAUGUGUCCCAAAUGGCACCCUAUUCCCUAUAGUGCACUACUCUUGACCAGGGCCCAAUACCAAUAUAGGGAAUAGGGUGCCAUUUGGGAUGCAUCCACUAUCUUAGAAAGCAGUGGGUCCUGGGGGAGACUCUGGGUUUACAGUAAAUAGGCCAGUAGGAAGGGGCAGGAAACAUCAAUAAGGAAGAAGCUGCAAUUCUCAGCUCUCUUAAUUAGGCUGCAUUUUAAUUGUGUAUUCUUGACUUCUCUCUCCCCCCUCCAUCUCUCUCUUUCUCCCUCCAUAUCGCUCUCUCCCCCUCCAUCCCUCCAUCUCGCUUUCUCCCACUCUAGGUUGCGGUGGUGAAGAUGAAGAACACAGAACGCGUGUACGCCAUGAAGAUCCUGAACAAAUGGGAGAUGCUGAAGAGAGCCGAGGUAAGGAUCAUACUGUACUGUAGUGUCCAAAAUCUCCAAUUGAAAGCUAUAAAUAGAACUGCUAGAACGGAUAUUCCCACUCAAGUCAAGGUCCUGUGCUGGGUGUAAACUGACAUGUGCUCCCAAUAAGUGCUCAAGGCUUAAUUUUCAUGGUUGACAAUUAUUAUGUUAGCCACGGUCACCCAGACAAACACUUGUGUUGCAAAAGCAGAAAGAAUAUCUCCACUCAGAAGAUUUCCUACAUACCUAACAGCUAAAUGUGUUGGGUAGGCAUAAUUCCAGAAACAUUCCCCAAGUUCCAGAGGUUUUCAGAAAUCCUGGUUGAAGGUUUCCCUCUGGUUAUUCCCUGCUCCUGAUUCUGGGAAUCCUCCAACCUGGAUUUCUUUAAACCUGGGAACUUUGUAAGUGACUAAAUCUUUAAGAAAUAUGCCAACAUUCAUAUAAAAGGUGUGUUAAGAGGCUUUUUAGUAUGAGUAAAAUUUUGUUGCACCCUUUGAAGGGCAAAGGGUUGCAUCACACACAGACUAUUACUACACCGGCGGUCACAAGUCAUGACCGCAGUCAAUUUCCACGUGACUGUUUAGUCACAGUAAUUAGGUUUCUCCAAGCUCUGAUGCUUCUGAUGGUCAUUAGUAGCCUACCAAACGUACUAACCGCCUGGUACUCAGCACUCUAUUGUCCCUCUAAUCACUCUGACGUCAAUACAAAUGUAAUUGAAAAUCUAAUCAAACACUUCAUGAGAGCCUAUGAGCUCAUGUUGCGCAACAUUUCUAUAGGCUAUGCAAUUGCAUGAGAAAACAGAGUAAUGGCCUCUAUUAAAAAGAGGAGGAUCCCAUCAGCUUUCAAUAGGCUUACUAUAUUUAUUUCUCAACUUUCCUAAUACUAAGCACAUUGCUUCUCUUUACAACAGGAGUAUAGCCUACCUGGCUAGCAUGAAAAUGAACAACGGGAAAAGCGUCCACUAUUCGCUAUUUAAGUGCAUAGACGACAUGUCUUUUUUUUCCACUGCCACUGUUUCGAAACAGGUGCAUGAUUAUGGUCCAUUCUAAAUCAAAAGAAAUUUCACACAUAUAUAUAUAUAUAUAUAUAUAUAUAUAUAUAUAUAUAUAUAUAUAUAUAUAUAUAUAUAUAUAUAUAUAUAUAUAUAUUAUUUAGUAUAUGUAAAGACAAUAUUAAAUCAAGAAUAGUGUGAUGGGUGACAAUAUUAGCCUAUCAAUUUAAGACAAGAAACAGUGCACGUUUUUUGUGACUUUUUCAAAUCGUAGUCGCACACCUCAUGUAGCCUAGCCCAUAGGCCUAUAUGUUUUCAUAAGGCUUGUAUCACAACUAAAGUGGCCAAAUAACUUCCUAAAAUGAGGCACAUUAAUCCACUUUACAAGUUGUGUAGAGCCUAACUGGCAUACAUAUGCUGUGCAUGAGUUUCAAGUUUGGGGAAGAUAAUUCUCACCAUAAAAAUGCACCUUUAUAAUAAAAGCAUUACAUGCAUAAUCACAUUUGUGGGCACUUUUGAGAAUAGUGUUUUCCUGCUAAUGGAACAUUAGCGCUUAUAGUCUACUGCCAUGUGUGCAUUGCUACGCUUAUAAUGUGAAGAAAUAGCGUAAUAAUUUAUCAACAUUUUAGCUAAUCGUUUUCAUCUGUUGCGUCAGGCUCAUUGCUUAAAACAGCUUUUUUUAAUGCUAGUGGUUGUAUUAAGUUAGGAUCUAUUGCAUCCCACAACUCUCCCAGACUAUGUUUGGAAUAUUUCUUUCUCGCACAGAAUAGAAUAGGUCAACUUUUGUCAACUAUGGGGGAUAGUAGAUUGACAUAGGCUAGUGCUUUUGCUGUUCAUUAGGCCUACUCAUCUUGUUGGCUGACGAAAAGUAAAUGUGGAUGGAAUUGGAUAAGGACACGCGCAGUUGCGUCCCCGAUGUGUCUGUCUUCACUUGUAGCCUGUGAGAAAGACCCGAUCACGUGACUGAGAGCCAUGUGAGUGAGUGGUGCUUUGGCACGCAGCCGGGAGAAGGGAAUUAUAAUUAUUAUAUUCAGCCCAAGGGCAUUACGGCCACACAAAGGGGAUGCAGCCGGGAAAUUCGAGGCAUUAUCAAGUGCUUGUCAAAUUGUGAAUGAGAGACCGAUGAAGUGUGUACAGCCUGCGCAAGAAACAAAGCAGGGCUCAUGCCUUUCAACUUUUUACAAAUCACCAUCAUGCAGCCUUAGAAUGUAUUAAAAAACAUAAAGCCCAACAUUUGUAUCACAACUAAAGUUACAUAAAUAACUCUAAAUUAAGCAUAUAGGAGUACCUGUUUCUUUGUUAACCGCUCAACACAGAAUAACCGCAUGUGUGCCGCACUCCCUCAAAUCGUUUGGCAAAAAUAUCCUAUCUAUUUUAAUCAGCUAUUUUCAAUUGCAUUCUUCAUAUUAUUAAAUAAUAUGAAAUAAUGCCACGGAAUUCUAAGCAAAUCUUGUCUGCUAAAUGAGCUAGUGUAGCCCACAGCCAUAUGGCAUAGCCAGAUCAGGGACUAACAUAAGGAUAACUAGAGUAUGCUAUUCUGUUCUUCUGAAAUAGACUACAUUUUCUUCAAAUCAUGUUUCUUUAAACCUGUCUAAAAUAAAUAAUGGAUUUAUUGUGAUGGUGUAGGCUAUAUUACAUGGAUUUAUUAGACUUUUUAAAAUGUAGAUGUUCCAAAGGUCUGCAUCAGUGGCUUGUAGGCUAUGCGUGGAAGCCAGGAGAUGCUAAAUGUGUUUAUGUUAAUGUAUGGUCAAUUUCUGUGAGACCGGCAGUUAUUUGCUUGACAAUCACCGGCUGACAAAAUUUCAUGACUGUCACAGCUAACUAUUAUCCUUGGAGGCUCGGCUUUAGUGUAAUACCACUGUCCACGAGUAUAGUUAGCCAGGUUGCCCCUAGUCACUGAUCCAGGGUCAGAUAUUCAUUAAUCCCUGCAAUGCUCAAGGUUAGGAUUGAUCCAAAUCAACUGAUCCUAGACCUGUGGUAAAGGACAUUGAGCUGAACCUAGUCAGCCUCUCUGGAGUUAUUCUGGUGUAGGGUGAAUUUCACCCUACACCAGUAUUCUAAGCUGGAGUGUGGAGGGCCGGGCCAGGACGGCCAUUUUUCUUUGACUGUGCCGCUCUCCACAUCUUCACCUAGUUUCAGCCCAAUGGGCUCUGACAGUGGCCUGAGGCCCCGACACACUGCGUCAUGGGAGCUUUUGUCAGUAAUGGUCAGUAAUCCCCAUCCCACAAUCCCUCAGUGUCUGUAAAGCCUAGGCAAGACGGGUGUGGAGUUUACGACUGUACUGUACACACUGCCUGCAGCAUGGCAUUCCAACCAGCAGCGGAGGAAUCUUUAGUAUUUAAAGAUGAAUAGAUAGAUGGAUAGGUAAAUAAAUGGGUAUGUAGACCCUAGAUAGAUUGAUAGACAGAUGGAUGGAUAGACAGAUGGGACUCGCAAACAAACCACAUUGCACAUCACUGUUUAAUUUCGUCAACAAUAACUAUGACGACAAAUAUUUGUCAACAACCUAUUUUCCCUGACGAAAACUGAUGACUAUAACGAGACCAGAUACCAUGAAAAAAAAUGAUAACUGUAACAAAUGAGUUUUCAUUUUAGUUGACGGAAAUGUGACGAGACGAGAAUUCCACGUGUGACUAACAUGCUGAAUAGAUCGGGCGUGCGCCCUCGCGCGCAUGUUGAUUUUGUCCAUCCACACCUGACGCAAUCAGGACACUCAGGUUGAAAUAUCUGGAGUGUGGACCUUAGUUCAUCUGUCAAUCACCCACGUGGGUAUAUACUCCUAAAAACCAAUGAGGAGAUGGGAGAGGUGGGACUUGUAGCGUGUCAAGUGUCAAAAAUAGAACCAAGUUCUAUUUUAGCGCCUGGCUAUGCAGAUGCGCACGAGAAGUUUGGAUGAAAUGAUUGAAUAACAUGUAUGUGUACAUUAAUUUAGCAACGCACGCAUCGCGAGCGGUGUGGUCAGCAUGUAAUGGACACUCAAUUUGACAUCAAAUCUCCUUUUCAUCUGUUUUGUCCAAUCAUAAGCAUGCAUGGUUUUGCAUAAUAUUAAUGCUAUUUGCUGAAAUUAGGAGCAGUAAUAUUGCUGGCAUCGUUGGAAUGCUCAGAUUCUACCAUUUUAAGGGAAUCACUGUUAUUAACCCCCAUCCUAAGGUUAUGAUGGGAAGAAAAGAGCUGUAUGCCUAAAUUGUUUAACCUGUAGCCAAGACUUUGUAGCUUAGGCUACAUUUUACAUUUUAGUCAUUUAGCAGAUGCUCUUAUCCAGAGCGACUUACAGUUAGUAAAUGCAUACAUGUUUUAUUUUUUUAAUAGUUUUUUAUUGUUUUUAUACUACAGUGCAUUUGGAAAGUAUUCAGACCCCUUGACUUUUUCCACAUUUUGUUUUGCUACAGACUUAUUCUAAAAACUCAUCAAUCUACACACAGUAACCCAUAGUGAAAAAGCAAAAACAGGUUUUUAGAUUUUUGUUCAAUUUUAUAAAAAAUAAAAAACUGAAAUAUAACAUUUACAUAAGUAUUCAGACCCUUUACUCAGUACUUUGUUGAAGCAUCUUUGGCAGCGAUUAUAGCCUUUAGUCUUAUUGGGUAUGAAGCUACAAGUUUGGCACACCUGUAUUUGGGGAGUUUCUCCCAUUCUUCUGUGCAGAUCCUCUCAAGCUCUGUCAGGUUGGAUGGGAGCGUCGCUGCACAGCUAUUUUCAGGUCUCUCCAGAGAUGUUCGAUCGUGUUCAAGUCCGGUCUCGGGCUGGGCCACUCAAGGACAUUCAGAGACUUGUCCUGAAGCCACUCCUGCUUUGUCUUGGCUGUGUGCUUAGGGUCAUUAUCCUGUUGGAAGGUGAACCUUCACCCCCAGUCUGAGGUCCUGAGCGCUCUGGAGCAGGUUUUCAUCAAGGAUCUCUCUACUUUGCGCCGUUCAUCUUUCCCUUGAUCCUGACUAGUCUCCCAGUCCCUGCAGCUGAAAAACAUCCCCACAGCAUGAUGCUGCCACCACCAUGCUUCAUUGUAGGGAUGGUGCCAGGUUUCCUCCAGACGUGACACUUGGCAGUCAGGCCAAAGAGUUCAAUCUUGCUUUCAUCAGACCAGAGAAUCUUGCUGCAGAGUGCUGCAGAGAUGGUUGUCCUUCUGGAAGGUUCUCCCAUCUCCACAGAGGAACUGUGGAGCUCUGUCAGUGUGACCAUUGGGUUCUUGGUCACCUCCCUGACCAAUGCCCUUCUCUCAGUUUGGUCAGGCGGCCAGCUCUAGGAAGAGUCUUGGUGGUUCCAAACUUCUUCCAUUUAAGAAUGAUGGAGGCCACUGUUUUCUUGGAGACAUUCAAUGCUGCAUACAUUUUUUUAGUACCCUUCCACAGAUUUGUGCGUCGACACAAUCCUGUCUCGGAGCUCUACGGACAAUUACUUGGACCUCAUGGCUUGGUUUUUGCUCUGACAUGCUCUGUCAACUGUGGGACCUAAUAUAGACAGGUGUGUGCCUUUCCAAAUUGUGUCCAAUCAAGGAUGAUCAAUGGAAACAGGAUGCACCUGAGCUCAAUUUCGAGUCUCAUAGCAAAGGGUCUGAAUACUUAUGUAAAUAAGGUAUUUCUGUUUUGUUUUUUUAAAUAUAAAGUAGCAAAUAUUUAUAAAAACCAGUUUUUGCUUUGUCAUUAUGGGGUAUUGUGUGUAGAUUGGUGAAAUGUUUUAUCCAUUCUAGAAUAAGGCUGUAAUGUCACAAAAUGUGGAAAAAGGGAAUGGGUCUGAAUACUUUCCAAAUGCACUGUAUAUGGUAAAUCAUGGCUGGCAUUGGUUACAAUCUGCCACAAUAGCAAUGCGCCAGCUAUAUGAGGGGAUAGUAGCCCUAGUUGGACAUGGCUAUCUUAAUGUGCACGAUGGAACUUAAAGGUCAAUCUGAAUUAUGUCAUGGGGGAAAAAAUGGAGUGACUAAUAUGUGACUAAAAUGACCGUGAGUUUUAGUCGACUGAUAACUAAAACUAAGAAGGAUGAAAUGACUAAAAUGGGACUAAGACCAAAAGGUAUUUUAGUCAUAAAGACUAAGACUGAAACUAAAUCUAAAAUACCUGACAAAUUGAAAUUGUUACAAAUCCACUGUUAGAACACAAUACAUUGUUGGGCCCUGGAUUGUGAUGUCAGUCUGGUUAAAUACUGUAGCUACACACAGUUGUUUGAGUAUGCCCAUUGCCCAAUAGGUUAUUGCUGUGUUUGUUUGUUAUUUUCAGUCUAGGAAUAGAUUUUGUAAGCAUCUGUACCUGUUAAGUUAUUUUUCCAAAGGGGAAUAGGUUCUACAAUUUUUUUUUUGCCCUGGAACAUGCAGACACAUCAGGGUCCUUCACUACAUAUUCGUCGCCAAACCCACUGGCUCCAGGCCAUCUAUAAAUCACUGCUAGGCAAAUCCCCGCCUUAUCUUAGCUCAUUGGUCACCAUAGCAACACCCACCCGUAGUCUGCGCUCCAGCGGGUAUAUCUCACUGGUCAUCCCCAAAGCCAACACCUCCUUUGGCCGCAAUUCCUUCCAGUUCUCUGCUGCCAAUGACUGGAACAAAUUGCAAAAAUCUCUGAAGCUGGAGACACUUAUCUCCCUCACUAACUUUAAGCAUCAGUUGUCAGAGCACCUUACCGAUCACUGCACCUGUACACAGCCCAUCUGAAAUUAGCCCGCCCAACUACCUCAUCCCUAUAUUGUUAUUUAUUUUGCUCAUUUGUACCCCAGUAUCUCUAUUUGCACAUCAUCUCUUGCACAUCAUUCCAGUGUUAAUACUAAAUUGUAAUUAUUUUGCACUAUAGCCUAUUUUAUUGCCUUACCUCCAUAACUUGCUAAAUUUGCACACACUGUAUAUAUAUGUAUUUCUGUUUCUGUAUUUUUGACUUUGUUUUGUUUUACCCCAUAUGUAACUCUGUGUUGUUGUUUUUUAUCGCACUGCUUUGCUUUAUCUUGGCCAGGUCGCAGUUGUAAAUGAGAACUUGUUCUCAACUGGUUUACCUGGUUAAAUAAAGGUGAAAUAAAUAAAAUAAAAAAUAAAUAAAAAGUAUUGCAGACUCCAGCAAAAAGUUUUGCAAUGGAAAACUAUUGGUCAAGCUCCGGUAGUAAAAUAAGUAGCUUUACACGAGCCGGAAUGGCUCAUAGGAGCAGGAGUCAAUCUCCUGUGUCUGUAGUGUGAGGCAGCUGACGUACAAGUACACCUUCUGGACAGGAUGCUAGUCUGUUGCACGUCCUUGCCCCUAAUCCACCUCUUUAAUGCUGAGUGUCAAGCAAGAGACUCAUCAGUCCCAUUUUUAGUCUUUGGUAUGACUCGGUCGGGGAUCGAACUCCCAACCUUCCAGUCUCAGGCGGACACUCAAACCACAAAACCACAGAGUUGGUACAUUUAUGUAGUACCUUCCCGUAAAAAAAAUUGUUGGCAUUUGUUGGCAAAUUUGUUCGCAUUUAGCGUGACCAAUUAGUGAAAUAUUUUGAUAAUAUGGACAAAAUUCACCUGUUAGGGUAUUAUACACUGAGUGUACAAAGCAUUAGCAACACCUGCUCUUUACAUGACGUAGACUGGCCAGGUGAAUCCAGGUCAAAGCUAUCAUCCUUUAUUGAUGUCACUUGUUAAAUCCACUUCAAUCAGUGUAGUUGAAGGGGAGGAGACAGGUAAAAAAAAAUCUUUUUAAGCCUUGAGACAUGCAUUGUGUGUGUUCCAUUCAGAGGGUGAAUGGGCAAGACAAUAUUUAAGUGCCUUUUGAACGGGGUAUGGUAGUAGGUGCCAGGUGCACCCGUUUGAGUGUGUCAAGAAUUGCAACGCAGCUAGGUUUUUCACGCUCAACAGUUUCCAGUGUAUAUGAAGAAUGGUCCACCACCCAAAGGACAUCCAGUCAACUUGACAUAACUGUGGGAAGCAUUGGAGUCAACAUGGGCCAGAAUCCCUGUGGAAUGCUUUCGACACCUUGCCCCGACGAAUUGAGGAUGUUCUGAGGGCAAAAGGGGGUGCAAAACAAUAUUAUGGAGGUGUUCCUAAUGUUUUUAACACUCAGUGUACAUGCGUAGUGUCUUUUAGACACAUUCAUACGUUUCAAAUUUUGCACACAAAAGUAGGGUUGCAAAAUUCCCGGAAGCUUUCCCAAAGUUCCCAUGUUUUUCCAGAGAUCCUGUUUGGAGGAUUCCUGGAAUCAGGUGGGAAUAGCAAACAGCACUGAACAUACCGGUAGUCCUGUUUGCCCCCAUGACAUCAGUCUCGUCAUGUUAUAGUGAGUAAGAGCGAGUAAGCGCGGGAUCUAUGAAUGACCGAUUGUGUGCGAGGGAAAUUGUGCAAAAGAAAGACUGCUCGAGUGAGAGGAAGAGUACGGGAAAUUUAGUGACAGGAGGCGGGUCAAAGAUGUGGUUUUUAGUGAUUUUUCAAGAAUUCCCCGUUCAGACUGACCUGUAUGAAAUUGACCUUUUCUAAGAGUAUUUUACUGUUUUCCAAUUCUCUGUUGAUCCACAUCUGUGUGUGUCUGUGUGUGAGAAUUGAGGUUAUAGGUCUAUGUGUAUGUGUGUGUGUGUUUGUAUGCGUACCUGUAUGUGCACGAAAGUAGGGAAUAUGUCAUAGCUGACCCCUCGAUGCCAUUGUUUCCCACACAGACGGCAUGUUUCCGCGAGGAGAGGAACGUUCUAGUGAACGGAGACUGCCAGUGGAUCACCACCCUCCACUACGCCUUCCAGGAUGACAACUUCCUGGUAACAGCUUUACACACACACACAUUAUGUUCUUCUAUCCUUUUGGGGACCUAAAGUUAAUUUUCAUUCAAAAUCCUAUUUUCCCUAACCCCAAACCCUUAACCUAACUCCUAAACCUAACCACUAACCCCUUACCCUAUCCCUAAUUGUAACCCUAACCCUAAGCUUAAAAUAGCAUUUGUCCUCAUGGGGACGUGGGAAAUGUCCCUAUGAGGGAUAAUUUUCCUUGUUUUACUAUCCUUGUGGGGACAUUUGGGGAUUGUAGGUCCCCACAAGGAUAGAAGAACCAACCCACACACGCACACACACACUUGUGUAUACUCUGUCUGGGUGUGUAGUAUCUGUGCGUGUGUAUACCUCAUUAUAACCCAUACCCGUCUCUCCUCUGCAGUACCUGGUGAUGGACUACUAUGUGGGAGGAGACCUCUUGACCCUGCUCAGUAAGUUUGAGGACCGUCUCCCAGAGGACAUGUCCAAGUUCUAUGUGGCCGAGAUGGUGCUGGCCAUCCACUCUAUACACCAACAACACUACGUCCACAGGUAAGAGGGAUGUGUGUGUUUGUCAGUGUAUCUGUGACCGAUAUAUAGAAUAAGCAGAUCUCGCUCUGUGAGUGUGUGAAGAGAGGUGUGUGUGUGAAUGUGAAUCUGUGACAGGUAUAGAGUAGGCAGAGCUAUCUCUAUGAGAGAGCUCUGCCUAUGAGAGAUCCCCUAACCCAAUCUGAAUGGGAUGGAUAGGUGUAAUUGCCAACUAUGCGGCGAAAGUUGGCUUUCCAAUUGGGCUAAGUGGAGCCUCCUGCAAAUUGCAUUUCCCCCUAUGGCAUCCUUUCAGAUUUGGGAACACCCGAGGGGUGGAGGAGCCAGCAGAAGGGGCUAGGGGCCAAAAUGGAACGGGCCGUAUUAGACUGUGAUGUACUGUAGCGAGAUAGAGGGGGAAACUGAGGGAGAGGGACAAGAUUAAUCAACAGAGGGAGGGAGGGAGAGAGAUUGAGGGUGGGAUAGAAGGGGAACGAAGAGAGAGGGAGAUGAUGUGUGAGAGAGAGAGGGAGCAACCGAACGACAGAAUGGAGGAGUUGGGGGAAGCAUACUUUCUCGCUGUGACGCACACUCUGACACACUUGCUGACUCUAAAACACACACACACACACACACACACACACACACACACUAGAGCUGGGACUAUAAACCGAAAAUGAUUGUCACCGACUAUACAGACUAGUUAUCGCAGGCAUUUUGCUGAUAUCGUUCAUUAUGAUGAGUAGCCUACACUAGAGAAAUGUGAAGUUUAAAAUGAAAUACAUUCACUAAUAUGGGUGAUUGUUAACCCUUGACAUUCGUACCCGUAUACGGAUUGACAAUGGCAGAUUUGAGCACUAAUAAGUGCUUAAAUUGGAACGUAGUGGCUGUACAGUAACUGUCAGAGCUCUGGUGUUGACUGACAGACGUUCUGAAUUUGAGCACCGCGUGUGACAGGAAGUUGCCCCCAUCCCUCCCGGUAAUUGGGCAACUUUUGCAACUUUUUUGUUGUCUGAGUGAGGGAAAUGCACAAAUUAAGGUGACUCAAUGUAAUAAAUACCGCUUUGAUGUCAUAAAAGCAAGCCAAACACCCGUGAGUCCAAAUGUGCAGAUUUCCAAAUCAUAAAACGCAUGCCAUAUACAGUGUAAACGUUUAUGAUCACUGUUUGAUGUACAGUUACAAGAUUACCUGGCGUCAUAACCUGGGUUGUUCUGAACAGAAUUAUUGUGAAAAGAUUUGCCGCGGCACACGCACCUGAAUGCACUCAUGACUCCUUUCUAUGCGCACCAAAAUUACGAUCUGUUUCUCUGAAUUGCCUUGUGAAAGCCUAACACUGUAAGAUUGUAUUUUAUAACUUAGCUAGUCAUGUUGGCAAUAGAAUAAGCUUUCAAAUCAUGGCUACCUGAACCAGAUUUAUAAUGGAGCGGUUUUGGAUUGCGUAAACAACAACAGUAAUUGUGUGAUGGCGGGGAUGCAGGGUUGUGUUCCAAACGAAACGACUACAAGUGUGCUUGCUCUAGUUCCUCAACAGCACAGCAAAGAGAGCUCAAAAAGUACCUUAUAGUUGAAGACUUUUCUUUGAGUCAUAAAAGUGCAUUGAAAUUGCUUAGGAACGUUGCACACUUUGGAGAAGUGUGUGGCCACUUGGAGACACCAGUUAGUCCCCUCACUCAAGCCCUUGUAAUUGUUUUGGUCUUAUGUUGCACCUGUCCCACAUUUUCCAGCAAUAGUCUUAUCAUGUUACUGAAUGUAUCCAGAGUGUUUUCAGAUUUCGUUAUCAACGAAUGCGGCGAAAAGUACAGUAAAAUGUCACAAAAUCAACAGUGGUAAUGUUUGGAUUCAGUCUUGUCAGGUGUAAAGGGUUAAUGGGACAAUUGAUGGCUACAACCAUCAAACUAGUAGUAGUAGUUUAAAGGAUAAAUGAAAACUGUGGUGCACAUUAGUCUGAAAUUAGAGGAGCCAUGGUAGAUUGCUUUAGUGAACUGAUUGACAAACACACCUUACACUGUUUGUUUGGUCUCUACUCUAAUGGUUGUGUGUAGAUGCUUCGGUUUGUGCGAGAGAGAGAGAAUAUGAGACGGCAGGUAGCUUAGUGGGUAAGAGCGUUGUGCCAGUAACCGAAAGGUCGCUGGUUCUAAUCCCCGAGCCGACUAGGUGAAAAAUCUGUCGAUGUGCCCCUGAGCAAGGCACUUAACCCUAAUUGCUCCUGUAAGUCGCUCUGGAUAAGAGCGUCUGCUAAAUGACUAAAAUGUAAAAUGUAAUGUAAAAUAUGAGUGUAUCUGUAAAGAGAAAUGUAUGUGCUUGGCCUGUUAGUUUGUGUUGGGCUGGUUGUGUUUGUGUUUAGGUGUUUACGCCGUGCCCGUUGUGCCCACUGUGCCCAGCAUGGUGCCAAGAUUAGUACAACAGAGGGCACAGUUUGUGUGGCCUGCAUCCAGCCAGGGAGCGUGAGUAGAGGGGGAACGGGAGAGAGAGAGAUGGGAAGAGAGGGACGGUGGAUGAACAAUGCCAAGCUGUUCAGCUCCGAGAGCCACCCGGGAGAGAAAUGUUGAGGGGAGGGUGUGUGUAUUGAACCAUACAUUUUAUCUGAUGCACUUUAAGGUGCUCUUUAAGACAAUGUCACAAUGAUAUACAGGACUAUAUAUUGGUGGAGAGGAGACAUACUCACGGCCAAUCAAUUAUCCCUGUAUUGAAAGGUUGGUUUUACGCAGUUCCGUUAUCCUAACCAUUUUUCCCUGUCUGUCUCUCUCUCUUUCUCCUUCUCUCUCUCCUUCCCUCUCGCGCUCUCUCUCUCUCCUUCCCUCUCGCUCUCUCCUAUCGCCUCUCACUCUCUAUUUCGCUCUCUCUCUCGAUCUCCGAUCUCUCUCCUUACCCUCUCGCUCUCUCUCUCUCCUUCCCUCUCGCUCCUCUAUCAUCUCCUUCCCUCUCCAGCUCUAUCUCUCCUCCCUCUCGCUUCUCUCUCUAUCCUCUCCCUCUGCUUCUCCGAGAGAACGAGAACAAAAUGCAUUAUAUCUACUCCUUCCUCAUUUCUCUCUCUCUCUCUUCUUCUCGCUUCUCUCUCUCUCUCCUUUCCUCUAUCUCUCUCUCCUCUCUUCUUUCCCUCUCGCUCUCUCUCUCUCUCCUUCCUCGCGCUCUCUCCUUCCUCUUCGCUCUCGCCUCUCGCCUGUCUCUCUCCUUCAGCUCUUCUAUCUCUACUCCUCUCUUCGCUCUUCUCUCUUCCUCUCUCCCUCUCGCUUCUCUCUCUCCUCUCUCUCGAACUCUCGCUCUCUCUCUCCUCGAUCUCGCUCUCGACUCAUCUCUACUUAUCGCAUCAUCUCUCUCUCACUCUCGUCAUCUUCUCUUUCUCUCGCUCUUCAUCCCUCUCUUACUCCUCUAUUUCACUCUCCUUUCUCUUCUCAUCUCUCUCCUUCUCGCUAUUCCUAUUCGCUCUCUCUCUUACCUCUCUCUCUCUCUCUCUCUCUCUCUCUCUCUCCUUCCAUCUCUCUCUCUCUUUCUCUCUCUCUCUCUAUCUCCUUCCUUCCUCCAGAGAUAUCAAGCCAGACAAUGUGCUGCUAGACAUGAACGGCCACAUCCGGCUGGCCGACUUUGGCUCCUGCCUGAAGAUGAUGCAGGAUGGCACGGUCAGUCAGUCAGACAGACAGACAAACACACACAGGUUUAGCCAAUAAGUAAAAUUGUUUAAAGUUAGAAUCUGCCUUCGGGGGAAACCGCUCCACUGGCCGCCCCACCACCGUUGUUUUUGUUGCCGAGCUGAGGAGCUACGUGCAGCAUGGUAAAAAUGGUAAAAAGAUCACACUGAACAGCCCUGGCACUGCAAACUGGUUCCGGAGGGAGAUAGCCACCGCUAGGAAACGAUACAGAUCAUCAGCUUCUCAGCGUGCUCACGCUCUUCGUGGGACUGGUUUUUGAAAAACUUGGCAAAGUUGUGCAGGGCCUGGUCAUCACGAUCAAAGUAGUACGUCAUGGACAGGUAGACAUUGGAAGCGUACAGCUCCAGGUUGAGAGAGGUUGGAAGCGUACAGCACGCACACACACACACGCACACACACACACACACACACACACACACACACACACACACACACACACACACACACAGAGUUGAGAGAGGUUGGAAGCAGCACAAGGUCACCUACAGUGCAGUGCUCCUGGAGCAAUGUAAAGCUCUCUAGGCACAUAGGACUUGAAGCCUCUCUUUCUCUACAGGUGUACCAGUCCCUUAGCUCCAAUAGACAGGAAAUCACUAUGCUUCUACUACUGUAUGUGUGUGUGUCACGUGUACACGUGUGACAAUGACAUAACCCCACAGGCUAUGCCACAUCUUCAAAACAUAUCACAAGCGUAGAAUGCAGGAGAAUGUACAGAAGUUCAGGCUUCUUUCUAGCUGACUGACACUGCGUUCUAAAUGACACCCUUUUCCCUAUAUAGUACACUACUUUUGACUAGAGCCUUUUUUUGUUUACAAGAAAGUCACGUCGAGUGAUGCAUGCGCAUCCCGGCACCAAAAAGCUCUGUAGCAUGAUAGCUAACAUUUAAAGUCGGGACCUUGACAAACUUAAGUGAGUGGGUGAUUACCAUGAAAACAAGCUUGACUGCUUCUGGCUUUAUCUAGCUCUAUUUGUGAUAUUUUACCUUGCCUCUCUAACUUGCUAGGUAAUCAAUCCUCUGACAUCUGCGAUGUUGAAGUUGCAUGUGAUUGUAUCCACUGCUAGGUAAACAAAGAGGUUUCUGAUGAUGAACUGCACUCACUACUUUUCAUGACGGGCUGGUAAAUGGGUCUAUAGGGGAUAGGGUGCUAUUUGGUACGCAGACUGAGUGGUCAUUGGUCAAUAAGAGGCUCUCCUACACUUUAGUCAGGUCAAUGAAGAAGUCAAUGAGGAGUGACUUACAGUAAAUACAUAAACCAUAGAAAUGGAAUGACUAGAGAUUACAAUAGAUUCUAAUUCUAUACAUACAACAAAGACCUGAACAAUGGUAUAGAGAACUAGUACCAGAAGAAGAAGCCACAUUCAAAUGCAACUGCCUUGCGGAACUGUGCAACAGCAGCGGCGCUCUGGGUGAAGUUUUCCCUAGGAACAGAUCUAGGAUCAGCUUCCCUUCCCCCAAUCUUAACCUUAACCAUUUGUGUGGGGAAAUGCAAAACUGAUGCAAGAUCAGCGUCUUUAGACCGGGUCUUUAGACCUGGGUCUCAUAGGGGGCUAGUGAUGAUAAAAUGAUUUCAUUCACUUAUUGGCCUUUUCAUAGAACCUGAUAUAUGCUCAAUUUAGGUUUAGCCAAUAAGUAAACAUUUGAUUUUUAAUCAGCAUUGUUUAAAGUUAGAAUCUGCCUUAGGGGUAAACGGCGCCACUGGCUGCACCACCAACAUUGUUAUCGUUGCCGAGCUGAGGAGCGUCACGCAGCAUGGUUAAAAUAUCCUCCAAGAUUGCGCAAUCCUCUCCCCAAGCUUCCUCUGACUUUUCAGUUUCCUACAUUUCCCACAAAGCCUCUCAGCAUUCUGCUCUCUGAGCCACUGGGCAGCACCAUGCAAUGCACCCUGGACUGAAGAGGCAGAAAAAUAGGAGAAAUGUGAUGGACCCUCUGUUAAAUUACAAAUUUCUCAAGGUAGGAAUAUCGCAAAAAUAUGAUCAAUGGCUCAAUCAAGAGAAGACAAUCUCCCGCUUUUGACAUCGGCCAGUGUUGAAAUCUGACAUGUACGAUAGAGGUUUUUGCGAUCUAAAAGUAAUCUUCCUAUUAACUUCUGGCGUAGUGAGAGCAGCUUUAUCACAAUGCUACGUCAUGCCAGCUGUAUUUCUGCCUGCGUGAACGGCAAGAGCUCAUGAUACACAUGAAAUGACCCGGAGAAUCGAUAGAACAUCGCUCAGAGAUGGCCAAAAAAUAUAUAUCAUUCAAAAUGGGUGAAUCUUUCCUUGAAGGUCCAACUAUAUGCCUCUAGUCUCUAAACAUUUUACACAAAGACAGUCCAGGCCAAAUGACAAUUAAUCUUGAUUAAAAAUCUAAAUAGCUCAGGAGUAGGCUUAAUCUGUCUUGGAAUCCAGCUCUUAAUUUUUCAAUAAGACUUGUCUCCCUCUUAAAAACCUAGCUACAAGUCCCCCACCCAGUCCUUAUUGUACUACUGUAAAUAAAUAGUAAAUUACGUGAAAUACCCGACUGCCCUCAGAGUUCACCGGGUGUAAAAUGGAAUGACGGAUGCAUCCCAAAUGGCACCCUGUUCCCUACAUAGUCCACUACUUUUCUACCUUUGGCAAGGACCCAUAGGGCUCUGGUCAAAAGUAGUGCACUAUAUAGGGAAUAGGGUGCCAUUUGGGACACAGAAGGGGCACAUAGGUCCUAAUGUUUUUUAUGACAUGGCAUAAGGGAAUUAAUAGAGGGGUCACACGGUGGGCUAAUGAUGUUAGCUGAGCGCUAACAGGCCGAGGUUUUAUUGAACAACUUUUCAGCCCCCAGUCGUUUUUUGCUCUUAUGCUAAAUCUAAUGUCUUUAUCACUCAGAUUUUCAUCGCUCAGCGACUCUACCACAAUAGCCCUUUCUAUUACUCAGCUGUUUGUGAAAAACGAAAGGAACCUGAGGUUCAAGAUGAUUUGUCCGAUAUAAGGUGGUGCAGUGUUUAGUGAAAAUCGUACUAAUAUUUAAAUGUUCGAACUUGAUGAGGUGCUUGAAGGCCAUAGUGGGGUUUUUAAAUGGAAUUUGAACCCUCAUAUCAGAGCAAACUCAAACUGUGUUUUUAAUGGUUGAAUAGGGUCUCAUUAUACACACACACACAAACCCCUCUGAUGUCGUCACAGCAGGACCUCUUUACAAGUACAACGUUAAAUCGUGCUUCUCUGACAACACUUCACUUCCACCCCCUCAUUUUUAGUUCCCAACCUCACUCUCCCCCCUCAAUCCUCUCUUAUUCCAGGUCCAGUCGUCUGUGGCUGUUGGCACUCCGGACUACAUUUCCCCUGAGAUCCUGCAGGCCAUGGAGGACGGCAUGGGGAAGUAUGGCCCAGAGUGCGACUGGUGGUCCCUGGGGGUCUGUAUGUACGAAAUGCUCUAUGGGGAGACGCCCUUCUAUGCCGAGUCAUUGGUGGAGACCUACGGCAAGAUCAUGAACCACGAGGUAAACCUGAGGAAACUGGCAGAUAUUUUUUUGAAAAGUGUAGGUUGUAGCGGCAACCUGGUGAGGUGAGCGGAAAGCGGGGCUUGAAAGUCUGUGUUUUCACACAUUUGUGUCCAUUCCUGAAAACAAGGAAAGGAAACAAGGAUAGGAUGCCAUGCAAGAGAAUUGGGACAGAGCCACUGGUCACAGGUAUGGGUUGGGAAAUCUGGUCCUAGGUCUGUGUUUAGGGACAAGCAUACCUCUGAGGCAGGACAAAGUGAGGGGGCCCUAGUGACUAGCUUGCAACUAUCUAGAGAAUUUAGCUUGCGUGUGUGUCAUCAGCAUCCAAACUGCCUUAGUGACACAGCUAGCAACUCACAUAUGCUUUUCCCGCCUCUGUUUCUAAAAAAGAACAGAAUGCUGCUCUCCUAUUGGCCAGCAAAAAGUGCUACGUAUUCCAAACAUUUGAAUAAUGAAUGUUUUUGAAUGAUUUAUUGAUUGUUUACUUCCAAAUGUACAGUAUUUCACCGUUAAUUAAACGGUACACUGAAUUAUGAAUGGGUUGAAAUAGUCUGUCAUGGUUUAUAGAUUGUUUAUAGAAUACUGCCUUCAGAAAGUAUUCACACCCCUGGACUUUUUCCACGUUUUGUUGUUAGAGCCUGAAUUGAAAAUUUAAUUGAGAUUUUUGGGUCACUGGCCUAAACACAAUACCCCAUAUAUAUAUAUAUAUAUAUAUAUAUAUAUAUAUAUAUAUAUAUAUAUAUAUAUAUAUAUAUAUAUAUAUAUAUAUAUAUAUAUAUAUAUUUUUACAAAUUAAUUACAAAUGAAAAGCUGAAAUGUCUUGAGUCAAUAAGUAUUCAAACCGUUUAUUAUGGCAAGCCUAAAUAAAUUCAGGAGUAAAAAUGUGCUUAACAAGUCACAUAAUAAGUUGCAAGAACUCACUCUGUGUGCAAUAAUAGUGUUUAACAUGAUUGUUGAAUGACUACCCCAUCUCUUUACCCCACACAUACAAUUAUCUGUAAGGUCCCUCAGUCGAGCAGUGAUUUUCAAACACAUAUUCAACCACAAAGACCAGGGAGGUUUUCCAAUGCCUCGAAAGAAGGGCACCUAUUGGUAGAUGGGUAAAAAAAAUAAAAAUAAGACCUUGAAUAUCCCUUUGAGCAUGGUGUAGUUAUUAAUUACACUUUAUAUGGUGUAUCAAUACACCCAGUCACUACAAAGAUAUAGGCGUCCUUCCUAACUCAGUUGCCGGAGAGGAAGGAAACCACUCAGGGAUUUCACCAUGAGGCCAAUGGGGACUUUACAACAGUUAGAGUUUAAUGGCUGUGAUAGAUGAAAACUGAGGAUGGAUCAACAGCAUUAUAGUUACUCCACAAUACUAACCUAAUUGACAGAGGGAAAAGAAGGAAGCCUGUACAGAAUAGAAAUGUUCCAAAACAUGCAUCCUGUUUGCAACAAGGCAAUUGUAUAAAUAUUCCAUAAUAAAUAAUACAUUGCAGGCCAGACGUUUUGAUUGCUAUACCCUAUUAGAAAGAGCAGAUUUCAAGGUUUCUAAUUAACCUAUUUUUGCCAAACAACUGUACAAAUCGCGCGGAUGGUCUCUGUUUCAAAAUACAAAUUUUUCCUAGAAUAACCUUGUCUCCAUGCUUUCCUCAUGUGAGUAGGCUACAGGUGAUAAUCAGCAAUAGCCAUUUGGGAUAUUCCAUUAUAUUCUUACUGUAAAAUAUCUGUGACUGUGGUAGGGUCUGUGAUGUCUGCUAAACAAAGUAGAUAUCAUUGGCAUCGUGCAGCCAUAGCCUUGGCUACUAAGCACAGAUAAAUACAACUCAAAACAUGCUAUUCUUUUCUUUUUAAUUAAAUUGCCUUGUAUCAUGUUUUUUUGUGACCUUCCUAAACAAACUAUUAAUGCUUUAUUUGUGAGUGUGUAUAUUAACACUAGAAAGGCAGAGAACAUCUGAAUGAGACUCAAAACUAAUUUUAAAUGUUUAAUUGCUAUGACAUUUUUAAAGUAAUGUCCCGGUCGUCCUUGACUUUUCCUAAAUAAGUCUAUAUAACACACUGUCGUUGUUAGAAUCUUAAUAUCACUAACAGAACUGGCGUUAUAACCAGUUUUAGGAGGGCAUGUAAUAUUCUUUAUGGUUUUCCCCGACCUGCUCCGCUCCUUUUUCAAUAGUUGAAUGUGCCAUGCCCAGUUGAUAAUCACCCCGAUAAUUGCCUCGAAACUGAACCUAAACUAUACCGAAACUAAUUUCACACAUAUAACAACAGAUUAAAUAAAUGAAGUAUAGUAUGAUGGGGGAGAAAAAAGGAGAAUGGGUGAGUUGAUGAGGGAGGGGAAGCAAACAAUGCAUAAUUAUGUAAUCACCAAUUGUGAAUGAAGAACAGGAUGGGCCAUUCUAUUCAUCUAUUUUAAUUAUAAUCUCAAAGGUCUACCCUAUAUCAGUCCACCGAAUCCAAGUAGUCUUAUUAGUCUACUCUAGGCCUACUUGGAGAAGGCUACACAUUGAGAGCAUGCAUAAUUUACAAUGGCAAGACCAAGAUGAAUGGAUGCACAUGCUGCACUAGCGUUGCUAGAAUAUCUGAACGAAAACGACUCACAUGGCUGGGAAGAAAUGGAUCAUGACAUCUCUGAUCAUGAUUAUUCUGGUUCAUGCUUAACGGCUUUCCAUAUCUGGGAAAAUAUCCAUAUCGGGCAGCAGGUGAGCGAGUGUCGAAUAAUGUUUCGUAUCAUAUGGCACGGCUGUACUAGGUGAAAGGAGGAACUCGCCUGUUGCUGUGUUCUACAACAUGCUUGGCCGCUAUCAACGCACACGUGUUGUUCAAGCAGUGCAUGAACUACACCCAUGACCUGGAGAAACUUCAUCAUGAGUCUGGCACACGGGCUACGUGAGAGACAUACAAGGGCCAAGGCAACAGCAAAGAUUCCACACGAGCCAUUGCGCAUGCCAAAUUUCGCACAGCUCCUGGGGAGGAGAAACUGCAAGGUGGGCAGAUGCACACGGAACGGAACCCAAGACACCUGUUUCAGUGACAAAGAUUUGUGGGGACUAUUAGGACAAGGGAUAACAGCUAAAUGAGAUCCAACUGUUGCGCGAAGAUGCACACCAUACUAUAAGCACGAGCGAGGCCACAAAUAAUGUGUCCAAUAACUGACAAUAAUAUAAAAAUGUUGACCACUGUCAAAUGACACUUACAGUGCUAUGAAAAAUUAUUUGCCCCCUCUCUAAUUUUCUCUACUUUUGCAUAUUUGUGAUACAGAAUGUUAUCAGAUCUUCAACCAAAACCUAAUAUUAGAUAAAGGGAACAUAAGUGAACAAAUAACACAACAAUUACAUAUUUAUUUCAUAAACAAAGUUCCCAAUUCCCCUGUGUGAAAAAGUAAUUGCCCCCUUACAUUCAAUUACUGGUUGUGCCACCUUUAGCUGCAAUGACUCCAACCAAAUGCUUCCUGUAGUUGUUGAUCAGUCUCUCACGUUGCUGUGGAGGAGUUUUGGCCCACUCUUCCAUGCAGAACUGCUUUAACUCAGUGACGUGUGGGUUUUCAAGCAUGAACUGCUCGUUUCAAGUCCUGCCACAACAUCUCAAUUGGGAUUAGGUCUGGACUUUGACUAGGCCAUUCCAAAACUUCCAAUUUGUUGCUUUUUAGCAAUUUUCACAUAGACUUCAUUGUGUGUUUUGGAUCAUUUUCUUGCUUCAUGACCCAGCUGCGCUUCAGCAUCAGCUCACAGACGGAUGGUCUGACAUUCUCCUGUAGAAUUCUCUGAUACAGAGCAGAAUUCAUGGUUCCUUCUAUUAAGGCAAGUCGUCCAGGUCCUGAGGCAGCAAACCAUCACACCACCACCACCAUGCUUGACUGUUGGUAUGAUGUUCUUACUGUGGAAUGCAGUGUUUGGUUUUCGCCAGGCAUAAUGGGACCCAUCUCGUCCAAAAAGUUGACUCAAGUUUGCCAAAAAGCACCUGGAUGAUCAUCAAGACUCUUGGAAUAACGUUCUAUGGACAGAUUAUUCAAAAGUAUAACUUUUUGGACGACAUGGUUCCAGUAAUGCCUGGCGAAAACCAAACACUGCGUUCCACAGUAAGAACAUCAUACCAAAGGUCAAGCAUGGUGGUGGUGGUGUGAUGGUUUGGGGAUGCUUUUUGUUUCAUAGUUGAAACAAAGGCACUCCACGAAUGAAAACAAUUUUGCACUUGAAAUACUGUCUUUUGAUGGUUUUUCGUUUUUACCUACAGUGCAUUCGGAAAGUAUUCAGACCCCUUUACUUUUUCCACAUUUUGUUACAUUACAGCCUUAUUGUAAAAUGGAUUAAAUUGUUUUUUCCCCCCCUCAUCAAUCUACACAUAGCUGUAGAUUGAUGUAAAGUGUAAAGUGGUUAUCCCACUGGCUAUAGGGUGAACGCACCAAUUUGUGAGUCGCUCUGGCUAAGAGCGUCUGCUAAAUGACGUUAAUGUGCCCUUGAGCAAGGCACUUAACCCUAAUUGCUCCUGUAAGUCGCUCUGGUUAAGAGCGUCUGCUAAAUGACUAAAAUGUAAAUGUAAAUGUACACACAAUACCCCAUAAUGACAAAGCAAAAAUAGGUUUUCAGAAUUUUUUUGCCAAUGCAUAAAAUUUUUACAACUGAAAUAUUACAUUUACAUAAGUAUUCAGACCCUUUACUCAGUACUUUGUUGAACCACCUUUGGCAGCGAUUACAGCCUCGAGUCUUCUUGGAUAUGACGCUACAAGCUUGGCAGACCUGUAUUUGAGCAGUUUCUCCCAUUCUUCUCUGCAGAUCCUCUCAAGCUCUGUCAGGUUGGAUGGGGAGCGUCGCUGCACAGCUAUUUUCAGGUCUCUCCAGAGAUGUUAGAUUGGGUUCAAUUCCGGGCUUUGGCUAGGCCACUCAAGGACAUUCAGAGACUUGUCCUGAAGCCACCCUUGUGUUGUCUUGGCUGUGUACUUAGGGUCAUUGUCCUGUUGGAAGGUGAACCUUUGAACCAGUUUGAUGUCCUGAGCGCUCUGGAGCAGGUUUUCAUCAAGGAUCUCUCUGUACUUUGCUCUGUUCAUCUUUCCCUCGAUCCUGACUAGUCUCCCAGUCCCUGCCGCUGUAAAACAUCCCCACAGCAUGAUGCUGCCACCACCAUGCUUCCCCGUAGGGAUGCUGCCAGGUCUCUUCCAGACGUGACGCUUGGCAUUCAGGCCAAAGAGUUCAAUCUUGGUUUCAUCAGACCAGAGAAUCUUGUUUCUCAUGGUCAGAGUCCUUUAGGUGACUGUUGGCAAACUCCAAGUGGGCUGUCAUGUGCCUUUUACUAAGGAAUGGCUUCCGUCUGGCCACUCUAUCAUAAAGGCCUGAUUGGUGGAGUGCUGCAGAGAUGGUUGUCCUUCUGGAAGGUUCUCCCAUCUCCACAGAGGAACUCUGGAUCUCUUUCAGAGUGACCAUUGGGUUCUUGGUCACCUCCCUGACCAAGGCCCUUCUCCCCCGAUUGCUCAGUUUGGCCGGGCGGCCAGCUCUAGGAAGAGUCUUGGUGGUUCCAAACGUAUUCCAUUUAAGAAUGAUGGAGGCCACUGUUUUUGUGGACCUUCAAUGCUGCAGAAAUGUUUUGGUACCCUUCCCCAGAUCUGUGCCUCGACACAAUCCUGUCUCUGAGCUCGACGGGCAAUUCCUUCGACCUCAUGGUUUGGUUGUUGCUCUGAUAUGCACAGUCAACUGUGGGACCUUAUAUGGACAGGUGUGUGCCUUUCCAAAUCAUGUCCAAUCAAUUGAAUUGACCACAGGUGGACUCCAAUCAAGUUGUAGAAACAUCUCAAGGAUGAUCAAUGGAAGCUGGAUGCACCUGAGCUCAAUUUCGAGUCUCAUUGCAAAGGGUCUGAAUACUUAUGUGGAUAUACAGUGGGGAAAAAAAUAUUUAGUCAGCCACCAAUUGUGCAAGUUCUCCCACUUAAAAAGAUGAGAGAGGCCUGUAAUUUUCAUCAUAGGUACACGUCAACUAUGACAGACAAAAUGAGAAAAAAAAUCCAGAAAAUCACAUUGUAGGAUUUUUAAUGAAUUUAUUAGCAAAUUAUGGUGGAAAAUAAGUAUUUGGUCAAUAACAAAAGUUUCUCAAUACUUUGUCAUAUACCCUUUGUUGGCAAUGACACAGGUCAAUCGUUUUCUGUAAGUCUUCACAAGGUUUUCACACACUGUUGCUGGUAUUUUGGCCCAUUCCUCCAUGCAGAUCUCCUCUAGAGCAGUGAUGUUUUGGGGCUGUCGCUGGGCAACACGAACUUUCAACUCCCUCCAAAGAUUUUCUAUGGGGUUGAGAUAUGGAGACUGGCUAGGCCACUCCAGGACCUUGAAAUGCUUCUUACGAAGCCACUCCUUCGUUGCCCGGGCGGUGUGUUUGGGAUCAUUGUCAUGCUGAAAGACCCAGCCACGUUUCAUCUUCAAUGCCCUUGCUGAUGGAAGGAGGUUUUCACUCAAAAUCUCACGAUACAUGGCCCCAUUCAUUCUUUCCUUUACACGGAUCAGUCGUCCUGGUCCCUUUGCAGAAAAACAGCCCCAAAGCAUGAUGUUUCCACCCCCAUGCUUCACAGUAGGUAUGGUGUUCUUUGGAUGCAACUCAGCAUUCUUUGUCCUCCAAACACGACGAGUUGAGUUUUUACCAAAAAGUUAUAUUUUGGUUUCAUCUGACCAUAUGACAUUCUCCCAAUCCUCUUCUGGAUCAUCCAAAUGCACUCUAGCAAACUUCAGACGGGCCUGGACAUGUACUGGCUUAAGCAGGGGGACACGUCUUGGACUGCAGGAUUUGAGUCCCUGGCGGCGUAGUGUGUUACUGAUGGUAGGCUUUGUUACUUUGGUCCCAGCUCUCUGCAGGUCAUUCACUAGGUCCCCCCGUGUGGUUCUGGGAUUUUUACUCACCGUUCUUGUGAUCAUUUUGACCCCACGGGGUGAGAUCUUGCGUGGAGCCCCAGAUCGAGGGAGAUUAUCAGUGGUCUUGUAUGUCUUCCAUUUCCUAAUAAUUGCUCCCACAGUUGACUUCUUCAAACCAAGCUGCUUACCUAUUGCAGAUUCAGUCUUCCCAGCCUGGUGCAGGUCUAAAAUUUUAUUUCUGGUGUCCUUUGACAGCUCUUUGGUCUUGGCCAUACUGGAGUUUGGAGUGUGACUGUUUGAGGUUGUGGACAUGUGUCUUUUAUACUGAUAACAAGUUCAAACAGGUACCAUUAAUACAGGUAACGAGUGUAGGACAGAGGAGCCUCUUAAAGAAGAAGUUACAGGUCUGUGAGAGCCAGAAAUCUUGCUUGUUUGUAGGUGACCAAAUACUUAUUUUCCACCAUAAUUUGCAAAUAAAUUCAUUAAAAAUCCUACAAUGUGAUUUUCUGAUUUUUUUUUUCUCAAUUUGUCUGUCAUAGUUGACUUGUACCUAUGAUGAAAAUUACAGGCCUCUCUCAUCUUUUUAAGUGGGAGAACUUGCACAAUUGGUGGCUGACUAAAUACUUUUUUUCCCCACUGUAUUGUUGUUUUUCCUGUUUUUCUAUCAAUUUGCAAGAUUUUCUGAACCUGUUUUCGCUUCAUCAUUAUGGGGUAUUGUGUGUAAACAUUUUCUAGUUAAAUUGAUUUAUUAGGCUGGUGGCUAUUGGUACUCCUCGAGGCCCUGCUAUUCUACUGUUAAAUAUGCAUGUCAUUUUGACCUUCAUGGUGCUUUGAGAAUCAAAGUUUUUGUCUUCUGUGAUAUUUGUCUACAAGUACUGCUAGAGUGUAAAAUACACAUAUUUAGGAAAUGUCAGGGACAGGUGGGUUCAAGGUUUUUAUAGAAAUUAAGUUAUAGAAAUAAAAAACGGUCAGAUUGACCGUUUUAGCAGUUCUAGUAUUAAGGAUGGACGUAAUGGAGCUAAGCACAGGCAAAAUCCUAGAGGAAAACCUGUUUCAGUCUGCUUUCCACCAGACACUGGGAGAUUAAUUCACCCUUCAGCAGGACAAAAACCUAAAACACAAGGCCAAAUCUACACUGGCAGAUGGACAAUUGUUGUCUAGCAAUGAUCAACAACCAAUUUGACAGAGCUUGAAGAAUUUUGAAAAGAAUAAUGGGCAAAUGUUGCACAAUCCAAGUGGAAAGCUCUUAGAGACGUACCCAGAAAGACUCACAGCUUUAAUCGCUGCCAAAGUUGCUUCUACAAAGUAUUGACUCGGGUGUGAAUAUUUAUGUAAAUUAGAUAUUUCUGUAUUUCAUUCUCAAUAAAUUAGCAAACUAUUCUUAAAACAGGUUUUCACUUUUUCAUUAUGGGGUAUUGUGUGGAGGUGGCUGUUUUUAGUUUUUUUAAUCCAUUCAGGCUGUAACACAACAAAAUGUGGAAUAAGUGAAUUCUUUCUGAAGGCACUGUAUAUCACUGUAAUUCUGUUGAUUGGUUGCCCUUCAGUGUUGCCUGUUCCAAAGGUUUGUGAUUAUUUAUAGUGUAGGUACUGGUGUGUUUUAUUAAGAAGUUGGCCACUUACACGGUCUGUUUAUUUCCUGAAGGCUAUCCAGGUUAAGUGCUCCUCUCGAAGGCCCAGUUCCUGAAACACUUGCCUACUUUCUUGCUGCUAUUUUCAUCAAAGUCUCUGUCACAUCUCAAAUGGAGCUUGUUAUGUAUCAUCUAACACUGUCUCUCUCCUCCUGUCUCUGAUUCUUGUUCUCCCUCUCUCUUUCACCGUUUCCCUCGUUCUCUGCCCCUUUUCUCUUUUUUGCUCUCUACCACAUUGCACCGCUCUCUCUCUACCCCUUUUUCUCUCUUUAUCUUUUCCUGCUGUCUUUCUGACUUUCUCUCUGUGGGUCUCACUGUUGUCCUCCCUCUACUUCCUUUGCUGUUCCUGUGCCUCUUUUGGUCAGGCUCCCUAAUCUUACCCCCCCUUUCUCUGAACUCUCCUUCAUCACGCCCCUUCCCCCUCUCUCUUUCAUCCCCCUCCUGCUUCUUUUGCAGAUGUUUAUAUGUGAGGGCUGAAAUUUUGAUGUUUUUGAUGUGUUUUUCUAAUGAAUGAUAUUGACCCAAUAAAAGAGAUUUAAAGGUCAAAUUCUGAUUCCCUCUUCCUCUCCUUCCUCUCCUUCCUCUCUCACCCACUCUCUCACAGGAGCGUUUCCAGUUCCCCUCAAACAUCAGCGACGUGUCGGAGGAUGCCAAGGACCUGAUCUCGCGCCUCAUCUGUGGCCGCGAGCACCGCCUGGGCCAGAACGGCAUCGGUGACUUCAAGGACCACCCCUUCUUUGCUGGCAUCGACUGGGAUCACAUCCGCUCCACCGAGGCGCCCUACAUCCCCGACGUCAGCUCCCCAUCUGACACCUCCAACUUCGACGUGGAUGAAGAUAUUCUUAAAAACCCGGUGGGUGGACUUGGGGAAAUUAGCUAUCUAGCUAAAGAUAACAGGAAACUAGCUAACUAGCAAAUGCUAACUAGACUCAAGCUAGCUAGUUAACACUAACUGGAAACAAGCUAGCUCGUUAACACUAACUGGAAAGGAGCUAGCUAGUUAAUGCUAACUGGAAACCAGCUAGCCAGCCAAGCUAAAGUUAACUCUAUUUCAGCAACUGGCCCACGAAAACGAAAGUAUAAAUUAAUGUCACUGAUUGGCCAGCGAAAGACGCUCAGUUAAAGUCCCAGGUCCCUGAUUAAGAAUGAAAACCAGAAGUGUUUUUGUCAUCCACGACCUCAGUUGUUUAAUUGGCUCUUCCCUUGGUCAGUUUGGCUGUUCGACUCUAACCGAUCUCUCUUUCUCUUUCUUUCUCUCUCCUACCCAACAGGACAUUGCCCCUCCAGUUACGCACACCGGCUUCACUGGCCAGCACCUGCCCUUCGUGGGCUUCACCUACACCACGGACAGCUGCUUCUCGGACAGCGGCAGCGUCAACAGAGCCGGCCUGUUCGAUGGGGGUUUCCAGGAGGGGGGAGGAGGAAAGGGGGGUCCCAGGGACCAGGAGGUGGAGCUGGAGGUGGAGGCUUUCGAGAGGAGGAUCCGCCGGCUGGAGCAGGAGAAGCUGGAGCUGAGUCGCAAGCUGCAGGGUGAGAGGGCGGGAGUGGGCAAAAAGAAACACACAGACUGCAUGCGCACACAUACACACACACACCAGUGAGGCCAGGAGAAACACUCACACAGCAUGCACACACAAACACCCUUGAUACACACCCUAAGUGACCCACAGUUUAAAUGUGGACAUGACUUCUAACCCUUGACCUGUGUUUGUUGCUGCCUCUGACCCCCUCCAGAGUCCACUCAGGCUGUGCAGUCUCUCCACGGGCCGGGCCGCGGGGCUGGCACCCUGGGCCGAGACAAGGAGAUGAAGAAGCUCAACGAGGAGAUCGAGAGGCUCAAGAAGAAACUUGAAGGUCAGUCUCUCUCAAUGCAAUCCAACAUAGUCGUCAGACAACCCAACACUGUCUAAGCAUUUAAAUCAGGCCUGGGUGGAACCCAAAGGUCAAAUACCUGAAAGUGUUUGAGGUGCGCUCAGUUUACUUUUGGGGCUAUUCCAGCGCAGCACAAGUACCUCUCACCUAAACUCUUUAGAGAGCUUUAGAGAUGAAGAACCAUAUCUCCAUUUUGAGUUAUUUUGAAAAGCUGAUGUAGUUGCAUUUGUAUAAACAUAUUCAAAAUAAUUUGGAGUUAGAAUGUUACACAUCACCUGAAAGGACACAGCCGCUACUAUCUACUAUCUAUUUUUUUAUUUUACUUUUAUUUAACUAGGCAAGUCAGUUAAGAACAAAUUCUUAUUUACAAUGACGGCCUACACCGGCCAAACCCGGACGACGCUGGGCCAAUUGUGCGCUGCCCUAUGGGACUCCCAAUCACGUACGGUUGUGAUACAGCCUGGAAUCGAACCAGGGGGUCUGUAGUGACGCCUCAAGCACUGAGAUGCAGUGCCUUAGACCGCUGCGCCACUCGGGAUGUUAGUCAGCAGAUAAUGACAUUUGAAACAUCACUAAUCUGAAAAUAUAUAAGGCACAUCUAUCAUCUAUGGUUCUUCGUCUGUAGGGCUCAGUUCUUGUCACCUUUCGCAUAAACAAAGUAUUAUGUUUAAAACAAAAUAAAUCAAAGUUUUCUCCCCAAAUCCCAGUCUGAAGCCACUACUAUUGUGACCUUUUGGGAAACAUUGACCCUAACCUAUCACCAGCUCACUAACCAAGAAGUCCCUCCCCUUUUCGCCUUCUUUCAGACUCUGAUAGGCUGGAGCACCAGCUGGAGGAGGCGGUGACACUGCGCCAGGACUAUGAGAGCUCCUCCUCCAAGCUGAAAACCCUGGACAAGCAGGUCAAAGCCCUGAGACAGGAGAAGGAGGAGAUCCACAAGGUAACAUCACUCUUCUCUCCCCCCUGACCUUCAAACUCACCCCCCUCCUCCAGGGUCAUAUUCAGUAGUGCACACCAUAGCAAAAUGUUUUGCUAAGGAAAAUAAAAUCUAGUGUUUGUUAUUGGACAAGUUCAGGCAGCCAUUUCUCAUUUCGGACCGUUUUCUUCCGUUUGGUGUCAAGUGAAUACGACCUAGGGGUGUAUUCAGUGAGGUGAAUGCAAUAAAUAGAGCUGACAUGAUUCACUGGGCACACUGUAGCUCUCCAGGACCAAUGUUGUUCACCGUUGCCUAUUCAUUGCAUAGUGCAUAGAGGACAUUUCACUCAGUGUGAAGUCCCAUUGUAUCUGAUGUGCAAGAUGCUGAUGCUGAAACACAAACGCACACACCUCUCCAACCUGAUACACACACACACACAGUGCCUAACCUAAUAUCCUCAGGUCAUUAGAUCACCACAGUGUGUAAACACUGGGAGCUUUUUAGUCCGAUUAAUUCCGUCAAUGUCAUGGGUUAGCGGGAGUCCGGAUUCUCGACACACACCAAAUUGUUGUCUAAUUCCAUUCGCUAAACUAUUUAACCCCAUCCUCUUCUCUUACACUGGGGAUGUGUUUGUCUACUCUACUUUACAUUGUCUAGUUUACAUAACUAACCUUUGCUUGCUCAUAGGCGGUUACAUUCACAUGAAGCACACCAGAUGAUGUCAUCAGUGUCUCUGGAUGAUGUCAUCAGAAAUAUCCUAUCUUCUAUCUUUUGAACUACAAAACAUAGGACUUGUUUGACAUUGCAGGUGACUGCCGACUGACUGAUCUACAAAUCACCUUGCAUCAUUAACUACUCAUUAUUAUUUGUAGAUCAUUCAGUCACCAUUUAUUUACCAACAAUGCAUAAAGGAUUUGAUUUUCCUUGAAUAUGGACAUAAAAACCCGCCAUUUUCACAUGUUGGGGUGGAGCUGGAGAUUAUGAAUGUAAUGUUGAAAAAGGGUGGAAUUUUUCUUAAAAUAAUUUGUUCGGUACUAAUUGUCUGUAUGUUUAUAGUGUCAGUCAAGCUUAUAAUUGGUAGUUCACUGAUUCUUUUUUCUUUCUCACGAUUCCCCUCCUCUCCCUCUCAUUUAAUCUACACACCUGUCAUUCUGUCUGGCUCUUUCCCUCUCCCCAUCUCUCGUGCCUCUCCUCUGCUCUUUCUCUCAUUUAUUUUGCUGCCCUCUCCCUCCCACCCUUCCUUUUUCUCUCUUGACUCUUUCUUUCUCUCCACCCCCCCCCUCUCACCUACCCACUCACCCUUUCUCUCCCUUCCCUCUCCCUUCCCUCUCUUCCCCCUUCCCCCUCUACAACCUACCUCCCCCACAUCUCUCUCACCUUCCUGCCUUCCUUCCUUCCUCCUCUCUCUCUCCCUCACUUAUCCACUCUCCCCACCUCUUUCUCACCCCCCCGCCUCCCCUCUCCAUCUCCACCAACAGCAACUGGUGGAGUCCCUGGAGCGCCUCAAGUCCCAGACCAAGGAGCUGAAGGAGGCCCAUAGCCAGCGGAAGCUGGCCCUGCAGGAGUUCUCUGAGCUGAGUGAGCGCAUGGCAGAGCUGCGCUCCACCAAGCAGCGCCUCUCGCGCCAGCUCCGCGACAAGGAGGAGGAGAUGGACGCUGCUGUGCAGAAGGUGGAUGCAAUGCGCCAGGACAUCCGCAAGACCGAGAAGGCUCGCAAGGAGGUGAGAUGUAAAAGUUGACUAGCGCGUAGCUCACUAAUGCUAACACUUAAAGUGCUAGCAUUUAGCUUGCUAACACUUAGCUUAACUUGGUUAUAGUUAGCUUUAUAACACUUAGCUCGCUAACAGUUGGUUUGCUAACAUUUAGCUUGCUAGUACUUAGAUUGCUAACGUUUAGCUUGUUCGCCCUUAGCUUUCUAACAUUUAGCUUGCUAAUGCUUAGCUUGCUAAUGCUUAGCUUGCAAACAUUUAGCUUGCUAACUCUUAGCUUGGUAACAUCAAAGUUGGUGGAUAAAUUAAGAUAGUUCACUCAGGCCUUUUACCAUUGAAAAAAAUAGUCACGGUUCCUGUCUGUGUAAGUGGGCGUGCCCUCUCUCUUGUGAGCAUGCUUUCCCGUGUAAGCUCACGGUUCCUUCAUAAUCUCUGGCAUGCUUACGCGAGAGAAGGAACAGCUGCUUCUGGUCUACCUACUGUCCCCACCUUGCUCGCCCGACCAGAAGAAAUUUGCCAGUGAGAUGUCUCCUUUCUCUACAGUCUCUGGGGGUCGGGGGCAAUAAGCAGACCAGAGCGGCCCUGCCCCGACCUGAAAAAAUGAGGGAGUGGAAUGUUUCGCUUUCUCUACUGUCUCUGGUAACAUUUGUCUUGCUAAGUCUUAGCUUACUAACAUUAAGUUUGCUAACACUUAGCAUGCUAACAAUUGUGGAUAAAGUUAGCACACCACAGGCCACAUGGGCUGUCAAAGCUGGAGGCGGAGUGGCAAUGUGUAAGCAACGUUAAGCUAAUUAGCAACGUUUAGCUUUCUGUGGUGAGGGCAUAAUUGAGUGCAUUGCUUGUGGGUUAUAUGUGUAUUAUUAACUGUGUGUGUGUGCCUAUGUGAGUGUGUCUAUGUACAAGAAUCCCAGACUCUCAACCUCAACACACACAUAUACAGGGGGUACCGGUACCCCCUGUAUAUAGCCUCCCUACUGUUAUUUUAUUUUACUGCUGCUCUUUAAUAAUGUUUAUUUCUUAUUUUUUACUUAACACUUAUUUUUCUUAAAACUGCAUUGUUGGUUAAGGGCUUAUAAGUAAGCAUUUCACUGUAAGGUCUACACCUGUUGUAUUCGGCGCAUGUGGCAAAUCAAAUUUGAAUCGAUUUGAGUUUUGGUGCUACAGCUCCUCCUGCCAUUCAGAAAGCACAAACCAACUUCUCUCCAGCUGUAUCUUUUAUCAUCAGCUUGUUAUCUACUUGUUUAUUUCUCCAUCUGAAUGUCAGUAUUCCCUUAAGGGCAUCGUCUUUCUAGUGCUGUCUGCAUUGGCGACAGAGGAAUGCGCUACUUGGUGUGUCCUACAGCUUCCCUUAAGGGCUCUAUGCAAACGGAACGAUGGAGCUCCGUUUGCGCCGCUCUCUACGUAGUUCUACGUACUUUUGUGCGGCUGAAUAUUUGGAACGGACCUUGUACAGUGGGGAAAAAAAGUAUUUAGUCAGCCACCAAUUGUGCAAGUUCUCCCACUUAAAAAGAUGAGAGAGGCCUGUAAUUUUCAUCAUAGGUACACGUCAACUAUGACAGACAAAAUGAGAGAAAAAAAUUCUAGAAAAUCACAUUGUAGGAUUUUUUAUGAAUUUAUUUGCAAAUGAUGAUGGAAAAUAAGUAUUUGGUCAAUAACAAAAGUUUCUCAAUACUUUGUUAUAUACCCUUUGUUGGCAAUGACACAGGUCAAACGUUUUCUGUAAGUCUUCACAAGGUUUUCACACACUGUUGCUGGUAUUUUGGCCCAUUCCUCCAUGCAGAUCUCCUCUAGAGCAGUGAUGUUUUGGGGCUGUCGCUGGGCAACACGGACUUUUAACUCCCUCUAAAGAUUUUCUAUGGGGUUGAGAUCUGGAGACUGGCUAGGCCACUCCAGGACCUUGAAAUGCUUCUUAUGAAGCCACUCCUUCGUUGCCCGGGCGGUGUGUUUGGGAUCAUUGUCAUGCUGAAAGACCCAGCCACGUUUCAUCUUCAAUGCCCUUGCUGAUGGAAGGAGGUUUUCACUCAAAAUCUCACGAUACAUGGUCCCAUUCAUUCUUUCCUUUACACGGAUCAGUCGUCCUGGUCCAUUUGCAGAAAAACAGCCCAAAGCAUGAUGUUUCCACCCCCAUGCUUCACAGUAGGUAUGGUGUUCUUUGGAUGCAACUCAGCAUUCUUUGUCCUCCAAACACGACGAGUUGAGUUUUUACCAAAAAGUUCUAUUUUGGUUUCAAAUGACAUUCUCCCAAUCCUCUUCUGGAUCAUCCAAAUGCACUCUAGCAAACUUCAGACGGGCCUAGACAUGUACUGGCUUAAGCAGGGGGACACGUCUGGCACUGCAGGAUUUUAGUCCCUGGUGGCGUAGUGUGUUACUGAUGGUAGGCUUUGUUACUUUGGUCCCAGCUCUCUGCAGGUCAUUCACUAGGUCCCCCUGUGUGGUUUGGUAUUUUUGCUCACCGUUCUUGUGAUCAUUUUGACCCCACAGGGUGAGAUCUUGCGUGGAGCCCCAGAUCGAUGGAGAUUAUCAGUGGUCUUGUAUGUCUUCCAUUUCCUAAUAAUUGCUCCCACAGUUGAUUUCUUCAAACCAAGCUGCUUACCUAUUGCAGAUUCAGUCUUCCCAGCCUGGUGCAGGUCUACAAUUUUGUUUCUGGUGUCCUUUGACAGCUCUUUGGUCUUGGCCAUAGUGGAGUUUGGAGUGUGACUGUUUGAGGUUGUGGACAGGUGUCUUUUAUACUGAUAACAAGUUCAAACAGGUGCCAUUAAUACAGGUAACGAGUGGAGGACAGAGGAGCCUCUUAAAGAAGAAGUUACAGGUCUGUGAGAGCCAGAAAUCUUGCUUGUUUGUAGGUGACCAAAUACUUAUUUUCCACCAUAAUUUGCAAAUAAAUUCAUAAAAAAUAUUACAAUGUGAUUUUCUGGAUUUUUUUCCUCAAUUUCUCUGUCAUAGUUGACGUGUACCUAUGAUGAAAAUUACAGGCCUCUCUCAUCUUUUUAAGUGGGAGAACUUGCACAAUUGGUGGCUGACUAAAUACUUUUUUCCCCCACUGUACGAUGCUCAGUUUGCAUAGAGUGUGUAGAGCCCUUUAGGGGUUAGGAAACAUAAUACAUACACUGCCAAAACAAGCCAGGGCUGCAUCUCAAUAGUCCUAAAAUAGCUUCCUCCACCUGCACUGACAUUGAAGAUCUAGGCAGGUGAAAGCGAAUUCCUAGUAGGCUUCCUCGAUAUUGCUUUCGCCUUGCCCAUGUUUUUAGAUCAGUGCAGAUGGAGAGGAGACAAGGAAUGGCACUUUAGAUUAUUUAGAUGCACCCUCAGGCCUUCCCUAGAGAUAAGCGCUAACAGGGUCCAGAUGGAUUUUGGUGACCCCAGCUAAACUGCAUGGGGCCAGGGACGGGGUCAAUGGUGGCAGGGUGAUAGGCCAAUUUCUCAUCUCCUCACCAUCCCCCCCAAUACUGUUUAUUCAUAUACACAUUACUGGGAUGCAUAAUGCCAAUACACACAUUUACUCAAUACAUGCCCAUGAAUGUUUGUGUGUGGUUCAGAGUGAGAAAUUGUAUAUGUGUGCAUAAAUAUUUCCUGGUAGAAGGAUAUAAAACUCUGUGUGUGGAUGGUGAUGUUAAACCUCUGCUUUGUCUCCAUGUGUUUGUGUGUUAGUUGGAGGCCCAGUUGGAGGAUGCCAAGGCGGAAGUGUCUAAGCAGCAUAAGCUGCGCGAGCACAGCGAGGUCUACUCCAAACAGCUGGAGAUGGAGCUGGAGACCCUGAAGGUCAGAGAUCACACACUCCUUUUCUCUCUUUUCACUGAUCUUCCUGUACCCUUUCUCGUUCUCUCCACUCUCCUGUCCCUACCCCUACUAGCACCUCUCCCCUUCUCCUUUUUCACUGCUCUGCCUCUCCCUGCUAUGCUUCCCUCCCUUUUCCCCACUUUCCCCUAUCCUCAUACUCUCUCCACUAUCCUCGUACUCUCUCCCCUACUCUAUACUUUUCCUUCUCCCAUCCCACUUCUCCCCUCUCCUCCCUUCCCCCCCCAUGCUAGCUGAGGGGUCUUCCCUCUGGCAUGGCUAUAUAUAACAGUGUGUUUGUUGUUGUCUGUUGCUGUUGUCAAUGGGUCUAGACCAGUCCUUCUCAAAUAGUGGGGCGCGCCCCCCUGGGGGGGCUCGGAGCGAUGCCGGGGGGGCGCGUGUGACCCCGGGGAACAUGCUUAUUUUUGCCGCAGGGAGUAGUGUUUUUUUGCACCGAACAAGAGCACACAGCACAGAGCAGGAGAAAUGAAGUGCAGAUAACAAACCUUUAAGAGACACCAUGGAAACAUAUCUAACAGGGAUGAAAAGAAAGGCGGAGAGAGACGGAGAUAAUGAGACAAACGUAAGUCUCCCGAAAGCUAAGACGAGGAAAUAUGACGAAGCGUAUGUAGCGCUUGGCUUCACUGUGACUACGGUGGGAGACGAGGAAAGACCGUUAUGUUUACUGUGUCUAAAAAUGUUGGCAGCGGACAGCAUGAAGCCAAAUAAAUUAAGGCGUUACUUAAAGACAUUACACCCCAAUCACGCUGAUAAGCCGCUUGAGUUUUUUCAGCGAAAACGUGCCGAAUAUUGCCAACAAUCGUCCCGCUUUGUGAAUGCUACUUCAGUAAACCAGAGAGCACUGUUAGCAUCAUAUAAGGUGGCGUACCAAAUUGCUCAGUGCAACAAAAAAACACACCAUAGCAGAGGAGCUGAUACUGCCUGCAGCAUUAGACAGGUCUCUGUCAUGCUGGAUGACGCAAGUGCUGCAAAAAUAAAAACUAUCCCUCUGUCCAAUGACACUGUCGCCAGACGUAUAAAUGACAUUGCUAACGAUCUUAAAGAACAGCUGGUAGAUAAACUCAAAGAGAAACGUUUUGCCUUACAGUUCGAUGAAGCAACUGACAGCAACAAAGACUGUUUGUUUAUCGCUUAUGUACGUUUUGACAUGACAAACUCCCUGUGUGAGGAUCUACUUUUUUGUAAAUAUGUCAGAGACAGAGCCACAGCUGAAGAGCUAUUCAAAAUGAUGGACUGCAUUCUGACUGAGAAUGGGCUAAAGUGGGAGAACUGCAUUGGUGUUUGCAGUGAUGAUGCACAGACCAUGGCAGGGAUGAGAAAAGGACUUUGGGCACUCAUCAAGAAGGCCUCACCUAAUGCUGAGUGGACACACUGUGUUAUACACAGAGAAGCACUGGCAUCAAGGCACCUUUCCUCUGAAUUAAGUGAGGUUAUGACUGACAUUGUAGGUGUAGUCAAUUUUAUAAAGACCAGACCACUAAAAACAAGAGUCUUCUCUGCUAUCUGUGAGGAGAUGGGAGCUGACUAUCAAGCUGUGCUGUUUCACAGUGAAGCAAGGUGGCUGUCACGAGGAAAAGUCUUGUCCCGAGUUUUUGAGCUCAGAGAGCAGAUAAGAAUGUUUUCGGAGCAGGAGCACAAGUAUGACCUCGCAGAAAAAUGUAGUGAUGAGAACUUCCUGGCAAAACUGGCCUACCUGAGUGACAUAUUUGGAAAGCUAAAUGAACUAAAUCUACAGCUUCAAGGGAAAGAUAAACACCUCCCUCAGGUCACAGACAAGAUCAGCUCUUUCACUCGAAAGCUUGCAAUGUGGGGCAGGCGACUUGAUGAAGGAAAUACUGAUUCAUUCGAGAACCUGCAUGAAUUUGUUGACACUACUGACUAUGAUGCCACCUCAGUGAUUCCAUAUAUUAAGGAGCAUAUUUCAUCACUGAUGGGAUUCUUUAAAAAGUACUUCCCUGAAAACAGUUCCCAAUAUGACUGGGUGAGAGAUCAAUUCAAUGCACCAGCUCCAACUGGUUUCAGCUCUGCAGAGGAGGACCAGUUCAUUGAUAUGACAUCUGACUCCACAUUGAGACUGAGGUUCACAUCACAGACACUGAGUGAAUUCUGGCUGAGUGUAGAGAGGCAUUAUCCACUCUUAGGGCAGAGGGCCAUGGGCAUUCUUCUUCCUUUUGCAACAUCUUAUAUUUGUGAGACUGGCUUCUCUGCUGUUGCUGCACUGAAGACCAAGUACAGGUCCCAGCUAAACAUUGAGCAGGAGCUGAGAGUUGCAGUAUCAUGCUUCAAACCCCACUUCGAAAAGCUGUGCACUGCAAAACGUGCUCAUUGUAGCCAUUAAUCCUGACUUCCUAUUUUUAUAAAAAAAAAUCAGCACAUUGUUUUAUUCAUUUUUGUUUUAUAGGUCAAAGUGGGGGGGGGGCGGCAAACAUGUAUUCACUUUGUCGUCAUGGGGUAAUGUGUGUAGAUUAAGGACAUUUUAUUUAUUUAGUCAAUUUUAGAAUAAGGCUGUAAUGUAACAAAAUGUGGAAAAGGGGAAGGGGUCUGAAUACUUUCAGAAUGCACUGUAUAUAGUAUAUGUGGUAUAUUGCUCAAUUUCAUUUUUUUUUUAAACCUGUGUCUUUUAACCAAAAUAUCAGAUGAGACAAAUGUUCAGCUGCCCCUUUAUGUGUGGGAGUUUACAGUGGUAACGUGCCACUUGAGUCCUGUCAAGUGUGUCUGUGUGUGAGAUUUUGAAUCUGACUACUGACUGGUAGUAGACUCAUCUCUUCGCUAGCAGUUAAAGCAAACUCCAAUGAACAUUGAAAAACAUCAGAGCUUGUGAAAAAUAAAUACAAAUAUCUUCUAAUCAAAUCUCGUUUGAUUUGUCACAUACACGUGUUUAGCAGAUGUUAUUGUGGGUGUAGCGGAAUGCUUGUGUGCACACAGUGUGCACAGCUCCCCAGCCAGGCAGUGUUGUUGCGCGAGGUGGGAUAUAGGAUUUAUAUUUCUUUGUGCGAUUAGCAGCUAUGAAACAAAACAGCUGAAAAUCUUUGAAAAUCGAUUGUAGAGCCCUGCAAAUUGACCACCUGCCAACGUGGCUGGUGAAAUAGACAUUCUUAACCUCCAAUACCAAAAUCUACCUGCGUUUGGUGGGUGGCGGUUCAAUUUUUUAUGCCCUGGCUCUGUUUACAUUCCUAAUUACACCUCCUCACCUUCCGUUCUUCACCACCCUCCCCUCUCCCUUCGGUCCCCCCAACUCCCCUCUCCCCUGUGACGUACUCCUCUUAAAGGUCCAGUGCAAUAAAACAUGUGUUUUUCCUAUGUUUUAUAUGUAUUUCCACACUGUGAUUGGAAGAAUACUGUGAAAUUGUGAAAAUGAUAUGAUAAUGCCCUUUUAGUUUAAGUGCUGUUUGAAAAGUGGAUGGCGUUUUGGCCUGCCUGGUGUCAUCACCAGGCAUUUCAUUAGUUAAUAGACUAAUAAGAAAGAGAGUUCCAAACCUCUGCCAAUAACAGUUCGUUUUCGGUUUUCACCUCCCUACUCAGACCACUCCCAGACAUUUCUCUCUCACUUUCUCUCUUUCACGUUUUUUGUUUAUUUGCUAUUUCUGAUUUUAAAAACCAUGCUCAUUACAUCUCUCAUGAUCGAAAACACAAUGCAAACACAAUAGAAACAAAACUCUCUCGCUUCCUCCCCCCAGGUGAAGCAGCUGGGCUGCGCGCGCGGCAGCGGAAGCAGCAGCCCAGAGUUGCUUCAGGAGCUGUCCAAGGUGAAGUCGGAGCUGGACAAGAAGGUGCUGUUCUACGAAGAGGAGCUGGUGCGCCGCGAGGCCUCCCACACCAGCGAGCUCAAGGGCCUCCGGAAGGAGCUCCACGACUCGGAGGGUCAGCAGUUCUCCCUUCACAAACAGCUGCUCGUGCUCAAGGACAAGCUGGAGAAAGCCAAGAAAGAGAGGUGGGUUUAGGAUAGGGUAGGUUUAGCUAGUACAGGUUUUAAUAGGAUAGGCUUUGUCAAGAGUGAGAGGUGGGCUAGGCUAGCAUCCACUAUAUGGCUGAAGUAAAAAUGGAAUAGCUUCCUUUUAAUGGAAUACUUGAGGUAUGAUGUCAGGUAUGAGUACAUUUUCAGAUUAGGGGGUGCGUACCUUCUGACAAUUGUCCAAACACUUAUGUUUCUACAUUAAAGUGGCAAUCUGUGAUUGCUACAUACAUUCUUGGACUUCUAAAUUAGUUAUAUACACCCAUUUGAUUCUUGGAGAAUAUAAUGUAUAAAUGCCUUAUGAGCUCAGUUCAACUGUCGUACCCCAUCAGAACCCAAAAUAUAAACUUGUUUUACUCCAUUGUUUGUAAACAACGUAAUUGUAAACAAACACUAUGAAUUUGAGAGUGGCUAAAUUUCUCCUGCCCCAUCCCAAAACGGUUUACCCAAGAGGUGACUGCUUUGUUAUUUGUUUGACCUGUAGACUUGUGUACUUGAGAUCUCAUUCUGUGCGUGUGUGUGCAGGCAAACCGAGAUGGACGAGGCAGUGGGCGCUCUGAAGGACAAGUACGAGCGUGAGCGCAGCAUGCUGACCGAGGACAACUGCAAACUGACCGCAGAGACCGACCGGGUAAGGACCACACAUAGGUACAGAGGUACACAUUGUGGGAAAGAGGUGUUGUGAAUGGACAAUUACCCUGACACUCUGUCUCUCUCUCUCUCUCGCUAACUCUCUCUUCUUCUCCCCCCUCUCUCUACCUCUUUCCCCCUCUCUCCAUUCCUGUCACUCUCUUUCGCUCUCUCCGCCCUCUCCAUCUCCCGCUUUCUCUCCCCCCUCCCUAUCUCCCGCUUUCUCUCCCCCCUCCCUAUCUCCCGCUCUCUCUCUCACCCCUCCCUAUCUCCCGCUCUCUCUCUCACCCCCUUUCUCUCUCACCCCCUCUGUCUCUCUCUCAGAUGUGUACGUUUGUGGACAAGCUGACCGAUCAGAACCGUCAGCUGGAGGACGAGCUGCAGGACCUGGCCUCUAAAAAGGAGAGUGUGGCUCACUGGGAGGCCCAAAUAGCUGAGAUCAUCCAGUGGUGAGUGGACAGGCAGCUAUACAGGGCCGUGAACUUGUCCAAUAGGAUAGCAAAUGUUCCUUUUCUGUUUUAAAAUGCUUUGCCAUGGUGUGCCCUAAUGAAUAUAAGACUUAGUAAACCCUGUGUAAGGCCUGUAUAGAUGCUUCAGAAACCUUUCCUAAGCUGCUGAUGUGUCUGUUUGACCCCAUAGGGUGAGUGAUGAGAAGGACGCCCGCGGCUACCUGCAGGCCUUGGCCUCCAAGAUGACAGAGGAGCUGGAGUCACUCCGCAGCUCCAGCCUGGGCUCCAGACCCCUGGUACGAUAGAUACCAGAGAGAAACUUAGACAAGCUGUGUAGUGUGUAGGCUACACUCCAUCUACUCAUUUUACCCUGUCAUUACUGCUGUGCUGCAGUAUCUGCUCACACUAGUAAAAAGUUGAGCGUCCAGUAAGUAAAAACCUACAGUUUUUCCGAUGCCCCAUUGUAGCUUCCCAGUGAAAGUUUGGCCGGAAUGACUCAUAGGAGCAGGAGGAGCCUAUCUCCUGUUUCUGGAGCGUGAGGCAGCUUAAUGUACAAGUACACCCCCUGGACAGAACGGUAAUCUAUCGCAGGGCCUUCCUUACCCCCAAUCUAUCUCCUUAAUGCUGAGUGCCAAGCAGAGACAAAUCGGGUCCUAUUUUUAUAGUCUUUGGUAUCGAACUCCCAACCUUCCAAUCUCAGGGUGAACAUUCUAAACACAAGGCCACUGAGUUGGCCCCAUAGGGCUCUGGUCAAAAGUCGUGCACUAUGUAUGGAAUAUGGUGCUUAUGGAGUAAGUUUGACUUACUGUAGUAGAUGGCCCAAAGGGCUCUGGUCAAAAGUACAGAACUAUGUAGGGAAUAGGGUGCCAUUUGGGAUGCAAGCAUUGACUUACUGUAGUAGAUGGCUCAAGCAAUCAAAAAAGAAGGUAAAUGGUAAAAAAGCAUUGAACUCCUCAAUGGUAGAGAAACCAUUUGGUUUUAAAACAUUUGAUUUAGAAUCUGGAAAAAAUCACCAUACAUUGUCCCUGGCCCUUAGUCAGACAACUAUCCCUUUAGCCCACUUCUUUAUUACAUACUGAUCAUUGGACCAUAAAACCGUCCCCUCUCCUCUCUUUCGCAAACUUGUGUUGGUGUACUCUGCUGAAGUGUUGAAGUGUGUGUGGAGUGCGUUGUGUGGAGUACGUUGCGUUGAGUGCUCUACUGUUUUAACCUGCCGCCCCCAGCAAGGCUCAGGAGUGGCCUCUCCUCCCCUGAAGCCCUUUCCCUCGGCUGGGGAGGAAAUGCUGGUGAGUGCGUCUGUCAAUCAAACCCAGCCUCCAAUCACUGCGGAUGUGACGCUCCACCAUAGGCGGGGCAGAGGGCUGCUCUCAUGCCGAUAGGGUCACUUGUCUGUCACUCAUAUGGCCCAGUUUCUUCCGAUUUGGUGAUUUGAUUUUUGUGUGAAUAAUGACCUGGAAUAGCCAGCGUAAUCUGAAUUCUGACAUGAUAUUUCAGGCACGUUUGAAGGGGGGUUGACGUUCCCAGCUAGGAGUAUUUAAAAAGACUGCCACUACUUUCAAGCAUUCGGAGACCUAGAAAGCCACAUUUGAAUUCAGAGUGAAAUUUAUCUGAGGAGUUUGAGGGGGCCAUAUCUGUUUCAGACGAGACUGAUACUGUAAGAUGCUUCUCAUUGCUUCUAAGAACCCAGAAACACAUUUUAGUAGAGGGUGUAAGUAGAAGUUGCCCCUAACAUCUGAUAUAGGGUCACAUAUUCUUCCAUCACCCUAAUGGGUAAAUUUAGGAUUGGGGGUAGGGGUUAAUCUGGUCCUGUUUGUGUAGCAGCAUAAAUAUGGGACAAUAUACAGUGCCUUCAGAAAUUAUUCAUACUCCUUGACUUUUUCCAAAUUUUGUUGUGUUACAGCCUGAAUUUAAAAUGGAUUAAAUUGAGAUGUUUGUCACUGGCCUACACACAAUACCCCAUAAUGUCAAAGUGGAAUUAUGUUUUUUUUUUUUUUUACAAAUUAUACUGAACAAAAAUAUAAACGCGACAAUUUCAAAGAUUUUACUGAGUUACAGUUCAUAUAAGGAAACCAGUCAAUUGAAAUAAAUAAAUUAGGCCCUAAUCUAUGGAUUUCACAUGACUGGGAAUACAGAUAUGCAUCUGUUGGUCACAGAUACCUUCAAUAAAUAAAUUGUGCUGUACAAAAUGUACACACAGUUUAAUGUCCUGGACUGUGCUCCAUAUUGACGUUUGUAGUGUGUGAGUCAUUGCGGUCAGUGGUUCACAUACAGUAUACAGCACUGUAUGGAUCCUGAAGGUAAUAUUGAGAUUAGCAUCCAUUCCAGACAUAUUGCCCCCAUCUCUCCCCCCUGUAACAUGAGGCUGGCUAGCUAUUUCAAUCAGAGACAGGCUGGGUUAGAGGAUGUGAUGCCUCAUCAUUUCCUGUCCCAUCGGGCCGUGAUGUCACGCGAUCCGCCAGCAUCCAAGGAAUGUCAUCUCCGCUUCCUGAAAAGUCAAUUUGACAUCGGCAGCAGCUGAAUGGCGCUCCCUCAUUCACUCAAUAAAAGACGUCCAUCAUGUAUGGUGGGGGGGGGUGGAAGUUAUGAAAUCUCAAAUAUGAUUUUUGCACCUGCUGAAUUGUGUUUGAGUUGGGCUGAUAUGGUUGUGUUUGAGGUUUAUUAUUGAACAGCUGUUUUCAUUGAGGGCAUUUUUUUAUAAUAUGAUGGAUUCUUACGUCUUACACACUCUAUUGAAUUACAUAUGGACUAUUACAUCACAGCUUGAUUAUAGACAGGAAUCCAGUGAUUCCUGGAAGACCAGUCACCAGACUUUCCAUGGUAGAGAAUAAUGUGAAUACAGGAGCAGAUUCUGCACAAAGAGAAAGUGACCUUAUUGGCCAGAUGCUGAGUCACUCAUCUCUGACAGGAAUCAGUUGAGUGACUUAGUUAACCCAUUUUGGCCCAUCAGGGAAUCCAAACCACAUUCCUGGUGUUGCCAGCGCUGUACUCUUAACCGCACUCCCUACUCAGAGCAAGUAAAAUCGACCACACCCAAUAAUUGACCACUGAUUAAUGUAAUCACAUGAAUCCCUGCUCCCCACCCUGAAUUACAAUACAUGAAUCAUGCUCUCGUCCCCAGGACCCCCUGUGGAAGGUGCGUCGCAGCCAGAAGCUGGACAUGUCGGCCCGUCUGGAGCUGCAGUCGGCCCUGGAUGCCGAGAUUCGGGCCAAGCAACUAGUCCAGGAGGAGCUCCGCAAGUUCAAGGCCGCCAACAUCUCAUUUGAAAGGUCAGCCCCGCCCUGGCGACCCCAACCGUCAAUAAGAGAAUGUGCUCAACUCUAAAUCCUCUUCUGAAAUGGCAUAGGUUUUGGCUUCCACCAUCCUCAGUGCGUGUGUGGUAUGUGUGUGUGACGCCCCUGAAUGGCAAGGAAGGCACACCCAUACAAUGUUGCAGCUUUGUUUUGUUACAAUAUUAGUUAAAUUUUUUCAGAUACACAAUAUAAAGCAUUCUAUUUAGAAUAUGAAGUUCUUAUAUAUUUUGUUUGAAAAAUAAUAAGAAUUUCAACAUACCUUAACCCUGAUCCUAACUCCACAUACAUACACCUACACACAAGCAUCCACAUUCACCACCCCACACAGUUGGAGACACAUGUAUCUUCUCAAGGGUCAAACGUGAAAGAGCUAGUGCAAGGUAGCUAGCUAGCUACACGCUGAUCUAUGUGAAGGUGUAGUUUUAUUUUAAUUACGUAAGCAUGACUGAUAUGGCUUUCAAAUGUGAAAGAUGUAAGAGGAUGACGCGUUACCCACCUCUCUCUCUCUCUCUCUCUCUCUCUCUCUCUCUCUCUCUCUCUCUCUCUCUCUCUCUCUCUCUCUCUCAGCAAACUGAAAGAUUCCGAGUCCAGGAGCAGAGAGAUGGCAGAGCAGCUGGAGAGCAUGAAGAAGGACUUGGAGGAGAGCCGCUCCCGCUCUGACAAAGGUUGGCCAACCAUGCUCUAACCCUGAACCAAACCUCUGGCCAACCAUGUCUUAACCCUAAACUGUCCCUGGCAUACAGUGCCUUCGGAAAGUAUUCAGACCCCUUGACUUUUUCCACAUUUUGUUAGGUUACAGCCUUAUUCUAAAAUGUAUAUAUAUUUUUAAAAAAUACUCAUCAAUCUACACACAAUGCCCCGUAAUGACAAAGCAAAAACUGGUUUUUAGAAAUAUGACAUUUACAUAAGUAUUCAGACCCUUUACUCAGGACUUUGUUGAAGCACCUUUGGCAGCGAUUACAGCCUCGACUCUUCUUGGGUAUGACCUACAAGCUUGGCACACCUGUAUUUGGGAAGUUUCUCCCAUUCUUCUCUGCAGAUCCUCUCAAGCGCUGUCAGGUUGGAUGGGGAGCGUUGCUGCACAGCUAUUUUCAGAUCUCUCCAGAGAUGUUCGAUCAGGUUUAAGUCCGGGCUCUGGCUGGGCCACUCCUGCUGUGUCUUGGCUGUGUGCUUAGGAUUGUUGUCCUGUUGGAAGGUGAACAUUCACCCUAGUCUUAGGUCCUGAGAGCUCUGGAGCAGGUUUUCAUCAAGGAUCUCUCUACUUUGCUCCGUUCAUCUUUGCCUCGAUCUUGACUAGUCUCCCAGUCCGUGCCGCUGAAAAACAUCCCCACAGCAUGAUUCUGCCAUCACCAUGCUUCACCGUAGAGAUGGUGCCAGGUUUCCUCCAAACGUGACGCUUGGCAUUCAGGCCAAAUAAUUAAAUAUUGGUUUCAUCAGACCAGAGAAUCUUGUUUCUCAUGGUCUGAGAGUCUUUAGGUGCCUUUUGGCAAACUCCAAGUGGGCUGUCAUGUGCCUUUUACUGAAGAGUGGCUUCCGUCUGGCCACUCUACCAUAAAGUCCUGAUUGGUUGAGUGCUGCAGAGAUGGUUGUCCUUCUGGAAGGUUCUCCCAUCUUCACAGAGGAACUCUAGAGCUCUGUCAGAGUGACCAUCGGGUUCUUGGUCACCUUCCUGACCAAGGCCCUUCUCCCCCGAUUGCUCAGUUUGGCCAGGCGGCCAGCUCUAGGAAGAGUCUUGGUGGUUCCAAACGUAUUCCAUUUAAGAAUGAUGGAGGCCACUGUGUUCUUGGGGACCUUCAAUGCUGCAGAAAUGUUUUGGUACCCUUCCCCAGAUCUGUGCCUCGACACAAUCCUGUCUCGGCACUCUACGGACAAUUCCUUCGACCUCAUGGCUUGGUUUUUGCUCUGACAUGCACUGUCAACUGUGGGACCUUAAAUAGACAGGUGUUUGCCUUUCCUAAUUUUAUUUUUAUUUUAUUUUAUUUUUGGUCAUUUAGCAGACGCUCUUAUCCAGAGCGACUUACAGGAGCAAUUAGGGUUAAGUGCCUUGCUCAAGGGCACAUCGACAGAUUUUUCACCUAGUCGGCUCGGGGAUUAGAACCAGCGACCUUUCGGUUACUGGCACAACGCUCUUACCCACUAAGCUACCUGCCGCCCAUGUCCAAUCAAUUGAAUUGACCACAGGUGGACUCCAAUCAAGUUGUAGAAACAUCUCAAGGAUGAUCAAUGGAAACAGGAUGCACCUGAGCUCAAUUUAGAGUCCCAUAGCAAAGGGUCUGAAUACUUAUGUAAAUAAGGUAAUUCUUUUUUUUCCAGUUUUUUUAAAUUAGCAGCAACAACAACAACAAAGUUUCGCUUUGUCAUUAUGGGGUAUUGUAUGUAGAUUGCUGAGGAUGUUUAUUUAUUUAAUACAUUUUAGAGUAAGGCUAUAACUUAACAAAAUGUGUAAAAAGUCAAGGGGUCUGAAAUCUUUCCGAAGGCACUGUGUGUCUACAAAAAUUCAUUGCCAUCAAAAAGUAUUCAUACCCCUUGACUUAUUCCAUAUUUUGUUGUGUUACAGCCUGAAUUCAAAAUGUAUUAAAUAUAUUUUUUUCUCACCCAUCUACACACAAUACCCCAUAAUGAAAAAGUGAAAACAUGUUUGAAUUUUUUUUUGCAAAUGUAUUGAAAAUGAAAUGCAGAAAUAUCUAAUUUACAUAAAUAUUCACACCCCUGAGUCAAUACUUUGUAGAUGCGCCUUUGGCAGCAAUUACAGCUGUGAGUCUUUCUGGGUAAGUCUCUCAAAGCUUUCCACACCUGGAUUGUGCAACAUUUGACCAUUAUACUUUUCAAAAUUCUUCAAGGUCUGUCACAUUGGUUGUUGAUCAUUGCUAGACAACCAUUUUCAGGUCUUACAUAGAUUUUCAAGAAGAUUUAAGUCAAAACUGUAACUUGGCUACUCAGGAACAUUCACAGUCUUCUUGGUAAGCAACUCCAGUGUAGAGUUGUCCUUGUGUUUUAUGUUAUUGUCCUGCUGAAAGGUGAAUUAAUCUCCCAGUGUCUGGUGGAAAGCAAACUGAACCAGGUUUUCCUUGAGGAUUUUGCCUGUGCUUAGCUCCAUUCCAUUAAUUGUUUUAUCUUGAAAAACUCCCCAGUCCUUAACGAUUACAAGCAUACCCAUAACAUAAUGCAGCCACCACUAUGCUUGAUCUAUAUGGAGAGUGGUACUCAGUAAUGUGUUGUAUUGGAUUUGCUACAUACAUUUGGUAUUCAGGACAAAAAGUGAAUUACUUUGCCACAUUUUUUGCAGUAUUACUUUAGGAAUGCAUGUUUUGGAAUAAUUGUAUUAUGUACAUGCUUCCUUCGUUUCACUCUGUCAAUUAGGUUAGUAUUGUGGAUUAACAACAAUGUUGUUGAUCCAUCCUCAUUUUUUUCCUAUCACAGCCAUUAAUCUCUGUAACUGUUUUAAGCAAAUGUCUGCUCAUGAAUUUAUUUAGGCGUGCCAUAACAAAAGGGUUAUUGUGUGUAGGCCAGUGAAUUUUUUUUUCUAAAUUUAAUAGAUUUUAAAUUCAGGCUGUAAAACAGCAAAUUGUGGAAAAAGUCAAGGGGUGUGAAUACAUUCUGAAGGCACUGUAGGUUGUUAAAUUCUCUUAAUCUGGAUUAAUAUAACCAGUAUUUAGUAUACUAUACCUCAUACAAAUGUAUGAUUGUAGUUGGUCUUAAAGUUUUAGAAUAAUGUUUGUUUGGUUUUAUUUGCUCAUUGGGGAUACACAUGCAUCCAUAACUUCUAAGGAUUACCUCUCAGAUAGAAACAGAACAUUACAUUUCUUUCUCUAGUAAUGUCAGUUACUUGUUUCUCUUCAACUGUGCAAAUAUGAACAGUAUUCCUCUCUAGAAUCGUGUAAAUGCAGGCUAUGAACAUAAAAGCUGACUGUCCUUCUCUUCUAAACACAGGGAUGAAACUGCCUGAUUUCCAGGACUCCAUUUUCGAGUACUUCAAUACCUCUCCCCUGGCCCACGACCUGACGUUCAGAGUGAGUGUCUCUCUGCAUGUCUCUCUCUCCCCGUCACAUCAGUAACAAACCUUAACAGCCACUGUCUCACCGCCUCUGUGUGUAUCAGUGGUGGCAGGCCGGUGGGAGUUGAUAAAGAUAUUUCAAAGGGUGGGGGACUUGGCACACCAACAUAAACAGACACGCACAGAGACAGACAGACUGGCUGGCGCUGUUGUCACACUCACAUUGUCAAACAGUGAUGAACACGCACACACACAUUUACGCACACACACUAAAAUCCUUAGAUGCAGAGAUUGAGACACACACACACAGUUCAAAUGUGAGAGUGCCAAGCUCUGGAGUUCAUAUCGCCAGGCCCUCUGAUGUGCUCAAUCACCUCAUCACCCCAAAGAACUUCAAAGGCGUGGAGGGGGUAAGCGAGCAGUAUCAUACUUCCUGACCCUCUCCCCACGGAAUAAAUCUGUGUUAUGUUACCCAUCAGCAUAUGGUAACCCGAUGCAGCCACCACAGUUUGGACCGGAUCCGCAGCUAAUGGGCCAAAGUUAUGAAAAGGGCUUAAGGCCACAAAGGGAGGAACUGCAACGGAGAGAGUAGAGGUACAAGAAAGCUGGCCGUGACCUGAACUUAAUGAGAGAGAAGCUAGUUUGGUCUGUCAGCUUCUAACUGCUUCCCCUCACUUUCAUCACCACAAAUGCAUGUGGCUUUGCGGUCAAAAGAUCGUAGUGCUCAACUCAGCCGUGAACUAAGGUUUUUUUCACCGCCGAGGUUGUAAAAAAAGGGAUUAGUCAGCAUUGAAGUCACAACAGGUCAGCGUAAAGGCCCCAGAAAACCUGAUUAAGUGUUUGUUCAGAGGAAACUUCUUGUGGUGAAGGGGCCAUUUUGUCUCUGUUCCUUCAAGUCUCUUAGGGCCAUUAAUUGAAACAGGAUAAACCAUCGGCAGUGGUGGUCUAAUUAUGUUCUCGCAGUAAACCCUGGUAAAUUACCUUGUCAACUCUGGCCCCCUUUGUGUUAUUUUUUUUGGUGCAAAAUAACCCCCCGAAAAACCUCUGCUUUUUAUUUUUUUGUCCCUCUCGUUUGUCACCCUUCCAAAAAAGGACUCGGUCUCUUCCUCGUCCGCGUCCUCUCUGCUAGCGUUUUGGGAUGAUGUAAGUUGGCUGCUCAGAGCUCCUUACCCCUUUUUCUCACAGUUAACCCCUAACCCGAGGGAUUGUGCUGCCAGCAUACAAAAAGGUUGGGAGGAAAGCAUAGAGCUUUCUCCAGGUGUGUGUUGCCCUGUUUUUAGCAAUUAGCCGUUAACCAUUAGCAUACUAAUAUGGACGAAAGCUUCUUUAGCGUCUUGUCUCAAAAAGCGGUGUGCAUGAUACACUUAUAGUUUGAACUUUUCCUAGUAUUUCUAUUGUUAAUAUUGUGAACAGGCUAGCUGCUACACGUUUAGUGGAAUAAAAUGACUUUGGUUAGCGCAGUUUUUGGCUAAUGCUAAUUUAGUUAGAAGGAUGAUAGUUAUGCUAAAAUUGACCUUUUCAUAGCUGGUGGCACUCUCCUCCCCUAGUAAACCUCCCCCUAAACCUGCAUAGCAUAUGUUGGGCGCUAAAAUGUUAGCGAGCUGCUCCUCUAGAAUGUGCUUCCACAUUAGCAUCCCCACCAUUAGCAUUAACCGGCCCACUAACCGCUAUUACCGCUAACGUCAGUCAUAACUCCUUAGUUGUAUAGCCAGUCACCUCACAAAACCUGUUAGCCAUUAGCAUAAUUGUUAGCUGCCUCUACAACUAACGGCGAGUCAAAACGAAUUAACCCUACAGCAGCGCACUGAGAAUAUUAAUGAGCAGGACCUUUUCAGUGUCUUUAGUCAAUGAAUGAGUGGGAGGAUAUAUAACCUGCCCUUAAUUUUACUUUAAUUAAAAAGUGAUUAGCGUCGGAUACCUCCAUGAUUUCUCCUAAUCUUGCCAAACUUUUUUUCAAAAGUAAAAACCUUAUCUGUGACAUUGUUAGGCUAUAAGUGUUUGAUGUAGACUACAUAACGUUUGAGUUGAUACAAUCCAUGGUUAAAUUAAUGUAAAGAAACAUUUAAAAGAAAAAAUAUGUAUACAGUGCAUUUGGAAAGUAUUCAGACCUUAUUCUAAAAUUGAUUAAAUUGUUUUUUUCCAUCAUCAAUCUACACACAAUACCCCAUAAUGGGUAUAAUAACUCCCCAAAUACAGGUGUGCCAAGCUUGUAGCAUCAUACCCAAGAAGACUCAAGGCUGUAAUCGCUGCCAAAGGUGCUUCAACAAAGUACUGAGUAAAGGGCCUGAAUACUUAUGCAAAUGUGAUAUUUCCGUUUUAUAUUUUGAAUAAAUUAGCAAACAUUUCUAAAAACCUGUUUUUGCUUUGUCAUUAUGGGGUAUUGUGUGUAGAUUGAUGAGAAAAAAAUAGUAUUUCAUCAAUUUUAGAAUAAGGCUGUAAGGUAACAAAUUGUGGAAAAGGUUGACGGGUCUGAAUACUUUCCGAAUGCACUGUAUAUGGCAAGUACUGUGUGUCAUUUAAAUGUGUCAUCUGUUAACUCAUUGACCACGGUUAUAAUGUGAUUAUUGUGUAUUGUCAGGCCAAUAUAAUAGUUCCUUUUAAAAUGUUUACUUGCUUUGCAAGAAGAACGAUUUCCCUAAUAAUCCUGUUUACAUGGACACAUCUGAAAUCAGGCUACUGAUGGGACUUUUGAUAAAUGGAGAAAUGCCAAUCAAAAUAAACGUUCUACCACAUUGACCAUGUUAUUUUUGCGAAUACUAUUUGACUCUGAGUUGGGACAUAUAAUGUUUGUAUGUGUAAACUAUUUGUAAGAUGCAUACUUUCAGUUUUUCCAGACUCACUUCACUCGCGCAUAAGAGGGAGGCUUGCGUUAUCCGUUGCUGGCUCAUGCACAGAUCAAAUACACAACUGGAACACCGAUAUAAGCUGUUUACAUGUCCUAAUAAUUUGAAAGAUUGCUCAGAAAACCAGGUGUUUUAAUCGGUGUAUGCUUACUUCGAUUAUGACUUUAUGGCAAUUAAGAUAAGCAGAGUAAGGCGUUUACAUGACAGUUUAAUAUCGAAUUUUGUGUACUGAAGGUUUGUCACAGUAUAGUAGACCAUCAACAUCAAAGUAGGGUAUGAUGACAUGAUUUCUGUAUAAUACAGUAUACUGUUGUUAUUAGGUUUUAGACAAUACAGUGCCUUCAGAAAGUAUUCACACCUCUCGAUUUUUUUUCAAAAUGUUGUUGUGUUACAGCCUGAAUUAAAAAUGGAUUAAAUUGAGAUUUUGAGUCACUGGCCUACACACAAUACCCCAUGUCAAAGUGGAAUUAUGUUUUUAGACAUUUUCACACAUUAAUAAAAAAUAGAAAGCCGAAAUGACUCGAGUCAAUAAGUAUUCAACUAUGGAACGCCGUUUGGGUCUUUGCGUGUCAAAUAAGCUUUUAAUUUGACACGUCAAAUAAUACAUUUAUAUUAUAGAAUGUUGUGUGUGCUGAAUUUGCAUGUGCAAGCCAAGCGCUACCACUACGAUCAGUAGCACUGUCAAAGCUGUACAAAAAACACACCGACCACCAACGAUGUGUUAACAAUAGCGCGUUGGUAAUAAUGCAUUAUUUGUUCGACCGAAUGGGAAAACGUCUGUGUGAGCAUUUGAAAUAAGAUCAGGAUCAAACAAGCAGGAUCAAAAAUGUUUCCAAAUAUCUUUGAUACAGAUGUUAUUUGCAACUUCUGGGGUAGCUAGCUAGCUUUAGCUUGGUAACGUUACCUAGCUAGCACCAAUGCAACUAACGUUAGCCUAAAAACAAUGACCAAUAGAAACUGCAGUCAUUUUCAAUAUUCUUAGCAAUGAUUUAGGAAUCCAUGUGAGUAAGUAUUAGCUAGGUAGCCACCUGAACUUGAAAUUUAACUUCAGUUCAUGAAAAUAACUAGCUAGCCAGCUACUUAACCCUGUUGCCCAAAGCUAACGUUAUAAGCAGCCAGUAAACUUCAUUUGGCUGGUGAGGCUUGACCGGACAGGGUUAUGUGUUGUGAAAAUAGCCACAAUAAGGAUUAGCCACAAUAGUGGAAUUUGUGGUUUACCUUCAAAAUAAAAGUACCUCUUUGAAAGUGACGCGGAAGGUUACAAUUGGUGAAAUCAUGCAAUAUUUAGACUAGAUAAUGUUAAACAAGGUUGGAAUGUGGAGCAAUGAAAUGGGGUAUCAGUCUACUCGGUGACACCCACAGAACACUACUGUGAAGAGUUUAUGCAAAUAUUAGCGUUGUAGCUCUUAUCGCGGGACUGUGACUGUGAAAUCAAAUCACAUUUUAUUUGCCACAUGCGCCAAAUACAACUGGUGUAGACCUUACAGUGAAAUGCUUACUUACCAUAACCAACAACGCAGUUUUAAGAAAAUAAAAAGUGUUAAGUAAAAAAUAGAUUAAUAAAAAAUUGCAAAUAAUUAAAGAGCAGCAGUAAAAUUAAAUAACCUAUCCAGUCAGCCUAUUGUGCAUAUUGACAUUCAUAUUGCACUGUACAGCCUUACCUAAGGAUUGGGGAUCAAUUAAAUGCGGUGUCAGUCUACUCUUGUACCAAUAGCUUUUUCCCCAACGUCCUCCUCAGAGUUAUCAGAUUCCAAAACGUCUAGGUUGUAUUGUUUUCCCUCUGGAAUAGUGUACAAUGUACACAAAGUAGGGUAACUGGUACAAAAAUGUGACUGAAUUCACAGUGGUUUCAGAGUCCUACAAAAAGAGCUACGACGCUAAUGUUCUCUGGGUGUCGCUGAGUAGACUGAUACCCCAUGUCAUUGAUCCAUAGGUAAGGCUGUAGAGUUAAAUAAAUAUGCCCCCAAUGCAAUUCUAAAGUCUAAUACAUCCAGUGUGAUUUCAACAAAUUUUUGUCAAAUUAACUAUUUUAUUUUGUUGAAUUUAUAGAACAACAAUCCAACCUUGUUUAGCAUGAUCCAUGGCAUAAUUCCACUAUUUGUAUUCAUUUGCAUCACUGUCGUAGGUGGGUCCGACAACCAUUAAUCAAAUAAGAACAGUUUUAUAAAUGAGGGGUAUUUUAGAUGAUGACACCUAGCUAGAUAGUUAGCUAGCUAGAUAGUUAGCUAGCUAACUAUAGCUACUGAAACAGAUUAUGUCGUUUUGCUAUGUUUUGGGGGAAGAACAUUGUUUGCAUCCAUCAGCUAACGUUAGCUAGCCUUUUUUAUGACCAGCACUGUCCAGCGCUUGGGGAAGGGCAGGUGCGCGAGACAACUUUACCUGCAUCAUAGCAUAUGUAUCGAUGAGUCAUUGUGACAUAUGACAUACGAGUGAUAGUGUAAUCAAUGUGUAAUAACUACGUAGAAAAUGUAUGAACGUGUUAAAUUGUUAUGUGACGUGCAGUCAUAUUCAGAUCCUGAUUGGUCAACAAGCUUAUUUGACACGUCAAAUAGUGUUAUUUGACGUGUAUCUUUUUUGACACGCAAAGACCCAAAUGGCGUUCCAUUUUCAACCCCUUUGUAAAUACGUUCAGGAGUAAAAUGUUGCUUAAUAAGUCACAUAAUACGUUGCAUGGACUCACUCUGUGAGCAAUAAUGGUGUUUAACAUGAUUGUUGAAUGACUACCUCAUCUCUGUACACCACUAAAUACAAUGAUAUGUAAGGUCCCUCAGUCGAGCAGUGAAUUUCAAACACAGAUUCAACCACGAAGACCAGGGAGGUUUUCCAAAGCCUUGCAAAAGAGGGCACCUAUUGGUAGUUGGGUAAAAAUUAAAAAGCAGACAUUGAAUAUCCCUUUGAGCAUGGUGAAGUUAUUAAUUACGUUUUGUGUGGUGUAUCAAUAGACCAAGUGACUACAAAGAUACAGGCGUCCUUCCUAACUCAGUUGCCGGAGAGGAAGGAAACCGCUCAGUGAUUUCACCCGAUGGCCAAUGGUGACUUUAAAACAGUUAUUGAGUUUAAUGGCUGUGAUGGGAGAAAACUGAAGAUGGAUCCACAACAACAUUGUAGUUACUCCAUAAUACCAACAUAAAUGACAGAGGGAAAAGGAAGCCUGUACAGAAUAAAAAAUAUUCCAAAACAUGCAUCCUGUUUGCAAUAAGCCACUAAAGUAAAACUGCAAAAAAAAUGUGGCAAAGAAAUUAACUUUGUGUCCUGAAUACAAAGCAUUAUGUUUGGGGCAAAUCCAACACAACCCAUCACUGUACCACUCUUUAUAUUUUCAAACAUGGUGGUGGCUGCAUCAUGUUAUGGGUAUUCUUGUCAUCGGCAAGGACUAGGGAGUGUUUUGGGAGAAAAAGUAACAGAAUAGAGCUAAGCACAGGCACAAUCCUAGAGGAAAGCCUGGUUCAGUCUGCUUUGCAAAAGACACUGGGAGACAAAUUCAGUUGCUUACCAAGACGACAUUGAAUUUUCCUGAGUGGCCUAGUUAAAGUUUUGACUUAAAUCGGCUGGAAAAUCUAUGGCAAGACUUGAAUAGGUCUGUCUAUCAAUGAUUAACAACCAACUUCACAGAGCUUGAAGAAAUUUGUAAAUAAUAAUGUGCAAAUAUUGUACCAUCCAGGUGUGCAAAGCUCUUAGAGACUUACCCAGAAAGACUCACCGCUGAAAUCACUGCCAGGUGAUUGUAACAUGUAUUGACUCAGGGGUGUAAAAAUACUUAUGUAAAUGAGAUAUUUCUGUAUUUCAUUUUCAAUAAAUUAGCAAACAUUAAAAACAUGUUUUCACUUUGUCAUUAUGGGGUAUUGUGUGUGUAUAGAUGGGUGAGAAAAAAAGCAAUUUGAUCCAUUUUUAAUUCAGGCUGUAACACAACAUAAUGUGGAAAAAGUCAAGGGGUAUAUAUACUUCCGGAAGGCAUUGUACAUGUUACAAGUGGGCUUAUGUAUUUUUGUUUUAUUUACAAAACCUCAUCAGCUCAGUACAUGUCCCUAAUAUGCCUUCGUGAUGGUGAAAUACUAUUAGCAUUGGCAGUUAUUUGUGUGUGAGUUGGUGCAGGUGUUGUUGAGAUGUGUUUCCUACCUCGGAAACUGACACUCAUUUAUCAAAACACUAGUUGGUACAUGGGAAACGCAAGCAUUUGAGGAGGGGAACACAUCUUGACACAACACAGGCAUUGAGACACUGGCAUUUUGUACCACCCGCCCAGUACACAGACACACACACUCACUUGUCCUGUCAUUCCUCCUCCAGAGCAGCUCUGUCAGCGAAAUAGACGCCACACCCCAGAAGUCAGACGUCCCAUCCUCAUCAAUCUCUGUGGCAUCCGAGCAGGAUGUGAGUGUCCUGUCUCUCUCACACACACACACACGCACACACUUCCGUCCCGUCGCACAUCCCUCCCAGAGAUCCUUUCUCCAGACAUUCCCUGUGUGUCAUCCGAGUUCACCAGUCACCAUUGUACAAUUUAAGCUUUUACUGUGUGCUAUUAUUCACAAUGCCUAUUGAUCAUUUUAACAGGGUUUAGGUGCGUUUUAACUCAAUGUCCAAUCAAUGAAUUAAAUUGUUCUCUAGAAGUAACAUUUGACCUUAAUCCUGAUUGUUGGUCAUUGAAUGACUAUCUUAUCCCAGUAAAGCAUAGUUCAGUUUCACAGUACAGAACCGGAGUCCUGUUUAUUAGGGCAUGCAAUUUAAAGUGUUUUGCAAUAAAAAAAACUAAAAUAGGGUUUCUUAUUGGGCAACUCAAUAUAGUCCGUCCCUGUUUCAGUAAAUUAUCUUACAUUUGGUGCCUUAUGAACACGACCCAGCUUUGUCCUUUCUCCAGUCUGACCUGCUGACCUGUGAACUUUGACCUCUCUCUCUCCCACAGAAGCCAGUCCACAAGCCCCCUAUUGCUGCCCCUGCCGCCCCCUCCCCUGUAUAUCAGACGUCGCUGCUGACCGCACCAAAGGUACCGCCUGGCCACACACACACGCUGUCAGGUAGUUUGUAAUGCUUGGCUAUGUGUUCUGUGUUCUUAUCUCUUUCUGUGUGUGUGUGUGUGUGCGCGUGCGCCCGCAGCCCAAAGCUCACCAGCUGAGCAUCAAGACCUUCUCCAGCCCCACCCAGUGCACCCACUGCACCUCCCUGAUGGUGGGCCUCAUCCGCCAGGGCUACGCCUGCGAAGGUAAGUUUCAUACACACAAACAACCACACUCUCAGCCGCCAUUGUCGGUGAGUUGGGGGACUGAGGAAACUAUGGGCGGCAUUUUUCUCCGGCUAACACACUCACUUAUGAGUAAACGGACUGUAACAUUUUAAAUAUACGAGAGAUCUGAUACUGCAGCUCGCCAUUGUACUGCAUGUGUCCUUGUAAACUAAUACUCUCUCUCUCUCCCCCUCCCUCUCUUCAGUGUGCUCCUUCAUCUGCCACGUGUCCUGUAAGGACAACGCCCCCCUGGUGUGCCCCAUCCCCCCCGAGCAGGCCAAGAGGCCGCUGGGCAUCGACGUACAGAGGGGCAUCGGCACCGCCUACAAGGGCUUCGUCAGGGUGAGCACCUAGUGACAGGUUAUGACCAUAGAAAUAGAAUGACUAGAAUAUGCAUUCUGGCCGCCAUGUUGUGUACCCAUAAGUGUACAGUCAAAGGGGCUUUUCCCAUUCGAGUCAUUAUAAUUCUAUGGUUAAGUCAUGGUCUUGGCCCUGAAGCUUCAGAGCGUCGUGCGUAAUUCAGUUUCAAGAUAAUUCACUAAUACAAUUUUUCAAUGUUGUAUCGGAUGUAAUUAAUGUUAAGUUCAUGUUUUAAGUAUCCCUAUAUUUCUGUUAUUACGGUACUCUCACUCUGUUAUUAGUGCGCCUGCGCAGAAGUUUCCCUUGUUGUUGGACCAGGCCUGAGUGUAAUGGCAUCUAUGUACCGUGGAGAUACGGCGAAGUAAACGUUGUUAAUCUGGAACCUAGUUGUUGUGUCAUUUGGAGUUAACAAUCAAAACAUCUCAAUUCUGUUCAGCUUAACAAGAUAGGAAACUGUAACGUAUAUUGGAAUUGAACAACAAAAACAGACCUCAAUUGAAAGGUUGCUGCUCCUCUCUCUGUCAGAUCCCCAAGCCCACCGGGGUGAAGAAGGGCUGGCAACGGGCGUACUCUGUGGUGUGUGACUGUAAGCUCUUCCUGUACGAGGUGCCUGAGGGCAAGUCCACCCAGCCGGGCGUGGUGGCCAGUCAGGUCCUGGACCUCAGGUAGGGGAUCUGUGGGCGGGUGGGGUGGGGGCAGUGUAGAUGUAUGUGUUUGUAACACUAUGUUAUGUGUAUGUCCACAGAGAUGAGGAGUUUUCCGUCAGCUCCGUCCUGGCCUCAGACGUCAUCCACGCCACCCGCAAAGACGUCCCCUGCAUAUUCAGGGUAAGCUUCGAGCUGCAGCAUGAAAAAUGAUAUGCAUUGUGGGAAAAAAAGUAUUUAGUCAGCCACCAAUUGUGCAAGUUCUCCCACUUAAAAAGAUGAGAGAGGCCUGUAAUUUUCAUCAUAGGUACAUGUCAACUAUGACAGACAAAUUGAGAAAAAAAAUCCAGAAAAUCACAUUGUAGGAUUUUUAAUGAAUUUAUUUGCAAAUUAUGGUGGAAAAUAAGUAUUUGGUCACAUACAAACAAGCAAGAUUUCUGGCUCUCACAGACCUGUAACUUCUUCUUUAAGAGGCUCCUCUGUCCUCCACUCGUUACCUGUAUUAAUGGCACCUGUUUGAACUUGUUAUCAGUAUAAAAGACACCUGUCCACAACCUCAAACAGUCACACUCCAAACUCCACUAUGGCCAAGACCAAAGAGCUGUCAAAGGACACCAGAAACAAAAUUGUAGACCUGCACCAGGCUGGGAAGACUGAAUCUGCAAUAGGUAAGCAGCUUGGUUUGAAGAAAUCAACUGUGGGAGCAAUUAUUAGGAAAUGGAAGACGUACAAGACCACUGAUAAUCUCCCUCGAUCUGGGGCUCCACGCAAGAUCUCACCCCGUGGGGUCAAAAUGAUCACAAGAUCAAAAAUCCCAGAACCACACGGGGGGACCUAGUGAAUGACCUGCAGAGAGCUGGGACCAAAGUAACAAAGCCUACCAUCAGUAACACACUACGCCGCCAGGGACUCAAAUCCUGCAGUGCCAGACGUGUCCAGGCCCGUCUGAAGUUUGCUAGAGUGCAUUUUGGAUGAUCCAGAAGAGGAUUGGGAGAAUGUCAUAUGGUCAGAUGAAACCAAAAUAUAACUUUUUGGUAAAAACUCAACUCGUCGUGUUUGGAGGACAAAGAAUGCUGAGUUGCAUACAAAGAACACCAUACAUACUGUGAAGCAUGGGGGUGGAAACAUCAUGCUUUGGGGCUGUUUUUCUGCAAAGGGACCAGGACGACUGAUCCAUGUAAAGGAAAGAAUGAAUGGGGCCAUGUAUCGUGAGAUUUUGAGUGAAAACCUCCUUCCAUCAGCAAGGGCAUUGAAGAUGAAACGUGGCUGGGUCUUUCAGCAUGACAAUGAUCCCAAACACACCGCCGGGCAACGAAGGAGUGGCUUCGUAAGAAGCAUUUCAAGGUCCUGGAGUGGCCUAGCCAGUCUCCAGAUCUCAACCCCAUAGAAAAUCUUUGGAGGGAGUUGAAAGUCUGUGUUGCCCAGCGACAGCCCCAAAACAUCACUGCUCUAGAGGAGAUCUGCAUGGAGGAAUGGGCCAAAAUACCAGCAACAGUGUGUGAAAACCUUGUGAAGACUUACAGAAAACGUUUGACCUGUGUCAUUGCCAACAAAGGGUAUAUAUCAAAGUAUUGAGAAACUUUUGUUAUUGACCAAAUACUUAUUUUCCACCAUAAUUUGCAAAUAAAUUCAUAAAAAAUCCUACAAUGUGAUUUCCUGGAGAAAAAAAAUCUCAUUUUGUCUGUCAUAGUUGACGUGUACCUAUGAUGAAAAUUACAGGCCUCUCUCAUCUUUUUAAGUGGGAGAACUUGCACAAUUGGUGGCUGACUAAAUACUUUUUUCCCCCACUGUAUGUGUAAAGUUAUUAUAUUGACCCCUUUAUAGUUUUAUUGUAAUCUAUUCCUACUAUGGGAUGAUGUUUCCUAUCAGAGAAAACCCAAUAAACAAUCUCUAAGUAAAGUCAUUAUUGUAACACAUUCUAAAGGAUGUUAUAACUAUUUAGGAGUUACUAAGGAAUGUUAUAUUGAAUAAGUGUAUUCCUGAGUGGCGCAGUGGUCUAAGGCACUGCAUCGCAGUGCAAACUGUGCCACUAGAGAUCCUGGUUCGAAUCCAGGCUCUGUCGCAGCCGGCCGCGACCGGGAGACUCAUGGGCGGCGCACAAUUGGCCCAGCGUCGUCCAGGGUAGGGGAGGGAAUGGCCGGCAGGGAUGUAGCUCAGUUGAUAGAGCAUGGCGUUUGCAACGCCAGGGUUGUGGGUUCGAUUCCCACGGGGGGCCAGUAUAAAAAAAAUAUGUAUUCACUAACUGUAAGUCGCUCUGGAUAAGAGCGUCUGCUAAAUGACUAAAAUGUAAAUGUAAUGUAAAUGUAAAAUGUAAAAAAUUAACACAUUACCCUUUAUGUAAAUAAUGUUAAUAUAUUGAUUACUGUAUAAUUGUAUUCUAAUCUACUGUUAAUAUGGGAUGUUUCCUAUGUGAGAAAAGUAAACGCAAUAAACAAACUUGAAAUAGUAAUAAUUAAACAUGGGUUUUAUAUAGCACUUUUCUGCCGCAUUUCCAUGGAGUUUUACCCCCACACCAGUGUGUUACCAGUGUUUAUGUUAAUGUGAACUGUAGUGUAAUUGUGUUUCCAUUAGGAGUGUGACACUUAAGAACUUUGGGAGAGCAGAAUCAACAACCUCUGCAUCAAGACCGUCGAUUUGUGAGGUGUUAAAGUUCAAAGUUGGCCAUUGUUAUGUAAAUGCCCGCUGAAACAUACCAGUGCCCUGGCUUUCGCCCCAGGUGAAAGCAGGUUCGCCAGAGCCAUGGCCCAGUGAAACAACGGGUGCCGGCCCGCGUAGAUGGAAACAGAAAAGUCUGAGCCUUUUGGGUAAAUCCUGUAUGGAAAUGCGCCAUUAAAGGACCCAAAGACACUUAAUAAAGUUCCAGUUAUUAUUAUUAUUAACCCUCGCUCUCUCUCUCUCUGUCCCAGGUGACGUCGUCCCUGCUGAGCUCGCCAGUGUGCGCCGUCUCCCUACUGGUGCUGGCGGAGAGCGAGGCGGAGAAGAGGAAGUGGGUUGGCAUCCUGGAGGGCCUGCAGAGCAUCCUGGCCAAGAACCGCCUCAAGAACCGUGUGGUGCACGCGCUGCACGAAGCCUAUGACUCGUCACUGCCCGCCAUCAAGACUACGAUCUCCGCCGCCAUCAUCGGUGAGUUGGAGGGAAUGGGGAGACUGUGUGUGACAUUUACCUCUUGCAAACACACCUGCGCUGUGUGUUUUUGUGUGUGUGAGGAUGGCAAUGGGAUAGUGUGUGAGAGGCAUACGACUCCUCUCUGUCUGUCAUCAAGACCACACUCUGCAUGAUCAGUAAGGGACAGUGGGCCUCAUUUAUCAUUCGUGACCAGCAAAAAAUGUGUGUGGAAAUAUUUUUUUCUCAAAGAUUUCAGCUUUUACACAGUUUAGUAGCUCGAACAGGUAAAUAAAAACUAUGUUCAAGGUGUAAGAAACAUUAGUUAAAUAUCUUGUGUGUUUUAUUUAUGCAUUUUCAUUAAUAACAAAUGUAAGGUGUAUGUAUUGAUAAAUGAGUUCCAGAAUGUGUGCGUGAAAGAUGGAGAGAGAAAGAGAGCGCGAGAGAGGUGUAUGCAGAGAAUGUGUUACUGUCAGAGGAAGUGUGAUUGACUGUUGACUGCUCUUCUCUCUGCAGAUCGAGAGCGUAUCGCCCUGGGCACAGAGGAAGGUCUGUUUGUAGUGGAGGUCACCAGAGAUGGUAAGAACAUACUUAUCUGACAUCUGGUCAUAUUCACUCAUAGGGCGUUUUCACCUAUGACAUUCGGAACCAUGGUAGAGUUUCCUGGAGCGGUUGUGAAAGUUCUACCAUAUACUUUGUGCUUUCACAAGAACUGAAAAUAAUUGUUUCAUGGUGCGAUUUGCCUAGACGCACAUUCUACAUGACAGUAGCAAGCUAGCUUGUUUACAACGGGCAAAAAAGUUCCACUCAACUCGCACUGACACUUCACGAUACCUGGUACUCUAGUCCUGGAUCUUGGAUCCACCACUUGGCCAGGGUCCAGGAUUUGUUUCAGCCAGGUUUAAUUUGCAUCUCACAAAUGCUCUAUAGUGCAGAUCAUCAGGGUACCGAAUGCUCCAGGAUCAAUAUCAUACAGGGAUAUGUAUGUGAGAGCGCCCAUAGAGGCUCAGAUGAUACGAUAUGAACAUAACUGGUUUUGUGCAUAGCAACAUGCAGACCAAGGAUUUGUAGAUUUCCAACAUUUUGCUUGUCUUGUGAUCAUGUGAUGCUCUGCAGAUGACCAUACUAUCAACAAACUAUCUGUUGAUAAGCAACUGCUUGCUAAGGUUACGGUUAGGUUUAGAAUGAGGGUAAGGGUUAAGGUUAGAGUAAGGUUUAAGUUUAGGGUUAGGAUAAGGUUAAGGUUAGAGCUAGGGUUAGGGUCAGUAGAUAGAUAGUUGGAAUGUUAUGGAUAGUCUGUAGAGCAUCUACAGAUGGACUAUCCAAAUAAAUUGUUAAUGGUUUAUAAUUUGAUAUGAACUUCUACCUUUUAUUUGUGAUUCCUUCCUUUUAACACAAUUCUCCAUCGACUUCAGUGUGUCAUUAGCCCCUACAGCAAGGAUCAUCAACUAGAUUCAGCCUUGGGACGAUUUUUACAUGAGUGAAUGGUCAGGGGGCCGGAACAUAAUUACAAAUAAUUUGUUGACUGCAAAUUGACUGCAAGAAGCCGAAACAGAUAUAUAAUAUUUAACUUAAACAUAAUUUCAAACCCUUCUGUCUAUUAUGUGUGGGAAUACGGAAUACUUUGGAACAGAUUUCCAAAAUUAAAAUCACUUGGAGCUGAUUUGCUGAUGUUUUUACAAUCUUAUAUCCUACAAUUGCUCAGAAAACUUCGGGGGACAAAUAAAAUCACCCGCGGGAAAAUUUGGCUUGUGCGUCGCCAGUUGGGGAACCCUGCCCUACAGACUCCCCUGUUGACUCCCCCCUCUCUCCCCCCUCCAGUGAUCGUGCGGGCGGCUGACUGCAAGAAGGUGCACCAGAUCGAGCUGAUCCCAAAAGAGAAGAUGGUGGCCCUGCUGUGCGGACGCAACCGCCACGUGCACCUGCACCCCUGGGGGGUGCUGGAGGGGGCUGAGUCGGCCUUUGACAUCAAGCUGACGGAGACCAAGGGCUGCCAGGCGCUGACCACCGGUGUGCUGCGCCCCGGGGGACCCGCCUGCCUGCUGGCCGCCAUCAAGCGCCAGGUCAGUAUUUAUUUACUUAUUUACACAUGCAGACAAAUGUAGUGACUAAAGUAAAAAAAAGUUAGUUCAUUAAAGAGUUCCAAAACAAAAUAGUUCCAAUACAGUUAAAAUUACAUGUGUAGGUGAAGUUGUAACUUUUAUAUAAGAAAUAGGGGGGAAAAGUCAUAAAUGUAUCUCAUGUCGGCCCCACUUCAAAACAAACAACAACAUAUAUAAAGGUAGCAUCAAUAAAGUCUUCAUAAGCACUGCAUAGAUGCUUCGCAAAUCAUUCAUAAGCGAACUCAUACUAGCUACAUCAAAGGUGACAUGAAAGGUCCUUUACAUCUGCUGCUUUGCCAGAAUGUAUGGUAAAAUGUCCCCUCUCCCCCCUCCGCCUCUACCAGGUGCUGUGCUAUGAGAUCACCCGGGCCAAGCCGCACCACCGCAAGCUGUGGGAGGUGCAGGCCCCGGGGGUGGCCCAGUGGCUGGGCAUGGUGCGUGAACGCCUGUGCGUGGGCUACCCCUCGGGCUUCGCCCUGCUGGCCCUUCAGGGCGAGUCAUCGCCCGUAAGUCUGGUGAGCCCUGGGGACCCGUCGUUGGCCUUCCUGGCCCAGCAGCCCUUGGACGCGCUGCAUGCCCUGGAGGUGGGCACGGCCGAGCUGCUGCUCUGCUUCAGCCAGCUAGGCAUCUAUGUAGACCCCACGGGAAGGAGGAGCAGGGCCCAGGAGCUGAUGUGGCCCGCCACACCGCUAGCCUGCAGUACGUCACGGUUUUGUUUUAUUUUGAGUGGUUGAGUUGGGUUAGGCAAGGUUUGGAGAAGAAAUGCAGUGGCCUGGCUGGUCUAGCGGUAAUGCCGCAGCAUCUGGCAUGGUUUCGGCAUAAGUUUGAAUCCGGCCUACUGCUCUUUGACACAACUUCUCCCUGUCUUUCCCCACUAUCAUCCUCUAUCUGUUCAAUAAAAUCAGAAACUAUCUUAAAAUAUACAGCGAGCUCCAAAAGUAUUGGGACAGUGUCAAUUUUGUGGUUGUUUUGGCUCUGUACUCCAACACUUUGAUGAUACAAUUACUGAGGUUAAAGUGCAGACGGUCAGCUUUAAUUUGAGGGUAUUUCCAUCCAUGCCGGGUGAAACAUUUAGAAAUUACAGAACUUUCUGUACAUAAUACUCCCAUUUUAAGGGACCAAAGGUAUUGGGAUAAAUUCACUUAUGUGUAUUAAAUUAGUAAAAAGUAUUUAGUCCCAUAUACACUUCUACAUGUGUCCCAUAUACAUUCUACAAGUGGUCCUCUGUAGCUCAGCUGGUAGAGCACGGCGCUUGUAAUGCCAAGGUAGUGGGUUCAAUCCCCGGGACCACCCAUACACAAAAAUUUAUGCACGCAUGACUGUAAGUCGCUUUGGAUAAAAGCGUCUGCUAAAUGGCAUAUUAUUAUAUUAUUAUACAUUAAUGUGGAUGCUACCAUGAUUACGGAUAAUCCUGAAUGAAUGGUAAAUAAUGAUGAGUGAGAAAGUUACAAAUGCACAAAUAUCAUAUCCCCAAGACAUGCUAACCUCUCACCAUUACAGUGGCUUGCGAAAGUAUUCACCCUCCUUGGCAUUUUUCCUAUUUUGUUGCCUUACAACCUGGAAUUAAAAGGGAUUUUGUGGGGGUUUGUAUAAUUUGAUUUACACAACAUGCCUUCCACAAACAAGAAAUACGUUUCAAAUCUCUGGAAGACUGAAACAGGUUUCCCUCAAGAAUUUCCCUGUAUUUAGCGCCAUCCAUCAUUCCUUCAAUUCUGGCCACUCUUCCGUAAAGCCCAGCUCUGUGGAGUGUACGGCUUGAAGUGGUCCUAUGGACAGAUACUCCAAUCUCCGCUGUGGAGCUUUCCAUCUCCUUCACGGUUAUCUUUGGUCUCUUUGUUGCCUCUCUUAUUAAUGCCCUCCUUGCCUGGUCCGUGAGUUUUGGUGGGCGGCCCUCUCUUGGCAGGUUUGUUGUGGUGCCAUAUUCUUUAAAUUUUUUAAUAAUUGAUGUAAUGGUGUUCCGUGGGAUGUUCAAAGUUUCUGAUAUUUUUUUAUAACCCAACCCUGAUCUGUACUUCUCCACAACUUUGUCCCUGACCUGUUUGGAGAGCUCCUUGGUCUUCAUGGUGCCGCUUGCUUGGUGGUACCCCUUGCUUAGUGGUGUUGCAGACUUUGGGGCCUUUCAGAACAGGUGUAUAUAUACUGAGAUCAUGUGACAGAUCAUGUGACACUUAGGUUGCACACAGGUGGACUUUAUUUAACUAAUUAUGUGACUUCUGAAGGUAAUUGGUUGCACCAGAUCUUAUUCAGGGGCUUCAUAGCAAAGAGGGUGAAUACAUAUGCACGGACCACUUUUCCGUUAUUUAUUUUUUAGAAUUUUUUGAAACAAGUUAUUUUUUUCAUUUCACCAAUUUGGACUAUUUUGUCCAUUACAUGAAAUCCAAAUAAAAAUCCAUUUAAAUUACAGGUUGUAAUGCAACAAAAAUAGGAAAAACGCCAAGGGGGAUGAAUACUUUUGCAAGGUUAGCAUUUUUUUUUUUUUGGGGGGGGGGGGUAUAUUAUAUUUGUGCGUCUCACUUUCUCACUCGUUAUUCACAAUUUCAUUCAGGAUUAUCCAUAAUCAUGGUAGCAUCCACAUUAAUGUAGAAGUGUUUAGAAAUAUAUUAUAUUCUUAUUUACAAUAAAAGUGUCUCCAAAAUGACACUACAUUAUUUACCAUUAAUUUCUAUUGGGCACAAAAUUAUCUGAAAGCAAACAGAAAAUGCAUCCAGCAAAUGUGUAGAGUCGGAAGGUUGAUGUAGUCAUUGCGAGCAAUUAAUAUGGAACCAUUACACUUAACUUUUUACUACUUUAAUACCAAUGCUUUUGGUCCCUUAAAAUGGGGGGACUAUGUACAAAUAGUGCUGUAAUUUCUCAACGGUUUUCCCAAUAUGGAUGAAAAUACCCUCAAAUUAAAGCUGACUGUCUGCUCUGUAACCUCAUAGUCAUUGUAUAAUUUCAAAUACAAAAUGCUGGAGUACAGAGCCAAAACAACAAACAAUGUGUCACUGUCCCAAUGCUUUUAGAUCUCACUGUAUAUAUUUUUUAAGAAAUGCAGAAUGACAUGUAAUAGUAGGGCUAUACAGCAAUGUUGGCACCAGAUAAAACAAUAUUUAUUAUUGCUAGUGAUGGAGACACCUUAUAACAGCCUAUGUAGAAUGCCUGAAUGUAUUCCCAAUACAUGACACCCAGAAAUUGUAAGCUAUCCAAAGGGGCACUGAAGACAACAUUUUUAUAUUGCUCAAACGUUAAAUGUUUUUUCUUUUUUUCUUUUUUACUAUCUGGUAUAUUGUAUCCUACAAAUAGAUCAAAUUGUGGAGGCCUCUGUUUUUGCUCACUGUCUCUCCUGUGUGUCCGCCAGGCUCCAACUCGUCUUACCUGACAGUGUACAGCGAGUACGGAGUGGAUGUAUUUGACAUCCACACCACCGAGUGGGUCCAGACCAUUUCACUGAGGAAGGUAAGAGCAGCUUUCCAUGGCUACCCAUCCACAUCGCUCCUGCCAACUGAUGAGUCUGGAUUUGCCUCCCUCCCCAUCGAUUUCUAGAUUGUAAACCCAUUCUGACCGUUCUGAUUGGUCCCAGAAACCGAUAGGUUGGGCCAGAACCGGCUUUCAUGAUGACGUUAUUAACUUUGAUACUCUGAUUGGUUAGAUUUGUUAGAGAUGAUCCAAUUGCGGAUUCAUUUGUUUUGUACAACACCCCUCAUUUUGAAGUUACACAAACGACUUCUAGGAUUGCAGUUUCAGACUGAAUGUAUGUAGCGAUCGAUAGAGUAGCUAAAUUAAAUUCAGGGGAAGUCGUCAGGCAAAAGAGCAGCGCUGCCCGUACAACAGUCUGGAGUCGAAUGCCCCAUAAUGGUGUGUCUUGGUGAGUGUAUGAGAGGAUGCGUGUUCUAAUCUCGGUUUGUGUGUAGGGGGUGAAUGUUACAAAGUAUGUGUGUGUGCGCAUGAGUGAGAAGAGUGUAAGUGUCUUUGUGCACGUGUGUGUUUUUACUUGUCAUGCGCAUGUGUAUGCCCCUGCUUGCAUGUAUGAAUGUGUCCACCUG